UCCCAGCCUCGCCUCGGGUGGAGGGAUUGCGAGGAGGGAAAGCAAAACUACACGGCCUCUCUCUGUGUAGUUUUGUUUUUGUCAGGGAAUAUUUCGAGGCUCGACCGUUCUCACCUUGGAUUUUUCUGCACAAACCUUUCUGGAUAAGGGGGCUGCUGCCCGUUAGUCAGUCGGGCUCCGUCCCAUCACUUCCAGGCACUCUUGUGGAAACAAGGUGCCGACCACCAUGUCAACACAAGCGCCAACGUUUACACAGCCGCUGCAGAACGUCGUGGCACUAGAGGGUAGUGCCGCUUCGUUCGAGGCUCAAGUUAGUGGUUUUCCAGUUCCUGAGGUGAGCUGGUUCCGUGAUGGCCAGGUUCUUUCCGCCGCAGCUCUGCCCGGCGUCCAGAUCUUGUUCAGCGACGGCCGCGCUGUUCUGAGGAUCUCCGCUGUGACCGCUGCACACAGCGGACGCUUUUCUGUCAGAGCCACCAACGGCGCUGGACAAGCCACAAGCACCGCUGAGCUCCUGGUUACAGCGGAGACGGCGCCUCCCACCUUCCUUCAGAGGCUGCAGACCUCCACAGUGAGGCAGGGCAGCCAGGUGAGGCUGAAUGUCAGAGUCACUGGCAUCCCCACACCCGUAGUCAAGUUCUACAGGGAGGGAGCCGAGAUCCAGAGCUCUGCCGACUUUCGGAUCCUGCAGGACGGAGACCUGUACAGUCUGCUGAUUGCAGAGGCCUUCCCAGAGGACUCUGGGACGUAUUCUGCAACAGCCACCAACAGCAGUGGACGGUCCACGUCCACCUGCGAGCUGCUGGUUCAAGGAGAAGAACCAGUUCCAGCAAAGAAAACCAAGACAGUGAUUUCAACUGCUCAGAUUUCACAGACCAGAAUCACAAGAGUGGAAAAGAAGAUGGAGUUUGAACUGACUCAGACACUUGGUCACAAGACUCCACCCAGAGUUCCACCCAAACCUUCGUCAAAGUCUCCCACACAGCCCUCGCUGGUCCCCAAGGUGACCGGGGGGCGCCAGCAGUCACCGUCACCUGUCAGACACGUGAAGGCGCCCACGCCCACAACUGUCAGGCCGGUAAAGUCUCCCGUCACCACGAGGAAGCAGCCUGCGCCCGCCGCUGAAGUCCCCCCACCAUGGAAGAGAGGAGAUGAUGGCAUGAAACCAGUCACAGACUCCAAAGAGGCUGAGGGAGGGACAAAAGCUGGAGCGGUGGCCAAAGUAGUGGCCGCCGUUGACCUGGCUCGUAUUCGCCAACCCGUGCAUGUCGAAGGCGGUCGAGCUGAAGAGGUGGAGACUGUAGAGGCAGAAAUGAGGCAACAGACAGUUGCUAUGUCUGCCGAUCAACAGUAUCAAACUGGCUGGAUGUCAACGAGAAUGCAGGCUGGUCAAAUGCUCACUGCUGCUCAGGAGUUCACAUCUGACCUGCAGACUCAGAUUCAGAGAGGGACAGAAAUCUCCUCCAGAGUGGAAACUGGUCUCACUCCAUCUCCAGUUCCACAGUUCAUGGUUUCUAAAGUUUCUGUCCCCAAACCAGAGUCUGUUGGGGAGGUGUCCAUCGCCGGCUCAGCUAUCGCCUCUCUGCAGAAAGAGUUAUCCUCAUCUUCUUCUAGAAAGAUCAUCAAACCGGUCAAGUCUCCUAGUCCGUCUCUUAAAGUUGUUAGGACCAGUGAGAUGCUGGAGUCCAUCCCACCACCGUUCAAAGAAUCCAUUGAGUCAUAUCGCGCUGGGACCCAGAUUCAGACGGGGGUCGCGUACAUGGUGGGGAUGGACAGAGUUUAUGAGGACUGGAGAGCCCAGGUGCCAGAGGCAGCAGCCGUACCGUCUGCAGGUGGCGCUGUUGUCCCACCUACUUUGGUCUCGGGCUUGAAAAACACAAAUGUGACAGAGGGCGAGUCUGUGACUCUGGAGUGUCAGAUCAGUGGUCAGCCCGCCCCCAUCAUCAUGUGGUUCAGGGAGGACUACAAGAUCGAGAGCUCCAUUGAUUUCCAGAUCAGCUACGUGAGCGGAUUUGCUCGGCUGGUGAUACGUGAGGCUUUCGCUGAAGACAGCGGACGCUUCACUUGCACCGCCACCAACGAGGCCGGAACCAUCAGCACCUCCUGCUACCUGCUCGUCCAGGUGUCUGAGGACAUCGAGGGCAAGCAGGAGGUAGUUUCCACCGAAGUUACUCAAGUUACAGUAGAAACUAAAGACGAGACCGAAGUGAGUGCGGUUGAGCCGGAUUCCCCUGCUGCUGCUCCCUUCUUCAUUAAGACACCAGUUGUUCAGAAGCUGGUGGAAGGAGGAAGCGUUGUGUUUCAAUGUCAGGUGGGCGGAAACCCAAAGCCUCACAUUGUCUGGAAGAAGAGCGGCGUGUCGCUCACCACAGGAUACAGGUAUAAAGUUGCCUACAAGAAAGAGACUGGAGAGUGUAGAUUGGAGAUCUCCAUGACCUUUGCAGACGAUGCAGGAGAAUAUUCUGUCUUUGCCAAGAAUCAACUUGGAGAAGUCUCAGCCUCCGUCAGUCUUCUGGAGGAAGAGGAAUAUGAAGCAUACAUGAAGAAACAGGAAGUGACAGCUCCAGUGCAGGAGCCCAAACCUGGAGACAUUCCCCCUAUUACAGUGGAUACAAUGACCACCGUCAUCUCCGGACAGGAAUUCCAUUUGUCUGCCAUGGAGCUGAGAAUCAUUCAGGAGAUCGAGCUCACCAUCAUGAAGAUCACCUACAGAGAGAUUAUAACUGAGGAUGGAGAGUUGAUGGUGACCGCCACUGCCACUGAGGCGGUGCAGCCAGCCUUCGACACUCCGGUCAAAAACUACAGAAUCAUGGAGGGGAUGAGCGUCACCUUCCACUGCAAGAUGUCUGGAACGCCACUCCCCAAGAUUGCUUGGUUCAAAAAUGGCCAGCGCAUCAGGCCCGGUGAUCACUACCAGAUGGAGGUUCUCCAGGAUGGACGAGCCAGCCUCCGCCUAUCUAUGGUGCGACCAGAAGAUGAAGGCGUGUACACUGCCUUCGCCACCAACAUGAAAGGAAAUGCUGUCUGCUCAGGGAAGCUUUAUGUGGAGUCGUCUGCAGCCGCUCCUCAGAGAUACACACCACAACCUGCAAUGCAGAGGAUCAGAUCCACAUCACCUCGUUCUCUGAGCCGGUCUCCUGGCCGUUCGCCUAGCCGCUCACCCGGACGAUCUCCAGCUCGUCGGCUCGAUGAGACUGACGAACAACAGCUGGAAAGACUUUACAAACCCGUAUUUGUCAUGAAACCUACCGCAUGUAAAUGCUCUGAGGGACAAACUGCCAGAUUUGACCUGAAGGUUGUUGGCCGACCAAUGCCUGACACGUAUUGGUUCCACAAUGGACAACAAAUUGUUAGUGACCACACCCAUAAGAUUGUGGUAAAAGAGGAUGGGACUCAGUCCCUGAUCAUUGUCCCAGCCAUGCCCCAUGACUCUGGAGAAUGGACAGUGGUGGCUCAGAACAGAGCCGGGCGCUCAUCCAUCUCCGUCACUCUCACAGUUGAUGCUAAGGAAACCUUGGUCCGUCCCCAGUUCACUGAGAAACUGAGGAACAUCAGUGUGAAAGAGGGCACUCUGGUUGAACUGGCUGUUAAAGCCAUUGGAAACCCACUGCCUGACAUCGUCUGGCUGAAGAACAGCGACAUCAUCACCCCACACAAGCACCCACACAUUAAGAUUGAAGGAACCAAAGGAGAGGCCAAAUUCCAAAUCCCCUCAGCAGGCGGACCAGACAGUGCAUGGUACACCGCCACAGCCAUCAACAAGGCUGGCAGAGACACCACCCGCUGCAGAGUCAAUGUUGAGGUCGAAUAUGUUGAGCCUGAACCAGAGAGGAAGCUCAUUAUUCCCAAAGGAACCUACAAAGCCAAAGAUAUUACUCCUCCAGAGCUGGAGCCUCUUCACCUCCGUUAUGGCCAAGAGCAGUGGGAGGAAGGCGACCUUUACGACAAGGAGAAGCAGCAGAAACCAUUGUUUAAGAAGAAGCUCACAUCUGUCCGAAUGAAGCGUUUUGGUCCAGCCCACUUUGAGUGCAGGCUGACUCCAAUUGGAGACCCCAACAUGGUGGUAGAGUGGCUGCAUGAUGGCAAGCCUCUGGCUGCUGCCAACAGGCUGCGUAUGGUCAAUGAGUUUGGCUACUGCAGCCUGGACUAUGAGGUUGCUUAUGCAAGAGACAGUGGAGUGAUCACCUGCAGAGCAACCAACAAGUUUGGAGUCGACCAGACCUCGGCUACCCUGAUCGUCAAGGAUGAGAAAGGCCUUGUAGAGGAAUCUCAGCUUCCUGAGGGUAGAAAGGGAGUUCAACGAAUUGAUGAAAUGGAACGACAGGCUCAUGAAGGCGGACCUUAUGGAGUAACUGCUGAAGAAGAAACAGAGAAAAUGAAGCCUGAGAUUGUCCUUCUCCCUGAGCCUGUCAGGGUUAUGGAAGGUGACACAGCCAGGUUCCGCUGCAGAGUGACCGGCUACCCGGCUCCAAAGGUUAACUGGUACCUUAACGGGCAACUCAUCCGCAAAAGCAAGAGAUACAGACUUCGCUAUGAUGGCAUUUACUACCUGGAGAUCACAGAUAUCAAAUCCUAUGAUUCAGGAGAGGUAAAAGUUAUAGCAGAUAACAACCUGGGUUCAGCUGAAUAUGUUGUGAAGUUGGAGAUUCAACAGAAGGAAGACUUCAGAACUCAUCUGCGCCGCGCUGCUGAGGGUAAAGCAAGUGAAGCUCCUGCUGAGUCAGGAAAAGUACCAUUUGAGGUGGUGAAGGCUGAGCAACCCACUGAGGACACCCAGCUGAAGGAGGUGGUCAAGCUUAAGAAAGCCCAGAGAAUUGUCCACGAAAAAGCCGUAGAAGAGUCUGAGGAACUGAGGAGCAAAUUUAAGCGCAGGACAGAGGAAGGCUAUUAUGAGUCCAUCACUGCUGUGGAGCUCAAGUCACGCAGGAGAGAUGAUUCUUAUGAAGAUCUGCUACGAAAGACAAAAGAGGAGCUUCUUCACCAUGCAAAGGAAAAGGAGGAGGCUGAGAAGAGGAAGGAGGAAGAGCGCCUCAAACUAACUGCAAAAGCUCUGAAACCAGAAAGGAUCAAGCUCUCACCCAGCAUGGAAGCUCCUAAGAUUCUGGAGCGCAUCACCAGCCAGACAGUUGCACUGGGAGAUGAAGUCAAAUUCAGAGUCCGAGUUGUUGGUAGACCAGAUCCUGAGUGCCAGUGGUUCAAGAAUGGUGUUCAGUUGGAAAAAUCUGACCGCAUUUACUGGUUCUGGCCUGAAGACCAUGUAUGUGAACUUGUGAUCAGAAACGUGUCAGCCGAGGAUUCGGCUAGCAUCAUGGUUAAGGCAACCAACAAGGCUGGAGAGACAUCCAGCCACGCUUUCCUGCUGGUGCAAGCAAAACAAGUCAUCACUUUUACACAGAAGCUUGAGGAGCUCAAUGCCAAAGAGAAGGAUACCAUGGCUACAUUUGAGUGUGAAACUAAUGAGCCUUUUGUUAAGGUUAAAUGGCUGAAGAAUAACAUGGAGAUCUUCUCAGGAGAUAAAUACAGGAUGCACUCUGACAGAAAGGUCCACUUCCUGUCUGUGCUGAUUAUUGAAAUGAGGGAUGACGCAGAAUAUUCAUGCGUGGUUAUAGAUGAUGAGAGCAUCAGAACCAGCGCUAAGCUCAACGUUGAAGGAGCUCCUCUGGAGAUGGUGAAGCAGCUGGAGAACACCGAGGUGCCAGAGACGUACUCUGGAGAAUUUGAAUGUGUUGUAACUCGUGAAGAUGCUGAAGGCACCUGGUACUUUGAGGACAAGCUGCUCUCUCCCACUGGUAAAUACGUCAUGACGUCCCGCCGUGGAAGACACAGUCUGUCUGUGAAAGACGUCAAGAAGGAAGACCAGGGCAAAUAUACCUUCAAAGUGGGUGAAUUCACAACAACUGCCUCACUAAAGAUGAAAUUGCGUCCCGUCACCCUGGUUCAGCCUUUGACGGACCUAACCGUUUGCGAGGGUGAUAUUGCCCAGCUUGAGGUCAAGUUCUCACAAGAAAAUGUUGAAGGCAGCUGGAAGAAGAAUGGACAACCAAUUACAUCUUCUGACCGUGUGCACAUUGUCAUUGAUAAACAAGUCCACAAACUCCUGAUUGAAGAUGCUAUCAAGGACGAUUUUGGAUCAUAUUCAUUUGUGGCUCCUGAUCAUGAUAUCACAACCACUGCAAAGCUGUUGAUUCAGAGUAUUGGCAUCCUUGUUCCAUUAAAGGAUGCAUCUACCAUUGAAGGCACCAAAGCUGUCCUGGAGGCCAAGAUCUCUGCUCAGGAUGUUAGCUCUGUCAAGUGGUACCACAAUGACAACUUGUUGGUGGCCAGUGACCGGGUCUGUAUGGUGGCCAAGGGAACCAAGCAGCGUUUGGUUUUCAGCAGGACCUACGCUUCUGAUGAGGGUCGCUACAAACUGGUUGUUGGCCGAGUGGACACCAGCUGUAAACUCUCUGUUGAGCCUGUGCAGAUCCUGAAGCCAAUGACGGACAUGGAGUGCUCUGAAUCUGAGAACGUUUCCUUCGAAGUUGAGGUUUCCCACCCAGGUAUCGACCCCUAUUGGACCUUCAAGGGCCAGCCACUCAAAGCCAGCGGCAGCCACAAGAUGGAAACCAAGAAUAAGUACCACACCCUGACAGUCAUCAACGCAAUGAAGGAUGAAGAGGGCGAGUACAUGUUUGCUGCCGGUGAGAAGACGUGCAGAGCUUCACUUACUGUGACAGGUGGUGCCAUCAAGAAGCCUUUGCGAGAUCUGGUUGUAGCUGACUCCCAGACUGCAGUAAUGGAGUGUCAAGUCGCAAACCCAUCUGCUGAAGGAAAGUGGCUGAAGGAUGGACAGCCUGUCGAUUUCAGUGAGAAUGUGCUGAGCGAGGUAGACGGUGCCGUGAGGCGUCUUGUUAUUGUCAUCACAAAAGCCACGGAUAUUGGAGAGUACACCUACCAAGUGGCCACCUCCAAGACCACCGCCAGUCUGAAAGUUGAAGCUGUAAAAAUCAAGAAGACCCUGAAGAACCUGAACGUGGUCGAGACUCAGGAGGGUGUUUUCAGUCUUGAGCUGACCCAUGAGAACGUCAGGGGAGCACAGUGGAUCAAGAACGGUGUUGAGAUCCAGCCCAGUGAUAAAUUUGAGAUCAGUAUGGAGGGCACAGUUCACACACUGAAGAUCAACAACUGCUCCACACAAGACGAAUCAGUUUACUCCUUCAAACUUGGAAAGCUGUCUGCAAACGCAAGACUUAAUGUUGAAACUCUUAAGAUCCUGAAGAAGCCAAAGGAUGUGACAUCACUGCUGGGUGCAACAGCUAUGUUUGAAGUGGGCAUCUCUGAAGACAACAUCCCAGUUAAAUGGAUGUUCAAGAACACUGAGCUGAAGUCAAACGAGCACUACACCAUGCUUUCUGAGAAAAGGACUCACAAAUUAAUUGUCCAGGAUGUGGACAGCAGCAAAGAGGGAGAAUAUACUGCAGUGAUUGGUCACCUGCACUGCAGUGCUCACCUGACUGUUGAGUCUCUGCGGGUAACCAAACCUCUUGAGAACGUAGAGGUCCCUGAAACCCAGGUGGCCACAUUCGAGUGCGAAGUUUCUCACUUCAAUGUGCCGUCCACCUGGCUAAAGAACGGCGUCGAGAUUGAGAUGAGUGAGAAGUUCAGGAUCGUGGUUCAGGGGAAACUCCACCAGCUGAAGAUCAUGAACACCAGCAGGGAUGACUCUGCAGAGUACACCUUCGUCUGUGGGAACGACCGAGUGUCAGCAACGCUCACUGUCAACCCUAUUCUGAUCACAACAAUGCUGGAGGACCUGAAUGCUCAGGAGAAAGACACCAUCACAUUUGAGGUGAACGUCAACUACGAGGGAAUCACUUACAAAUGGCUCAAGAACGGUGUGGAGAUCAAAUCCACAGACAGAUGCCAGGCUCGCUGCAAACAAUUCAACCACACUCUGAGCCUCAGGAACGUCCACUUUGGAGACAGCGCUGAGUACACCUUCACAGCCGGGUCUGCAGCUACCAGAGCUAAACUCCAUGUGGAGGCUCGUGUGAUUGAAUUCACUAAACACCUGAAGGACCUGAAGAUCACAGAGAAGAAGAGGGCAACCUUUGAGUGUGAAGUUUCUGAGCCCAACGUCCAGGUGAUGUGGAUGAAGGACGGCCAGGAGCUGGAGAUGUCUGACAGGUACAAAAUGACCUCAGACAAGUUUGUGCAUCGUCUGGUUCUGCCAUCUGUCCGCAUGUCUGAUGCCGGCGAGUACACAGCUGUAGCCGGAUCGAGCAUGUCUGUUGGAAACCUGAGAGUCGAGGGACGAGAUGUUAAAAUCUCUGAACCUGACAGCAGAGACAUUACAGUGGUGGAGAAACAAAGAGCAACCUUUGAGUUUGAGGUAAAUGAGGAUGAAGUGGAGGGUCACUGGCUGAGGAAUGGAGCAGAGAUUCACUUUGCAGAGGAAGAGAGGUUCAACUACGCCACCAUCAGGAAAUUGCAUCGCCUCACUAUCACUGAGACAUUCAGGAGCGAUGCUGGAGAGUACACCUUCGUCGCUGGCAAAAACCGCAGUACCAUGAACCUUCACGUGAGAUUGCCAGAGCCGCCUCAGAUCGUACGCCACCUGGAAUCCCAGACGGUGAUGUCAGGUCGGUCUGUGCGCUUCUCGGCGCAGGUGAGCGGCCUUCCUCAGCCUCAGGUGACCUGGUACAAAGACUCCCAGCUUCUGUCCACAAGCUACAAAUGCAAGUUCCUCCACGACGGAGAUGAGCACACGCUACUUCUGCUGGAGGUCUUCCCUGAGGACGCAGCCACCUACAGCUGCGAGGCCAAGAACGACUAUGGAGCGGCGACAAGCUCCGCCCCUCUCAUUGUGGAAGUUCCUGAGGUGAUUGAAACCGUCCGGAUUUCUCCUCCGGUUCUGAUCACUCCCAUGAGGGACGUUCUGGUCUCAGAAGGACAUCCUGCCCAGCUGAAGUGCACUGUCUCUGGGGAAGAUCUGCAGAUUUCUUGGUUCUGUAAUGACAAAGAGAUCCGGCAGUCUGACAUCUUCAGGAUGUCUCAUUUGGAUGAAACCUGCCUGCUAGAGAUUUCCAGAGUCCUCCCUUCACAUGAGGGAGAGUAUUCGUGCAUUGCCACAAACAUAGCAGGAAUGGUCACAUGUUCUGCCACUUUGAACCUUGAUGUAACCGAAGUGGAGAAGGAACCAGCGGUAAAGCAGGAAGUUAAAGCCUUUUCUAGCUCAACGAUCACAGUGGAAGAGGAAACCCAGGAGUCAUACUACACUGGCUUAAAAUUACCUGACAAAACCAGAACACUUGAACUCAAACCAGAAACUAAGCGCUUCUCCAGCUCUUUGGAGAGGAAAAAAGAAAAACCUGUUUUCCUUAGCAAACUUUCUCCUGCAGCUGCAGUAGUUGGAGAAACUUUUGCCUUUACUGUCAAAGUGUCCGGAUUCCCACAGCCCACUGUUCAAUGGUUCCACAAUGGGCAGACAAUAACCAGUUCAUCAGUUUAUACAUUUAUUCAUGAACAAGAUGAGUACAGUUUAAUUAUUAACAAAGUUAAGAGAGAAUUUGAGGGAGAGUACUCCUGCACAGUCAGCAACAGGUUUGGCCAGUCAACUUGCUCUUCUUACCUUCAUGUUCAGUUAAAGGAGCCAGAACGAGAGAAAAGGGUUGAUGACAAAGCACCUGCAGCAACUGGUCAACCUCCUAAGUUCAUGAAAGCUAUAGAGUCAGUUCAGUUAUCAGAGGGUGGGAAAUGCUUUUUCAGGUAUAUGCUGACUGGAGAGCCUCUCCCUGAUGUUCAGUGGUUCAAAGGAAGCAUCCAUAUUGAGCCUGCUGGCUUUAACAUGAUGGUGAACAACCCAGAUGGAUCAGGCUUUUUCAGUAUCAUGAGUGUUAAACAAGAACACGGUGGUAUCUACACAUGUAAGGCCUUUAACCCAUAUGGGGAAGACUCUUGUAGUGCUGAGCUGUUGGUAUUCAAUGAAAAAUCUCAAGAAGAGCACCAGUUCAUUCAAAAAACUAAAAGCUUGAAGAUAUCACUGACCGAGCAAAGCACAGAGUCUCGGGUGUACCAUGAAAGAAGCCGGUCUGAUCAGAUGAUUUAUACCAUUAGCACUGAAGACCGGCAGAUUAUUCCUAGUGAGGAGGUGGAAACCCUCCAAGAGCUGAAUAUCUCUGCUGCUACUCUUCAAAAAGAGCAACUGACCCACCAAGCUGCCCUUCUGCAGUCUCAUGAAAUUCAUGAGAGUGUUUCUUUGACUCCAGCCCAUCCCCCCGAGGUCUUGGCUGUUCCUACAAAGCAACUUCCCAAGGCCUCUUUCUUAUCUUCAGUCCAGGAGAGACAGAAGAUAACAGAGCAGCACUCAGAGAGAAUUCUGAGUCCUGAGGUAGUUGAACUAGAGUUCUCAAAAGAACAAAAAUCUAAAAUCAUGUCAGCUACAUCUGAGGAGGUCCUUUCCCUGACCACUGUGAAAGCUGAGCCUUUGACAGACCGGACUCCAGAGUUCAGUCAGACCACAACUGAGCCCAAGCAAGUUGUCAGUAGCUACCAAGUAGAAUCUGCUUUACCCAUUUUUGCUGAUGUGUCAGAUGUUGUGGAGCGACCAGAAGAGGAGAAAUGUUUUAGAGUCCAAGAGGGGGUUAAGAUUUUAUACUCUGCUCAAUCUGCUGAGCAGUUGUUGCUUACAGAGACACACUCUGAGGCUCUACUAGCUUUAGACCCUGCCGUUAAAACACAAAUUGAAAAAGAACAAUCUAAACCAGUGCUAGCACCAGUGAGUGAAACUAUGGUGACUUUAUCUAAAGAGCAGAAAUAUGAAACACAGAUACCGGAGCAAGAAAGCAUCCAGCCAAGUAAAGAUAAGAUAUGUAAAUCUGCCAUAGUAACUGAGGAGAAAUAUCAGGUUCAGGGUGAACAGACAGUACAGGUGCCACCUCUAGAGACUCCGACAUGUCUGCAGACUAGUUGUGAGGACAAUCAGAUUUUAAAUUUGCAAGUUAUCACUGAUCAGGGUGUUUUAGAGUCUGAGGGAAGACUCAGCAGUGAGAAGCCCCCAAUGGAGCUGGCAGACAUGACUAAGAAUCCAACUUUGCUGUACUCAGUGUCUCAAGAAGAACAAAGGACUGUGGUAUGUGAGGCAACUUCAGAGUUCACUGCAGAGCCCGACUAUGCAUCUGUUCAGCCAAAGAAAGAGCAACCACAGCUAAGAUAUCUCCAGUCGAGCCAUUCUGUAUCAGUUUUACCAAAGGAAGGCAUCAUUGCCUUUACUAAACCUGAUCAGCAGGUGGCAUUACCAAAACAGGAGCGGGCUCGAAGCCAUGCUGCAUCCUCGGAGACACAAAGAGAGAUCAUAGCGGAGUAUCAUAAAGACCUCAAUGUAUCUGUGGAUGGGAUUAAGGCACAGUAUCAGACUGAAUCUAGACCUCCAAACAUUCUUGGUGUGUCCUCCAAGCUCCUACUCCUUCCAAAGGAAACCCCUUUCACUGAAAGCUUCAGAGAGCAGCGAGCAUUAGUCCAGAGAGAGGAUCAGUGCAAUAUUAUGCAGUCCUUGAAUGUCACAGACACUCAGGUUUUAGAGGAGGGUCACACUGCCAGUCUUCACACUGAUGAGAAAUUCACGCCUGAAUCAAAAGUCGAACCAAAGAUCCCAAAGAGACCUGUAUUCAUAGAAGAAAAGGCAGUUGCAACUGAAAGGUGCAGCAUCUUAGAGGCUGCUGAGCAGGAUUUUGCUGUGCAGAUCCAGGAGGGACAAUCAGUCCGGCAGUCUGUGCUGUUAGAAGAAAAGCGGGUCCUCCUGGUAGAACAGUCAAGCGAGAUACAUAAACCAGAAGCUUCCACUGUCAGUGUUAAGACACAACCUAAGGGUGUUGUUUUUAUUCAUGAGUCUCAGGGCGCUCAUGCUCUUCCUAAAGAACUCAACUUUGUUCUUAAUAUCCCAAAAGCAUCAACUAUGACCAUUCGGCAUCAGCUGAGAGAAGCUCUUCAGUCUGCUGUGGCCAGUGAUCAACCAGUCUUACUAGCAGAAGUGGUGAAAAACUUAGAAACUGUGGAGAUACAGGAGGUCAAAGUUCAACGAGAGCCCAGACGGACCAAAUUCACAUAUCUGAUCACAUCGCCUGGUAUCCCACUGGAGAUCACACUGUCCUUCCAAGGAGAAUAUCCUCAGAAAGCUGAUCUGAAGUCUGAGCUGCAGGUAGCUCUACAGACUAUGGUUUUCCAGGAGCAGCAAAGUCUUUCAUCGGAACAGCAAGGCAUAUUGCCAAUUGACAUACCUCAGAAGGUUCAGGUCAGCUCAGUACCCUCUAAAGAGAUGUUGUCAAUCAUGAUGGACUCGGUGGUGGUGGCAGAAAGUGUUGUUGGGUUUCCUCCAGAUGCAUCUCAUUCUGCAGAAGUCAGAACUGAAUUGAUGGGUUCUUUCCAAAGUGCAACAAUUCAGAGCCACACUGAGGAAUCCAGGAAAGUGAGUCAGACUGAAUUUACAUCAGAGAGGGACGUUACUGAAGUAACCACCUUGUCAGCUGUAGAGCAGGUACAUGUGGACACUUUUGUUCACAGAGAAACCAGAGAGGAGUAUCUUUCAGAGGCCAUCCUAAUCAGUGAGUCAUCUGACAGCCUUAUUGGUCAUCCUGUUGUUAUUGAGUCUCUGGAGGAUGUUUGUGCUGAAAUGAAUGAUAAAGUUGUUUUUACCACUACUAUCAAGUAUGCCACCAAGGUGAACUGGUUUUUCAAUGGCCAGCUGGUGAAAUCUGGUAAAGAGUUCAAGUGUUCUGAAGACCGUGACACAUACACACUAAUUGUCAACAAAGUUGUCAAGGAGAGGCAUCAAGGAGAAUAUGUCUGUGAGGCUGAAAAUGAAGUCGGCAGGACUACAACAUCUUCAAGGCUCACUGUGGUCUCAAAAGUGAAACCUGUGUUCAGACACAGAAUUGCUCCUCUGGAGAUCAACAUCGGCAAUUCUGCCAGAUUUGACUGUGAUACAGAGGAUGCUCCAAAUGUGACCUUCAAGUGGUUCAAAGAUGGCCACCCCAUCAAAGAGGGUGAUAAGUACAGGAUUAUCAGUCGCUUCACGGCUUCCUCUCUGGAAAUUCUGAGCCCAUCAAAGGAUGACAGCGGAGAAUAUACCUGUAAGGCAUCCAAUCAACAUGGCAGUGAUGAAUGCUCUGCUUCUCUCGGUGUGACGGAGAAACUUCCUCCAGUUUUUCAAACUAAACCUGACAACCAGACUGUGUAUGUUGGAAAGAGGGCACUCAUACAGUGUGUAAUAACAGGAUCUGCUCCUCUGAAUGUUGUGUGGCUAAAAGACCACCAGGUUGUGCCCUCUGUGUCAGAACACUACCAAACCAUUUGUGAAAAGAAUAAGCACACUCUUGAGAUCAAAACGCUUGAGGCAGCAGACCGUGGGCUAUAUGUGUGCAGGGCAUCUAAUAAUGCUGGGAUGGCUGAGUGCAGCAUGGAGCUGCGUGUUGUUGAUAAGCCCAACUUUGUAAAGCCCCUGGGUUCGGUUGCUGCCGUGGUGGGAGCUCCUCUUCACCUGGAAUGUCAGGUGGAUGAGGACACAGGAGUAACCGUUACCUGGACCAGAGAUGGUAGGAAAGUCCACCAAUCUCCAGACUGUAAACUGUCUUUUGAGAAUAAGACAGUAUAUCUUGACAUACUAAAAACCACACUGAAAGAUUGUGGGAAUUAUGUGUGUAUGGUGGCAAAUGAUGCUGGAAGUGCUUCUUGCUCCACUUCUGUCAAAGUACAAGAGCCACCAGUCUUUGUAAAGAGACUGGAGGGUACAACAGUUUGGAAGCGAGGUAGCACAGCUCGGCUGCAGUGCACCGUCAAAGGAUCGCCCGAGCUUCACACCACCUGGUUCUACAAUGACAGUGAGCUGUCCAGUGGUGGCAGAUAUGCUGCCAGCUUUAAGGACGGUGUCGCCAUUCUUGAGAUAAACAGUGUCAUGUUGAGUGACAGCGGGAGCUACAGCUGUGAGGUUCUGAACGAGUCAGGCUGUGAGAGCUGCAGCACCAAAGUGACAGUUAAAGAACCUCCAUCGUUCAUUAAGGAUGCACCCUUCAUAGAAGCAGUGAGAGGAUCUAUAGCUGUGUUGGAUUGUGAGAUCGCAGGUUCUGCACCAUUUGAAGUAACUUGGAAAAAGAACAAGAAACGCUUGUCCUCAGAUAAAAAGUACAGAGUAGUGUCACAAGGAUCACUGACCUCUCUGGAGAUCCACACAUUUGAGAGCGCUGAUGCUGGUGACUAUGAAUGUGUUGUUUCAAAUGAGGUUGGCUCAGUGACCUCUAACUCCGUGGUUAAACAGAAAGAGCCACCUGUCUUCUCAAAGAGGAUUGAGAGUUCGACAGUGUUGUUGGGAAAUGCAGUGAAACUACAAGGAGUAGUGAAAGGCUCAGCUCCAAUUUCUAUAAAAUGGCUGAAAGACUCUAAGCUGAUAAUAGAUGAUGAUUCCAGUGUCGCAACAACAUUUGAGAACAGCAUUCCUUGCAUUUCCUUCACCUCUGUCGGGAUAAAACAUGGCGGCAAGUAUACUUGCAUUGCUGAAAACGAGGCAGGGCAGCAGAAAUGUGAGGCUGUUCUCACCAUUCAAGAACCGGCUAAGAUCAUAGAGAAAGCGCCGUCCAUCAGUGUCACAGUUGGUGAACCGGCAACGCUUGAGUGCACCAUCUCUGGAAGCCCUGAGCUCAAAGUCAGAUGGUUCAAAGAUGGCAAAGAGAUGAUUAGCGGUCGUAAAUAUAAGAUGACUCUGAAGGAGAACACAGCUGUUCUGAAGAUACUUUCUGCAGAUAGAGGAGACACUUCAGAAUACAAGAUGGAGGUGUCCAAUAAAGUCGGAAAAGACGAGUGCACAUGCUCAGUCACAGUUAUAGAUCGCGCUGUUCCACCAUCCUUCACUAAAACUCUAAAAAAGAUGGAUGGAAGUAUUGGUAGCAAUGCCACCUUGGAGUGCAGAGUUGCUGGAUCACAACCAAUGGUUGUUUCUUGGUUCAAAGACGACAAAGAAAUUCACAGCGAUGAUAAAUACAAGCUUGAUUUCAGUGAAAGUGCAGCCUCUAUGACAGUUACACAUCUUGAUCAAAGCGAUGGAGGAGUUUAUACGUGCCGGGCUUCAAACAAGGCCGGAGAAAAUGAGACCAGUGGAACCCUGACAGUCAAAGAACCUCCAGCUUUCACAGUAAGACCUGAGUCCCAGGAUGUUCCACCAGGAACCAACGUUGUGAUAAAAGCAGCCUUCACUGGGUCUGCUCCACUGGUGGUUAAAUGGUUCAGAGAGGAGAAAGAGAUUUUCUCUGCAGGAAAGUGUGUCAUAAAAAAGGAUGUCUCCUCAAGCUCUUUAGAGCUUUAUUCUGUAAAACCCAGUGAAUCUGCUAAAUAUACCUGCCAAGUAUCAAAUGAUGCCGGGAAAGUGGAUUGCACUGCCACCCUCUUCGUGAAAGAAGCUCCCACAUUCACAAUGAAGCUUGAGCCUUCACGGCUCCUAAAAGCUGGUCAGCCUCUGAAGCUGUCCUGUAAAGUACAGGGAACUCCUGUAAUUUCCGUCACAUGGAUGAAAAAUGGCUCUGAAAUCAUGUCUGACCACAGACACUUGAUGUCCUUUGAGAGCUCAGUAGCCUCCUUGGAGGUGGAGAACUGCUGUGUAGAAGAUAGUGGGGACUAUAUGUGUUUGGCUUCCAGUGAAGCCGGGAGAGAUCAAUGCAGCUGCUCAGUAACAGUCAAAGAGCCUCCAGUGUUUGUAAAGCCUUUUGAAUCAGCUGAGUUUGUGAAAGGAUCUGACAUUGUCCUGACAGGAACCGUUUCAGGUUCCCCGCCAUUUGAAAUAAGUUGCUUCCUCAAUGAUAAGCUGAUCAGAAGCAACAAAAAACAUCAGAUCCAUGUUCAAAAAGACACAGUCACUCUUCAGAUAUCUGACUGUGACAGCAGGGAUGAUGGGACGUACCGCUGCACGGUUGCAAAUGAUGCUGGGGAGACUACUUGUUCUUGCCAGGUUUCUUUGACAGAACCACUGUCAUUUAUUGAAAGACCACAGGACAUGUCCUGCAUGGUGGGCUCUGAAAUCUCUAUGAAAUGCAUGUGUUCUGGAGCACUUCCCAUGACGUUCCGAUGGAACAAGGAUGAUCACGCGCUCACUGAAGAUGAGCAUGUUAAGAUGUCCUAUGAAACCAACAGUUCUGAGUUGAAUUUGAAAAAUGCCCAGUUAUCCCACAGUGGGAAAUAUGUGUGUGAGGCUGAGAACAAAGUUGGGACUCAGAGAUGUACUGCCAUGGUCACGGUGACAGAUGCUGUGACUCCUCCCACAUUUGUUAAGAAAUUAUCAAACAUCCAAGCAGUGAUGGGUUCAGUGGUCACAAUGGAGUGCAAACUGUCAGGGUCUCUUCCAUUUGUUGUCGAAUGGCACAAAGGAAAACAAAGGAUAAUCAAGAGCUCUAAGUACAAACUUGUGCACAGUGGAAGCACUGUUUCCCUGGAGUUAAAACUGACUGAAGGUCGCGACACAGGAGAGUAUUCCUGCAAAGUCACAAAUGAAGCUGGAAGCUGUGUAUGCAGCGGAAUUCUUACAGCUAAAGUGCCACCAACAUUUCUGGUGGACAUCAAGCCUCAAACGGUUAUUCCACAGUCAACGGUGACCUUCAGAGGAGUCUUUGAAGGGACUCCCCCAUUUACAGUGGAAUGGUUUAAGGAUGGCAUCAAACUCAUUGCUGGGUCCUCGUGUACAAUCAUUUUAGAGAAAUACUCUUCUUCAUUGGAGCUCAACUCAGUCGAGGCCAUGCAUAGUGGAGUUUAUACUUGCCAAGUUAGCAAUGAAGCCGGCACAGUGACAAACGCAGCGGAAUUGUUGGUGAAAGAGCCUCCUCGGUUUAUCGUGAAACUGCCUCCCACAACCUUUGUGAAGCAGUGUGAGGGACUCCGUUUAGAAUGCAAGACCAACAGCGCACGCUUCAUGAAAAUGUGCUGGUACAAAAAUGACCAAAAGAUAAGCGACGGAGGCGAUUAUAAAGCCAUGUUCGUUGAUUCGACUGCGUACCUCCAGCUACGGUCUGCGAGGCUCGAGGAUAAUGGAGUCUACACAUGUGAGGUUCAUAAUGAUGCUGGCAGCGCAAGCUGCAGCACCACUCUCACAGUUCAAGAGUCUCCAUCCUUUACUAAAACUCCCAACCCAGUGGAGGGAAUUCAAGGGAAAGAUGCCAGUCUUCACUGUGAGAUGUAUGGCACUCCACCUUUCCAGGUUUACUGGUACAAAGACAAAAAGCCCUUAAAAGAGAGUUGGAAACAUAAGAUUGUUAGUGUGGGCAACUCUGCUACUCUUCAUGUCAUGAAACUUGAGCAGAAUGAUGUUGGCAUAUAUGAGUGCAAGGUGUCAAACAAUGUAGGAAGUGAGUUAUGCCACACUACUAUCAAUCUAAAAGAACGACCAGCGUUUGUCACAAAGCUCAUCGACCAGUCCGUAAGAAUUGGCCAGCAACUAGCACUUACAGCCACAGUGAAAGGCUCUGAGCCUUUGACUGUGUCCUGGGUCCAGGACAAGGACCACGUCCUUAGAGACGGUGAUAACAGAAAGAUAACCUUUGAGAACAACGUGGCCACUCUUGUAGUUCCAGAGGCUGACUCAGCAACAGCUGGUAGAUACACCUGCCAGCUGAGUAACGACUCUGGAGUGGUGGAGUCAGUCUCCCAAGUUACUGUUUUAGAACCUGCUGCCAUUGUGGAUAGUCCAGAAUCCAUGAGUAUCACAUCAGGAGAAAAUGCUUCUAUUGAAGUUGCAGUGUCUGGUUCACCAGAAUUGAAAACAAAAUGGUUCAAGGACAACAAAGCCCUCAGUUCUGGUGCCAAAUAUCAGACAUCUUUCGCAAAGAAAAUUGCUGUUCUGAAGAUCCGUUCUGCUGACAAAGCGGAUGCUGGAGAAUAUAAACUAGAGGUUGCAAAUCACGUUGGUACAGCUUCUUGCAAAAUCAAGCUCUCAGUAUCAGAUAAGAUGAUUCCUCCAAGUUUCAUGAAGAAGCUUAAAGAUACCCACUUUGUUGUGGGAAGGCCUGGUGAGAUGGAGUGCAAAGCUUCUGGAUCUUCUCCUUUAACAAUUUCCUGGUUCCAUAAUGGCAGGGAGAUCAAGAGUAGUCCCUCCUAUAACAUCAGCUCCACAGAUAAUAACUACAGACUGCAAAUUUCAACUGUCAGUAUGUCCGAUUCUGGGAAAUACACCUGCAAAGCAGUGAAUGCUGCAGGAGCCAGUGAGACCAGUGCCUCAUUUAAUGUGACAGAACCUCCUUCAUUUUUGGAAACUCCUGAACCCAAAGAAAUCUUGCCUGGCAAAAAUGUAACUUUCUUAGCUAAAGUAAAAGGCAGUGCCCCGCUGCAAGUCAAGUGGUUCAGGGGAGCCAAAGAAAUGCAACAUGGAAGAGGCUGUGAGAUCUCAUUGAAGGCUGAUGUAGCCACUUUGGUGCUUCAUAGAGUUGAUAAAUCCCAUGCAGGAGAAUACACAUGCCAGGUCAUAAACAACGCAGGAAAGGAAAGCUGCCCUCUCCAUCUUUUUGUGAAAGAGCCAGUCCACUUUGUGAAGAAGCUGAGGGAUAUCUCUUCUGAGAAGGGUAAGCCCCUGAGGCUUGAGGUCACUUUCUCAGGAACACCCAGGGUAAACGUGACCUGGAAGAAGGAUGGGAAACUCAUCUGGGCCUCAUAUGAGUACACGGUGAUCACCACAGACAACUCCUGCAUACUGGAGGUUCUUAACUCUGACAGAAUGGAGGCAGCUGGCACAUACUCUUGCGAAGUGGACAACGGAGUAGGAAGUGACAAAUGUGAAGCACACAUUUCAAUUCUAGAGCGACCAUACUUUGUCGAUCGGAUGGAGCCGGUGGAGGUAACAAUGGGUGAUGCAGUCACCCUGAAAUGUGGUAUUGCAGGAAGUCCUGAUAUCUCAGUAGCUUGGUUUAAGGCUGGUGGAAAGCUGAGAAAGUCCCACCUUUGCGCCAUGGAUUUCUCAAAUGGUAUUGCCACUUUGAAUCUGGUCAAGACAACUAAGUCUGACGAUGGUGAAUACACCUGCAAGGCUGAGAACCGGGUCGGUUCAGCCGCUGCCACUUGCAGAGUGACAGUGAAAGAGCCCGUGUGUUUUAUCAAGAAGCUGGAAGACACAACUUUCAUGGUUGGGGAGCCGCUGAAACUAGUCUGCACAUACACUGGGAGCCAGAGGGUGUAUGUGACAUGGAAAAAGGACAACAAGCUGAUCUGGGCCUCUUAUCAGUACAACGUUAAAACCACAGACUCUACCUGCAUUCUGGAGGUUCUGAACAGUGACAAGCCUGAAGCAGCAGGAACAUACACUUGCGAGAUUUCUAAUGGAGCUGGAAGUGAUGUUUGCCAUGCGCAUGUCAGCCUAGAACCCCCUCGCUUUGUGAACAAGCUGGAAGACACAUAUUUCAGACUCCGGGAGCCUUUGACCCUGAAGUGCACAUACAUUGGGAGUCAGAGGAUACACGUGACCUGGAAAAAAGAUGACAAGUUAAUCUGGGCCUCGUACAAGUACAACGUCAAGACUUCUUAUGAUACAUGUAUCUUGGAAGUCCUCAACAGUGAUCGGGAAGAAGCUGUGGGAAGAUACACAUGUGAAAUUUCUAAUGCAGCAGGAAGCGAUGUCUGCCAUGCUAAUGUGAAAUUAGAACGUAAAGUACCUCCAAACUUCACUAAGAGGCCGUCUGAGUCCAUCGUGGAUUCAGCUGGUAAGGUAGUAAAGAUGGAGGCUCGGGUGUCCGGUUCCCAGCCAUUGACCGUCACCUGGUACAAGGACAACCAAGAGAUCUUUGCCUCUGGAAAAUAUGACAUCAGCUUCAAGAACAACAUGGCUGUGCUGUGUAUCAGAGACUCUGCGGUUUCUGACAGCAGUGUUUACACCUGUCAGGCUUCCAACGAAGCAGGGAAAGUGUCAUGUCAGGUGUCCCUCACAGUUUCAGAAACUGGUCAGCCUCCUAAAUUUGACGUCCCUCUGGAACCGGUCACAGUGAACGAAGGGGAGAAGUUGAGCCUCAAAUGCCACGUUAGAGGCUCGUCUCCUCUGAACAUCCAGUGGAUGAAGGACAGGAGGGAGCUGAAGUCCAGUGAUAAAACCAAAAUCACAUUUGUCGGUGGGACGGCCUCCCUUGAGGUCAGCUCUGCAUCAAAGGCAGAUGCAGGAGAUUAUCUGUGCAAAGCCAGCAAUGCAGCUGGUACUGACUUCUGCAAGUCCAAGGUCACUGUGAAGGAUAAAGGAGCCAAGCCUUCGCCCACCCAGGCACCGACCCCCGCUGCAGCUGCCCCAGUCAAACGACUUGACAACCUUUUCUUCAUUGAAGAACCCAAAAACAUUUCAGUCACAGAGAAGGGCACUGCAACCUUCAUUGCCAAGAUUGGGGGUGAUCCAAUCCCCAGCGUGAAGUGGAUGAAGGGCAAAUGGAGACAGAUCACCGCUGGUGGUCGUAUCUCCAUCGAGCACAAGGGCCAGGAUGCCAAACUGGAGAUCAGAGAGGUGACAAAGUCCGACUCUGGUCUCUACAGGUGUGUCGCCACGAACAAACAUGGAGAGAUCGAGUCCAGCGCUGACAUAGAAGUCACCAAAAAGGAUGAAGGGGACGGAAUGGGAGAUAUCAGAACAAAACUCAAGAAAACUCCCUCCAAGCAAAAGAGCCCAAAGAAACUUGAAAACAUCAGUAUUGUUGACUUGCUCAGAGGUCAUGACCCUAAAGACUAUGAGAGGAUCCUCACUGAACAUGGGAUCCAUGACUACAGGGCCAUCCUGCAGGCUGUGGAGUUCCUGAAGAGGGAGAAGGAGAUGGAAACUGGAAAAGCGGAGGUGGAACAUGGUGGUCGGGUUGAAGAGGAAGACAUGGCCAGACUAAUCCAGCAGCUGGAGGGACGUGUCGACACGGAGCCUGUGUCUGUGAUGGAAGACAUCUCUGACCAGACAACCACAGAGAACCAAACAGCAACGUUUCAGUGCGAGAUCCAGAUCAACUACCCAGAGAUCUCUCUGACCUGGUACAAGGGAACGCAGAAACUGGAGAACAGUGAUAAAUACGAGAUCAGCAGUGUAGGCCACCGCCACUAUCUGAAGAUUAAGAACUGCCAGGUCAAAGAUCAGGGGAACUUCCGUGUGGUGUGUGGUCCUCACAUCUCCAACGCCAAACUCACCGUAACAGGAACGGAUUACAAACCAGCUGACCAAAUUCAGUUUACUAAACGCAUCCGAAACAUCGAAGUCAGCGAACGUCACUCCGCCACCUUCGAAUGUGAGUUGUCCUUUGACAACGCAGCCGUUACGUGGUACAAAGACUCGUGGGAGCUCAAAGAAAGCCCCAAAUAUAACUUCAAGACAGAAGGCCGACGGCACUUUAUGACGAUCCGCAACGUGACAGCAGAGGACGAAGGCGUUUACUCCGUGAUCGCUCGCCUGGAGCCAAUGGGAGAAGCUCGAAGCACCGCCGAGCUUUACCUCUCAGGCAAAGACGUUGGGUUAGGAAAGGUUCCUCAGGACAUCCCAGAUUUGUCAGUUCAGCUCCCAGACAUGGGCUCCAUGAUUAUUUCCCAAGAAUCCUCCGAAUUUUAUCACCACGAGGAACGAUCUGAAGUCAAAGAGUUUAAGAGUCUGACGGUUGAAGAAGAAACGGUUUCGGUUCGGUUCUCCUCCGUCUCAGAAGAGAAAAAAGCUGUGGAAGAAUUUAUUGGCCGUACUGAAGUCAGAGAGGAAAUCACUUCAGUUCAUGAGAUUUACAGGAAGCCAGAAGAGAAACCCUCAGAGCGCGCAGCUCCACAGCCACCUGCCGUCACAGAACCUGAGGUAAAGAAGCAACGGCCUGAUACUUUCACAACUCCUCAGCGAGAAGAACCCACAGUCCCACAAGCUCCAGUUGCACCAGUGGAGAAGAAGCCCAGUGUAAAGGCUGAACCUACCACCGUUUCAGAAAGAAUUUCUCCACCUGAAGACAAGGGACCAGUUUCAGCUCCUGGACCAACUAAAGUGCCAACUCUUAAGCAAAAGGGUAAAAUUCCCAUUGAGAAGGAGAAAACUACUGAAGUUCCUAAACUCAAGAGUAAAAUUACCAUAAAACCCAAAGAGAAAGAGCCAGAAAUGGAGAGCAUUCAGUUGAAGAAGGUUCCGGUCAAACCUCCAGAACCCGAGAAACAGGUCGUAACUCAUGAAGCAGAAGUGAUAAGACAUCAAGAUCCUGAACUAUCAGUGAAGGGACUUUAUGACAGAGAAGAGCGGGAGACCAUAACCGUUGGAAGAACUGAGCGAGUCUUUACAGCAGAACAGGGAACAAUUCAACUGAGUCAAAUUGAGGAGACUGAAACUAUUAAAAUUGUCCAGACAACAGAGAAAGAAGGUUGGACAAGAACCACAAAACCCAAGAAAGAAGAGGAACCCGAGGCUCCCAGUGUAGAUAAGAAGAAAAUAAAGAAACUACCGAAGACGGAGGAGCAACAAGAAUCUGUGAAACUAAAACCAUUUGAAAAGCCUGGAAAGUUGCAACAAGAGCAAGAGCAGAUCAAACUGAAACAGGUUCCAAGUAAACCCAAAGAACUUGAAAAAGACAUUUCAAAGGAUAAAACUGAAAUUACAAAACAACGUGACACAGAACCGAGAGUCCAGAAGCCUCAAGAGAGAGAAGAUCGAGAGAUAAUCCCACUUGGAAAACCUGAAAGGGUCUCCGUUCCUGCAGAGGAGCCAUCUAAAGCUGGUCAAACAGAAACACCUCAACAGCCAGAGGAAGAAGAGAAAUCUAAGUGGACCAGAACCACAAAGGCCCCAGAGGAAGGAGAUGCUGAGCCAGAGUCAUCGAAGAAGAAAAUCAAGAGAUUACCAAAGAAAGAUGAAGAACCAGAAGUUGUGACAUUGAAGCCUUUUGAAAAACCCACAAAACAAGAAGCUUCUGAACAAGCAAAGACUGCAGAUGGAGGUCAGGCAAAGAUAGAUACUGAGCGCUCUCCUUUUAGAUUGGGUGAGAUGUUGCUCAAAGAUCAACCUGCAUCAGAUCUGAAAAGCAAAGACGACAAAGAUGUUUCUUUGACAAGGUCUGACACAAGUCCAGAUAUUACCAAGUCCCAACCUGAACUGCUACAAAAGACAAAAGAUGAUCAAGUUCCUAAGGAUGAAGAAACUACAGCAUCUGAUAAACCUAAAGUUAAACCUAAAGUCAUUCCCAAACCAGAGGUAAAGGAAGAGCAGGUUGUGUUGAAGCCUUUCACUAAGCCAGAAAAAGUCCCUGAUGAACAGCUAAAGAAGCCCGUAGACACAAAGAUGCCAGACAAGACAACCAAAGACAUGAAGGAUACAGAGAAACAGAAACCUGUGAAUAAGGAGGAACCGUCUGUUCCAGCCAAGAAAUCAAGUCCUACAGGUCUUAAAGAGAAGAUCUCACCUCCUGAAGCAGAGAAGGUCCCAGCAAAACCAUCUGAUGUGUCAAAGAAAGAUGUUGACCUCAAAAAGACUCCUUCUCCCAUGGUCAGUACAGAGAAAGCAGAAGACAAAAAGCCCACACAGCCUGUUGAUGAGCCGAAGAAGAUUGAGCUGAAAAAGACUCCACCGUCUAAGGCGGAAAAGCAGAAAGACUUAGAGAAAGUUCCAGCUGAGAGAAAGCCAAGUUCUGAAAAAGCCAAAGAGCCAAAAGCUGUUUCCCCCAAAGACUCAGUUGAAGCCAUAACACUCAAAAAAGUUCCCAAGAAGCCAUCAGUGGAAGAGAUCUCAGAAUCAGAAAAGCCUGAUAAAGGUCGGAUCCUCCUUUCGAAGGAGAUUUCUCCUGGCGCUGUGCAAAUGAAGAGGGUGACAACUCAGCCUGAGGAGGAGGUCUUUGAAAAUGAGCCUGAAGAAGGCGAGGUUGAGGAGGAAUCCUGGGGCUGGGAUCUUGUUCCUUCAGAGGACUGGGAAGGUGAAGAGGUAGAUGGGGCCGUUGAGACUCCGGGUAUGCCUGGUGCCAGACGAGAUGGAAAACCAAGUGAUGAACCUUCGAAAGGAAGAGGCAGAGGAUUUGGGGCAAGACAAACUCCCUCUCCUGGUGAUGGUGGAAGGGGUCGGGGCAUGAAACCCGGUGGAAAAGGUCCAACACCACCAGAGGAACCAUUUGCAGGCUUCAAGCUCAAACCUGUGGCUUUGAAGUUUGUGAAGAAGAUUCAAGACAUUGUGCUGCAGGAGGCCGAGUCCAUCGGCUCAUCAGCCGUGUUUGAAUGUGAGGUUACACCCUCUACAGCCGUCACCUCCUGGAUGAAGGAUGACAGUAACCUGCGCGAGAGUCCCAAGCACAAGUUCACCUCUGAUGGCAAAGAUCGGAAGCUGCACAUCAUUGAUGUCCAGCUGUCCGACACUGGAGAAUACACCUGUGUGGCCAAGAAUGCUGGAAAGGAGAUUACCUGCACUGCUAAGCUCAUAGUUGAGGAGCUCCCGGUAAAAUGGCUGAAGGAGCUGGAACCUGAGACCUCAUGCAUGAAAGGUCAACCAAUGUACCUGAUCUGUGAGCUGAACAAAGAAAGAGACGUGGUGUGGAAGCGGAACGGAGAGCUUUUGAAGAAAAAGGCUGGAAAAGUAGCCAUUAAUGUGAUUGGUAUGCAGCACGCUGUGACCAUCCAGAACUCCACCGAUGAGGACGCAGGCCUCUACACCUGUGAAGUAGAUGGUCAGGCAGACGUCAAAACUUCAACCAACGUCAAAGUGAUUGAAAUCGUCAAAGACUGGCUGGUAAAGCCUCUGAGGGACCAGCAUGUGAAACCAAAGUCCAAGGCCACAUUCAAAUGCGAGCUGUUCAAAGACACUCCCAAUUGGAAAUGGUACAAAGGCGAGAACGAACUCGCUCCUUCUGACAAAGUUGAGAUCAACAAAGAUGGAAAGGACAUGAAUCUCACCAUCAACAACUGCCAGCCUGACGAUGUGUCAGAUUACACCAUCGAAGUUGAAAAUCGAAGAUACACAGCCAAACUCACACUGGGAGAGCGUGAAGCUGAGAUCCUGAAACCUCUUGCCAGUGUUGAGGUGGUUGAGAAGGAGGAAGCUCACUUCAAUACUGAAAUAUCUGAGCAUGAUAUUCCUGGCGAAUGGAAACUCAGAGGCCAGGUGUUGACCAGGUCUCCGACAUGUGAUAUUAAAGCAGAGGCCGGAAAACGCUUCCUGACACUGAAGAAUGUGCAGCUGGAUCAGGCUGGAGAAGUGUCGUACCAGGCUCUGAAUGCUGUGACCAGUGCCAUGCUCACUGUUAAAGAGAUCGAAAUGGGCUUUGUUGAAACGCUGAAGGAUGUGUCUGUGCCUGAAAAGAAACAGGCUAAGUUUGAAUGCACCAUCACUAAGGAUGUGCCAAAGGUCAUGUGGUUUAAGGGGGUGGAAAUCAUCACCCCCAGCCCCAAAUAUGAAAUAAUUGACGAUGGAAAGAAACACAUGCUGAUUGUAAACAGCUGUGAGUUUGAUGAUGAGUCUCAGUAUUCGAUAGAGGUAUUGGACAAAAGGUCAACGGCUCAGCUGACGGUGGAAGGCAUGAGGCUCAAAUUUGUGCAGCAACUUAAGGACCAAACAAUCAAAGAAGGUAACUCGGUGCGCUUUGAUAUCGAGUUGACUCACGAGAACGUGCCGGUGGUUUGGUAUCGAAACGAAGUCAAACUCCACGUGAGUCGAACGGUGCUCAUGCACGUGGAAGGAAGGAGACACACUCUAGAAAUGAGGAGUUUGAGUCUAGAUGAUACCUGCCAGAUAAAGGCAGAAGCCAAGGGAACUUACUCCUCAGCCAAACUGACAGUCAUAGAGGGAGACGCCAUCUUCCUGGUGAAGCUGCGGGAUUACACUGCCACCGAGAAAGACGAGGUGUCGCUGGACUGCGAGCUCAGCAAAGACGUUCCUGUGGUCUGGUAUCACAAUGAGAAGGAAGUCGUUACCUCCAAGUUGGUGGUCAUGAAGUCUGAAGGCACCCGCAGAUCUCUGGUCCUGAAGAAAGUGGCGCAAAAUGAUCAAGGGAAAUACGUAUGUGACUGUGGAACAGACAAAACAUCGGCCAACAUAAUGAUCGAAGCACGUGACGUUAAGGUUGUGCGGCCGAUUUACGGCGUGGAGCUGUUUGAUGGUGAGACGGCUCGCUUCGAGGUUGAGAUCUCUGAGGACGACGUGCACGGCCAGUGGAAGCUGAACGGAGAAGCCCUCAACCCUUCCUCUGAUGUGGACAUCAUAGAGGAAGGAGGCAAACACACUCUGAUCCUGUACAACUGUAAGGUGUCCAUGACAGGAGAGGUGUCUUACUCUGCAGCCAAUGCCAAAUGCUCUGCCAACUUGAAGGUCAAAGAACUUCCUCUGAACUUCCUCACACCCCUGAGCGACGUUCAGGUGUAUGAGAAGGAUGAGGCCCGAUUCGAGGUGGAGGUGUCGAGACCUCCAAAGAGCUUCCGCUGGCUCAAAGGCUCCCAGGAGCUGACAGGCGACGACAAGUACGAGAUGAUACAGGAGGGCAAUAUGUACGUUCUGGUGAUCCGAUCUGCGGCCUUUGAUGAUGAGGCCAAGUACAUGUUUGAGGCAGAGGACAAGAGGACCGCCGGCAAACUUGUUAUUCAGGGUAUUCGCCUGGAGUUUGUCAAACCCAUUAAGGACGUAACAGUGAAAGAGAGAGAAACAGCAGAGUUCAGCAUUGAACUGUCUCAUGAAAACAUCUCAGUGGUUUGGUACAAAAACGACGUCCGGCUGCUUCCCAGUAAGGUGGUCCAUAUGUCGGAUCAAGGAAAAGUCCACACUCUGGCCUUCAAGGAGGUGACGAUCGACGACACCUCUAUGAUCAAGGUGGAGGGGAUGGACAAGAGCAUGACAGCCAUGCUCACUGUCAUCGAGGGUGACUUGUACUUCACCACCAAGCUGCAGAACUACACUGCUGUGGAGAAGGACGAGGUGAAGCUGGUCUGUGAACUAAGCAAAGCCGUUGCUGAUGUGAAAUGGUUUAAGGACGGGAAGGAGAUCACUCCGUCCAAGAACAUCGCCAUCAGCACGGAUGGAAAGAAGAGAAUCCUGAUGGUCCGGAAGGCAGAGAAGGCCAACAUCGGAGAGUACACCUGCGACUGUGGCUCGGACAAAACCACAGCAAACCUCAACAUUGAAGAGCGCGACAUCAAGGUUGUCCGUCCCCUGUACAGCGUGGAGGUCACUGAGACAGAGACAGCCAGGUUUGAGACUGAGAUUUCCGAAGAGGACGUCCACGGAAACUGGAAACUGAAGGGAGAAGCUCUGCACCAGUCUGCGGACGUGGAGAUUAAAGAGGAAGGAACCAAACACAUGCUGAUCCUUUAUAAUGUCCGUAUGGACAUGGCCGGAGCUGUUGACUUCUCUGCAGCCAAUGCCAAAUCCAACGCUCAGCUCAGGGUCAAAGCUCGCUCCAUCACGCUGAUGCGUCCACUGAAGGAUGUGACAGUGACAGCCGGAGAGACAGCUACCUUCGAGUGUGAGCUCUCAUAUGAAGGCAUCGAAGUGGACUGGUUCGUUGGAGGACAGAAGAUGGAAGCCAGCGACCGGGUAAAGCCUCGGGUGGCAGGUAGAGUUCACACUCUGACUGUCCGAGAUGUGAAGCUGUCAGAGGCUGGGGAGGUCAAAGUAACUGCCAAAGAUUUCCUGACUCAAGCUCAGCUCUUUGUUGGAGAGCCACCAGUAGAGUUCACAAAGCCUCUGGAAGACCAGACAGUGGAGGAAGAGGCCACCGCCACGCUGGAGUGUGAAGUCUCAAGAGAGAACGCCGAAGUGCGCUGGUUCAGGGAGGGUCAAGAAAUCAGAAAGACCAAGAAAUAUGACACUAUUGCUGAAGGACGCAAGAGAGCGCUUCUCAUCCAUGACUGCUCUCCAGAUGAUGCCAAAAUGUACACAUGUGAUGCUAAAGAGUUCAAAACUUCCUGCUUCCUGGAGGUUACACCUCCUUAUGUGGAGUUUACAAAACCACUACAGGAUGUGGAAGUCAGAGAGAAAGAAUCAGCCAGGUUUGAAUGUGAAGUCUCCCGCGAGUCUGCCAAGGUUCGCUGGUUUAAGGACGGCAACGAGAUCAGAAAGGGAAAGAAAUAUGAAAUCAUUGCUAAAGGAGUGCAGAGGAUCCUCAUCGUCCACAAGUCAGCGUUUGACGAUGAGGCAGAGUACGAAUGUGAUGCCAGAACCUUCAAAACAUCUGGCAUGCUCACUGUCGUUGAGGAAGCAGCCACAUUCACCAAGAACCUGUCCAAUGUGGAGGGAACUGAGACGGACAGCGUAAAGAUGAUCUGUGAAGUUUCCAAGGCCAAUGCUGAGGUUACCUGGUACAGAGGAGACGAAGAACUGCCAGAGGGCGGACGCUACGAUCAGAUCAUGGACGGUCGCAGGAGGAUCUUGAUCAUCCAGGACUUGAGGAUGGAAGAUGCUGGAGAGUACAACUGCAGACUGAGCCCUACUGUCAGAACAUCUGCCACCCUAAAACUCAAUGAACUGGCAGCGGAGUUCAUCUCUCGUCCUCAGAACCAGGACGUGGUAGAGGGUGAGCAGGCUGAGUUCUCCUGCACAGUGUCCAAAGACACCUAUGAGGUGAAGUGGUUCAGAGGUGAACGAGAGAUCCAAGCUGGAGACAAAUACACAAUCAUCAGUGAAGGAAAGAGAAGGGCUCUGAUUGUGAAAAAAUGUGACCUGAAGGAUGAGGGUGGUUAUGUUGCUCACAUCGGCAGCGUUAAAGCUUCUGCUGAUCUCUGUGUGAUAGAAAAACUGAGGAUCGUGACACCAAUUAAAGACACAGAGGUGAAGGAAGGAAGCGAGAUUGUGUUUAACUGUGAGACCAAUACUGAGGGAGGCAAGGCCAAGUGGCUGAAGAAUGAGGAGACCAUUUUUGAAAGCAGCAAGUACAUGAUGGUUCAGAGAGACAACGUCUUCUCUCUGAGGAUCAAAGAUGCCCAGAAGGCAGAUGAGGCCACCUAUACCGUCUCUCUGACUAACAACAGAGGAGAACAGGCCAAGUGCUCUGCCAGCGCUAAAGUUGCAGAGGAAAAACUCAAAUUCCUGGAGCCCAUUGAAGACAUUGAGACUCAGGAGAAGAAGACUAUCAGCUUUGUUUGUAAAGUGAACCGGUCUGAGGUGACUGUAAGAUGGAUGAAGGCCGGCCAGGAGGUGACACUCAGCAAACGCAUUGUCUACAGAGCCGAUGGACUCAAACAUACCCUGACUAUCAAAGACUGUGCCAUGGAAGAUGAGGGCGAGUACACUGCCAUGGUUGGAGAUGACAAGUGUGCUGCUGAGCUGAUCAUUAGCGAGGCGCCAACUGACUUCACAGGACAGCUCAGAGAUCAGACUAUUACUGAGUUUGAGGAUGCAGAGUUCACUUGCAAGCUGAGCAAGGAGAAGGCGGCUGUCAAGUGGUACAAGAAUGGACGAGAGAUCCGAGAAGGACCGAGAUAUCAUAUGGAAAAAGAAGGCAAAACAUGCAGAUUGAUCAUCAAGACGUGCAGACCAGAUGACGAGUGCGAAUAUGCCUGCGGUGUGGAUGAGAGAAGGACCAGAGCCAGGCUUUUUGUUGAAGAAACCCCAGUGGAGAUCAUCAGACCACCACAGGACAUGUUUGAACCUCCAGGCUCAGAUGUCGUGUUUGAGGUUGAGCUCAACAAGGACAGAGUGGAGGUCAAGUGGAUGAGAAACAACAUGAUCAUUGUGCAGGGUGACAAGUAUCAAAUGAUCAGUGAGGGGAAGAUCCACAGGUUACAAGUCUGUGAGAUCAGACCCAGAGACCAAGGAGAGUACCGCAUAGUGGCCAAAGAUAAGGAUGCCCGGGCCAAACUGGAGCUGGCAGCUAUUCCAAAGAUCAAGACCACUGACCAGAAUCUGGUGACGGAUGCUGGAAAACCCUUCGUCAUGGCGGUUCCUUAUGAUGCCUACCCUCGUGCUGAUGCAGAGUGGUUCUUUGAUGGCAAAAGCUUGCCUGUUCAAAACAUUGAUACUUCCCUUGACAAAACCGAGUACCGUCUUAAGAGCCCUACCAAGGAGGACCAGGGCCGUUACAGAGUGGUAAUCAAAAACAAACAUGGUGAGGGUGAGGCUUUCAUCAACCUGGAUGUGAUUGAUGUUCCUGGACCUAUUAAGAACCUAAGGGUGGUUGACACUGCUGAUGGUGAGGUCAGCUUAGCCUGGGAGGAGCCUGAGAGUGAUGGUGGCAGCAAGAUUAUCGCUUAUGUGGUAGAACGACGCGAUGUAAAGCGGAAGACCUGGACUCUUGCUACAGACCGGGCUGAUACUCCAGAAUACUGUGUCAGUGGUCUCCAGAAGGACUCCCUGUACCUGUUCAGAGUCUGUGCUCGUAACAGAGUUGGUCCCGGUCCGAUUGUUGCCACUGACGAUGCUGUUCAGGCCAAGAACAAGUUUGAUGUCCCAGAUGCUCCAGAAAAUGUUGGCCUUGGUGUGGUGAACAGGUUUGGAGCCACUGUCAACUGGGAGCCUCCUAAGUUUGAUGGGGGCUCAGAGAUCACCGCAUACGUGAUUGAGCUCCGUGACAGAACCUCUGUGAAAUGGGAGGCGGCCCUGGUGUGUGGAGCCAGUGAUCGAUCGGCUACACUGAAUGAUGUAGUGGAGCACAAGGAGUACAUCUUCAGAGUUCGAGCUGAAAACAAAGCCGGAAUUGGAAGGCCUAGUGCUGCAACCAACCCAGUGAAGAUCAUGGACCCCAUUGAGAGGCCAAGUCCACCUCUGAACCUGAACUACAACGACCAAAUCAACACCGCUGUCACUCUGACCUGGGAAACUCCAGUAAGCAACGGUGGCAGCAUGAUCACCGGGUACAUUAUCGAGAAAUGCGAUGAGGGCUCAGACAAGUGGUUACGCUGCAACGCCAGACUAUGUCCUGACCUCUCCUACCGGGUUUCUGGACUAAAGCCUGGUCAGAAGUACCUGUACAGAGUGUGUGCUGAGAAUGCUGCUGGUGUCUCAGAUCCAGCAGAGCAGCUUGGACCACUGCUUGCCGAUGACCCACAUGUCGGUCCAACCUUUGAUCUAAGCGGCUUUAGGAAUGGCUUGGAAGUUAUCGCCCCUCAGCCUCUCACCAUCAGGGUCCCCAUUACCGGAUACCCCACUCCCACAGCUAAGUGGAACUUUGGAGAAAAGGAGCUGACCACAGCAGACGAGCGUGUCUCCAUGCUGACAAAGCCAACGUUUACAGAGCUGACAAUCUCUCCAAGUGUCCGUCCUGAUAAAGGCACAUACACCCUGCACCUUGAGAAUGACGUCACAUCUGUCUCUGGAGAGAUUGAGGUCAAUGUUAUCGCAUGUCCAAGUGCACCCAAAGACUUUAAAGUAGCUGAGGUAACUCGGCACCAUGUCCACCUGAUGUGGGAGCCACCAGAACACGAUGGAGGAAGUCCAGUUACCCACUAUCAGAUAGAAAAGAGAGAGGUUUCCCGCAAGACCUGGGCCAAGGUUGCUACUGGUGUCAUGGAUCUGGAGCACACAGUAACAGAUGUGAUUGAGGGAAAAGAAUAUCUGUUUAGCGUUAUUGCCUGCAACAAGUGUGGACCUGGAGAGCCAGCAUACAUAGAUGAGCCUGUAAAUGUCUCCUCACCUGCUACUAUUCCUGAUCCUCCUGAGAACCUGAAAUGGCGUGAUAAGAGUGGCAAGAGCAUCUUCCUUUCCUGGGAACCUCCAAAGUAUGAUGGUGGUGCUCCGAUUAAAGGUUACGUGGUUGAUAAGUGUCAACGUGGGACAGACAAGUGGGAACCCUGUGGUGACCCCAUGCCUGAACUCAAGUUCCAGGUGACAGGGCUGAUCGAGGGCCAGUGGUACGCAUACAGAAUCAGAGCAGUGAACAAGUUGGGGGCCAGCAGACCCUGCAGGGCCACUGAUGAGAUUCAGGCUGUAGAUGCUCGAGAACCUCCAGAGAUCCAGCUGGAUGUGAAGCUGCUGGCAGGCCUGACUGCCAGAGCAGGCACCAAGAUUGAGCUUCCUGCAGACGUCAAAGGACAGCCUGAUCCUCGUGUAAAAUGGACCAAGGCUGACUUAGUUCUACGGGCUGAUGACCGUAUAACCAUUGAGACUCAGCCGGGACACUCCAAAGUUUCCAUAGGCAACACCACCAGAGAAGACACGGCCACUUACAUCAUAGAGGCAGUCAACAUCUGUGGACGUGCCACUGCCACCAUUGAUGUCAACAUCCUAGAUAAACCGGGCCCUCCAGCUGCCUUUGAUAUCUCAGAGAUCACCAACGAGUCCUGCGUUUUAGCGUGGAACCCUCCCAGAGAUGACGGUGGCUCACCCAUCACCAACUACAUUGUUGAAGCUCGUCAGACAGACAAAGAGGAGUGGGUCAAAUUGUCAGCCACUGUGAAGGAUACCACGUUCAAGGCCUGCAAGCUUAUUGCUAUGAAGGAAUAUGUCUUCAGAAUCAGUGCUGAGAACCAGUACGGCAUUGGCAUACCUACAGAGCACACACCAAUCAUUGCAAAGUACUCUUUUGAUCCACCUGGUCCUCCAACCAGAGUCACUCCUUCUGACAUUGCCAAGGAUGCAGUGACACUGACCUGGUUUGAGCCAGAUGAGGAUGGUGGCAGCCCCAUCACAGGAUACUGGAUUGAGAAGUUUGAUCAAGAGAGUGAUAAGUGGAUACGAUGCAACAAACUGCCCAUAAAGGACACAACUUUCAGGGUAAAAGGUCUUCCCACCAAGAAGAAGUACCGCUUCCGUGUUUUGGCAGAGAAUCUUGCUGGACCUGGAAAACCAAGUGCAGAGACAGAUCCUGUACUUAUCAAAGAUCCCAUUGAUCCUCCAUGGGCACCCGGAAAACCUGUUGUCAGGGAAGUUGGCAAGACCACUGCCUUGUUAGCAUGGACACGACCGGAGCACGAUGGCGGGGCAAAGAUUGAAGGUUACAUCAUUGAGUUCCAGAAGACUGGAAGCGAGGAAUGGAUCCGUAUUGCAGAGGAUGUUCCUCAGACAGAGCACCAGCUGCAGGGACUCAUGGAGAAGCAGGAAUACUCAUUCAGAGUGAAAGCUGUCAAUAAGGCCGGUGAGAGUGAACCCAGCGACCCCAGUGACCCUGUGGUCUGCAAGGAGAGACUCUACCCUCCAUCUGCUCCUCAGUGGCUGGAGGUCACCAACAUCACCAAGGUCAGCGCUGAUCUAAAAUGGCAGGCUCCAAGCAGCGAUGGAGGUUCACCCAUCACAAACUAUGUGGUGGAAAAGAGAGACGUGAGGCGGAAGGCCUGGCAGACUGUUGACACUACCAUCAAGGAGCUCAAAUAUUCAGUGACUCCCCUCAAUGAAGGAUCCCUCUACGUAUUCAGAGUUGCUGCUGAGAAUGCCGUUGGAAUGGGAGAGUUCUGUGAGCUGGAGGAUGCAGUUCUCGCCAAGGAUACGUUCACAACUCCUGGACCUCCAUACGCUCUAACAGUGAUGGAAGUCAGUAAGAGACAUGUGGAGCUCAAGUGGGAACCUCCAAAGAGCAAUGGUGGAAGACCUAUAACCAAGUAUGUGAUUGAAAAGAAAGAAAAAGUUGGAACUCGAUGGCUGAAGUGCUGCAAGACUCCAGAUAAACAGACGCAGUUCAAGGUGACAGAUGUUGAUGAAGGAUCAGAGGUGCAGUUCCAGGUCAGAGCUGAGAAUGAGGCCGGAGUGGGAGAUCCAAGUGAGCCCACUGUUAUCCUCACCAUCGAGGAUCCAACAAGUCCUCCAUCUCCUCCUCUGGAUGUGGCCAUUGUUGAUGCCAGCAGGGAACACAUCAAUGUCACCUGGAAACCACCAGCCAAAGAUGGCGGCUGUCCAAUAACUGGAUACCAUGUUGAGGUGGCAGAGGCUCGUCCAGAACUCAAGUGGCUAAGGGUAAAUGCCCGGCCCAUUAAAGAGCUGAAGUUUAAGAUUGAUGAUGGAAUCAAACCAGAGAAAAAGUAUGUGAUUAGAGUUCGUGCCAUUAACUCUAUUGGCGUAAGCGAUCCCUCUGAAAUCUCCGACAAAGUUGCCACCAAAGAUCCUGACUGUUCUCCAACUAUGGAUCUGGAUGGAAACGAUGUGAUUGUUGUUGAAGGUGAGAAGCUGCAUCUGAACAUCCCCUACAAAGCAAUCCCAACUCCCAAGAUGGUGUGGCAGAAAGACACAGUCGAGUGUAAAGCUGAUGACCGGCUCUCCAUGACCGUUGAGAUGAACAGCGCUCACCUGGAGAUGCUGAAGUGCCAGCGCGCUGAUGCUGGUGCUUACACCAUCACUCUGGAGAACAGUCUGGGAACUGCUACUGGAACCAUCAAUGUCAAAGUUAUCGGGCUCCCUGGUCAGUGUAAAGACAUCACCUCCAGUGACGUCACUAAGAAUUCCUGCAAGAUCAGCUGGGAAGCUCCCGAAGACGAUGGAGGCACACCUAUUGUCAGCUACACUCUGGAGCGCCGAGAAGCAUCCAAGAAAACCUACAUGCCCAUCAUGUCAGGGGAAAAUGUCCUCACCUACAACCCUAAAGACCUUUAUAUCAACUGUGAGUACUACUUCAGAGUGAAGGCUGUCAACAAGGUCGGAGCAGGAGAAUAUUUGGAGCUACGCAACCCGGUUCUCACAGAGGAAAUCAAACAGAAACCAGAUCCUCCCAUCCAAGUUGAGGGUCAUGACCCCACAUCCAAGUCCAUCACAGUCACCUGGAAGGCUCCAGACUACGAUGGCGGCUGCCCAAUACAGGGUUACAUAGUAGAGAAGAUAGAGAAAGACGGUGACCGCUACGACAAGGUCACCCCGAGUCUGGUUCCUGGUUUCUCCUAUGUCGUGACUGGCCUGAAGGAAGACAUGGAGUAUCAGUUCAGAGUCCGAGCAGAAAAUGCCGCUGGAGUCAGUGAGCCUUCCCGCAGCACUCCACUUAUAAAGGCUGCAGACCCUGUUGAUAAACCAACAGUCACACUGCAUGCACGUGUGCAGUCCGGCCUCUGCGUUAAGAAGGGUGAAGAAAUCCGCAUUGAUGCUUACGUCUCUGGCUCUCCAUAUCCUAAAGUCACCUGGCUGAGAAAUGAGGAGGAUGUGACCAAGGAGCCUGCCAAAAAGAUUGCUCCUGUGUUAAAAAAGAAGAAGACCAAAGCCCAUGUUCCAGAACCAGAGGAGGAAUUUGUGACUCCUCUGCGUGAACGUCUUGGUCUGGAUAAAACCACAAAAGGCCAGUCUGCUCUUAUGAUCCGUGACUCUGUCAGGAUUGACCACGGCAAUUACACAAUCAGGGUGGAAAAUACGCAUGGUGCUGCUUCUGCCACCUGCUACGUCAACGUCCUGGACAAGCCUGGCCCUCCAAUAAACUUCACCUUUGAUGAGAUCAGGAACACCUCUGUCAUCUGUAACUGGGAGCCUCCUGAGGAUGAUGGAGGCAGCGAGAUUCUGAACUACAUCCUUGAGAAGAAGGACAACAAGAAUGAUGAGAUUGGCUGGAUCACUAUCACCUCCACCCUGAAGGGCACCAGUUUCCCUGUCACCAAACUCAUCGAAGGGAAGGAAUACAUCUUCAGAGUAACAGCUGAGAACAAAUAUGGCUGUGGUUUGCCAUGCAUCUCUGAUCCACUUGUCGCCAAGAACCAAUUCAAUCCUCCUGAUGCUCCCAAUACUCCCAGAGUGCAUGAGGUGACAGCAAACUCCGCUCACAUCUCCUGGCAUGAACCAAAGGACAACGGCAGCCCGAUCCUUGGCUACUGGAUUGAGAGGAAGGAGGUGAACAGCAAACACUGGACCAGAGUUAACCGGGCCCUCCUCAAUUCUCUAGAUGUGAAGAUCACUGGACUGAUGGAGGGACUCACCUAUAUCUUCAGAGUAUGUGCAGAAAACCUGGCUGGCCCUGGGCCCUUCAGUGAGCCCACUGAGCGCAUUGUGGCCAUGGAUGCCAUCCUUCCUCCUGGACCCCCCACUCCACGGGUCGUGGACACCGGCAAUGAUUCUGUCAUCUUGGCCUGGAAGCCACCAUUGUACAAUGGCGGAGGCGAGAUCCUGGGAUACCACAUUGAGAAGGUUUUGGUCGGGGAGAAAGAAUGGAGCCGUUGCACAGAAUUCAGGUGUAAAGAAUUAACAUACACAGUGACUGGCCUCACUGAAGGAGCAGAUUAUUACUUCAGGGUCCUUGCUAUUAAUGAUGCUGGCCCUGGAGCUCCUGGUCUCACUGAACCUGUAAAUGUCAAAGAGCCACAAGAAACUCCUGUUGUGGAAUUUGAUGACUCUGUGAAGAACGGCGUCAUGAUCAAGGCUGGUGAGUCACUGAAGCUUCCUGCAGUGGUGACGGGCCGACCUCAGCCAGAGGUAAAAUGGGCCAAAGACGAGGCAGAAAUUGACCAAGAGAGAAUGAUUGUGGAGACAGAGGGCAAGAAGAGCACUCUGUUCAUCAAGAAGGCUGUGAGGGCAGAUCAUGGAAAAUACCAGAUCACCGGCACCAACAGCAGUGGCACCAAGACCGCAGAGACCAGAGUGGACGUUAUGGAUGUCCCUGGACCAGUGGUUGACUUGAAGACGGUCCUGGUGACAAAGAAGAACAUUGUUCUCACCUGGUCUGACCCUCUGGACAAUGGAGGCAGUGACAUCAUUGGCUAUGAAGUGCUGAGGAAAGACACCAAGAUGAAGCUGUUCCGUCAGCCAAUUGAGGUGGCGUCCUGUAAGUGUGAUGUUCAGGGCCUGCUGUCUGGUGAGGAAUAUGACUUCAGAGUCAUCGCCAGAAACAAGUACGGUGACGGCGCACCAGCAGAUUUGGGACCCAUCCUGGCCGAGGAUCCUAAAGGGACUCCAUCUGCUCCUGAGAAACUGCACUACACUGACCGAAGCAAGUCAACUAUCACUCUGGCUUGGCAGCCCCCUCGCACUGAUGGCGGCAGCCCCAUCAGAGGAUACUACGUUGAGAAGAUGAGAUCAGACAGCACAGAGUACGAGGUGGCCAAUCGUAAGAUCUUUACAGAGUGCUGUGGAACGGUUGAAAACCUCUCUGAGAACCAGGAGUACCAGUUCCGUGUUAAAGCUGUGAAUGAAGUUGGAGAAGGCGAUCCUUCCAAACCAAUUUCUGCCAAGAUCCAGGAUGAUGAAAUUGCUCCAGUUAUUUCGAUUCUGAAGUUUUUCAAGAGCAAUGCCAUCAUUGUGAAGAAAGGAGCAGCCAUAGACAUCCCAGCAGAGGUGAUUGGACUGCCUUUGCCAACGUUCCAGUGGAUGAAGGAUGAUGUGGUGAUUGAGAAUCCUGACGAGGAGAAGAUGACCAUGGAGACAGAGGAGGUGAACAGGACAACAAUAAAGACAAAGAUAGCCAUCCCAGUGACCGUCCGACAAGACAAAGGAAACUACAAGCUGGUAGCUGAAAACUGCCAUGGCAAAGCUCAGCAUGUGAUCAGAGUUGAAAUCCUCGACCGCCCCCUCCCACCAAGGAAUAUCGUUGUGUCGGACAUCAAAGCAGACUCUUGCUACCUGACGUGGGAUGCUCCGGAGGACAAUGGAGGCAGUGAGAUAACCAACUACAUUGUGGAGCGAAGAGAUGCCAGCAAGAAGAAAUCAGACUUUGACGCUCUGACCAACAAUCUGAUCGACAGAAGAUAUGGGGUCUACAAAUUGGACUUGAAUGGAGUCUACCAAUUCAGGAUCAAAGCUGAAAACAAGUAUGGUGUCAGUGAUGGCUGUGAUUCAGAAAAAGUCCAGCUUAGGGAUCCGUUUGGCCUUCCUGGACCUCCACGUAAUCCUAAAAUCAUAGCUGCAACAGCAACCACAAUGACCGUCACCUGGGAUCCUCCUCUGGACAAUGGCGGCUCCACCAUCCAGGGCUAUUGGUUGGAGAAGAGGGAGCGUGGUGCCGUAUACUGGGGUCGUGUUAACCGCGCUCCGGUCACCAGACCAGCGGUUAAGGGCCUGCAAUACACAGUGUUGAGGCUCAUAGAAGGAACAGAGUACCAGUUCAGGAUUGCGGCCUGCAACGCAGCAGGAGUCGGCCCACACAGUGAACCCACUGAGUGCCGCUUCGCCACCGAUCCAUGCAAUCCUCCAAGCCCACCUGGCAGCCCAGAGGUUAAAGAUAAGACCAAGAGCAGCAUCACACUCACCUGGACUCCUCCAGAAAGAGAUGGUGGAAGCCCAAUCAAGGGUUACAUUGUUGAGGUUCACGAGGAGGGCUCUCCAGAUUGGAGAAGGGUCAACCCAGCCGACAAGCUCCACCCAUCCACUGAAAUUACCGUCCCUGACCUGAAAGAGGGCAAGAAGUGCAAGUUCAGGAUUUAUGCAGUGAACGCCGCAGGAAACUCAGAGCCUGCUAGGACAGGCGACAUCCUGGUUCAGGACAUCCUGAUCGAACCCACAGUGACACUGGACGUGAGCGCUCAUGACCUGCUGAACUGCAGAGCAGGAACCACCAUCAGAAUUCCUGCGACCAUAUCAGGACGACCCAUUCCCAAAGUCACCUGGACCUUCGUUGAUGGAACUGCCGAGACUGAAAAGAAGAACGACCUUCACACACUGCCCAUUGACUCAGAGAUCCAUUCUACUGACACAACAUCAUUGGUGGUGAUCCCAGAAAGCAAGCUGAGCCACACUGGUCGAUACUUCAUCAAUGCAGAGAACCCAGCUGGACACAAAGUACUCAAAGUCAGAGUCAAUGUGCUCGACAUUCCUGGACCUGUUAGAAAUCUGAAGGUGAGUGAUGUGACCAGAGGAACCUGCAGACUCAUCUGGAAACCUCCAGAAAGCGAUGGAGGAGAGAGAGUGAAGAGCUACUUUAUUGAGAAAAAGACUGUGGAAGGCAAAGCCUGGACCAAGGUAAACCCAACCUGUGCUACCCAGUCUCUGGUGGUUCCAGACCUCAUUAAUGGUGAGGAGUACAUUUUCCGUGUCAAAGCUGAAAACCGGUUUGGCUUUGGCCCAACUGUUGAGACUCCUGAAGGAACCAAAGCUAAAGAUCCCAUCCAUCCUCCGGAUCCUCCAACAAGGCUCAAGAUCCACAACAUAAGAAAGGGCACUCUCACUUUGACCUGGAAGGCUCCGAAGAACGAUGGAGGUUCGCCAGUCACGCACUACAGUGUUGAUCUUCUCUGCUGGGAUUCCAGCGGUGCCCAAAAGGAGUCUUGGAGGAGGUGCAACAGGAGAGAUGUCGACACCACAACCUUUAAGGUGGAGGACCUGACAGAGGGAGAUGAGUAUGAGUUCAGAGUGACCGCUUACAAUCAGGCCGGACCCAGCCGACCAUCAACUACUGCUGGACCCGUCACCAUCCAGGACCAGACCUGUGCUCCAUCCAUUGAGCUGGAGGAGUUUAUGGAAGUGGAGCAGGGUUCUGACAUCAGCAUUGUGGCCAAGCUUCGUGGCUGUCCCUUCCCAACACUCACCUGGUACAAGGCACCUCCCCACAAGCCUGACGACAAGGUCGAGGUCCAGUAUGAUGAGCACAUCAACAAGAUCGUAUCAGAUGACAGCUGCACGCUGCUCAUCCAGCAGGGCAAACGCCAUGACACUGGCCUGUACACUCUGGUGGCCUCCAACAGUCUUGGCAAAGCAUCCAAGGAAAUGAGGCUCAACGUGCUCGGUCGACCCGGUCCUCCCUCAGCUCCUAUUAAGUUUGAAGAAGUUGGCGCAGAGAAGAUUACACUCUCCUGGUUACCACCAAAGGAUGAUGGUGGUUCUAAAAUCACAAACUAUGUAAUCUGGAGGCGUGUGGCCAAUAGGAAGACCUGGGUGCCUGUGACAAACGAGCCCAAAGACCGAAUCUGGACAGUGGAGAACCUGAUGGAGGGGCACGAAUAUGUGUUCCGCAUCAUGGCACAAAAUAAGUAUGGAGUUGGUGAGCCGCUGGACAGUGACCCUGAGGUUGCCCGAAACCGUUGCACUGUUCCUGGUCAGUGUGAGAAGCCAACAGUAACCAACAUCACCAUGGAUUCAAUGACAGUCAACUGGGAGGAGCCUGAGGAUGACGGCGGCACCCCGAUCACUGGCUACUGGUUGGAGCGCAAAGAGACAACGGGCAAACGUUGGGCUCGUGUUACCAGGGACCCUAUCCGUCCCAUGGGCGUUGGCGAGUCUUUCGUAGUGAGUGGACUUGUUGAGGGGUCUCAGUAUUUAUUCAGAGUUUCUGCCGUCAACGCUGCGGGCCCUGGUCUUGCUAGUCCUCCAACAGACCCUGCCUUUGCCAGAGACCCUAUCUCUCCACCAUCUCCUCCGACCCCGAAGGUCUCUGAUUGGACGAAAUCCACAGUAGAUCUCGAAUGGAUUCCACCUUUAAAAGAUGGUGGAUCUAAGAUUAUAGGCUACUGGGUGGAGUACAAGGAGGAGGGCACUGAGGCCUGGGUUAAGGCGAAGGAAACUGAGAUCAGAGGGACGCGUUUUGUGAUCAGUGGUCUAAAGACAGGUGGUCAGUUCAGGUUCAGGGUGAUUGCCUUCAAUGCUGCUGGUAACAGUGAGCCAGGUGAAGUCCCAGAGGUACUUGAGGUCAACGACAGAGCCAUUGCUCCUGAGGUGGAUCUGGAUGCCUCAAUUAAAGAGAGAAUGGUGGUCCAUGCAGGCGGUGUGAUCCGGCUGAUUGCCUAUGUGUCAGGACAGCCAACACCUGACAUCACCUGGACCAGAGAUGGUGCUGGACUGCCACCAGAAGCUAAAGUGGAGACCACCGCCAUCAGCUCUUCACUGGUCAUCAAGCCCUGUGCAAGGAAACACCUCGGUGUUUAUACCCUGACCGCCAAGAAUGCCAGUGGGGAGAAAACAAAGAAUGUCACAGUUGAAGUCCUCGAUGUUCCUGGACCUGUUGGUAUUCCAUUCCUGGCUGAAAACCUGAGCAUCGACUCCUGCAAGCUCAGCUGGUUCUUCCCUGAAAAUGACGGAGGUUCACCCAUCAGCAAUUACAUCAUUGAAAAACGUGAAGCUGAGCGUAAAGCCUGGACAUCACUGUCCUAUAGUGCCAGCAGGCAGAAUGCCAUUGCUCGCGAUCUCACCCUCGGAAAGGCUUUCUUUUUCAGAGUGGCAGCUGAGAAUGCCAUUGGUAUUGGACCUUUUGUUGAGACUGCAGCUGAGAUUGUAAUCAAGGAGCCAAUGAGUGUACCAGAUCGUCCUGAAGAACUGGAAGUCACCAAAGUUACCAAAAAUUUAAUCAGUGUCGCUUGGAAAGAGCCCAAAUUUGACGGAGGCUCUGAGAUUACCAUGUACAUUAUCGAAGCACGUAUGAUUGGCAAAGACAAGUUCACCAGACUUACCAAAGAGAAGUUAAUGGACAGGAAGUUCACAUAUGAUGGUCUCAGAGAGGGAGACACUUAUGAGUUCAGAGUGAUUGCUGUAAAUGAAGUUGGACCGAGUAAACCAUCAUUCUGCACUAAACCAAUCACUUGCAAGGAUGCACUUGAGCCACCAACCAUUGAGUUGGACUUCCGUGAUAAGAUCAUUAUACGUGUGGGAGAGAGCUGCCUACUUCAGGGUCGCUACACAGGCAAACCAGCUCCAUCCAUUGUUUGGUACAGAGAUGACGAAGAGCUGAAGGCUGACAAACACAUAAUAUUCAAGAACACUCCAACCAUGAUGUCGCUUGGCCUGGUGAAGGCAGAGCGACAGCACAGCGGCAGAUAUGUGGUGGUUGUGGAAAACAGCACCGGAUCCAGGAAGGGUGUCUGCAACGUCACAGUCGUGGAUCGCCCAACUCCUCCUGUUGGCCCUGUGGUGUUUGACGAGGUUCACAGGGAAUACAUGGUUAUCUCCUGGAAGCCUCCUCUGGACAGUGGAGGUGUUGAGGUCUCAAAUUACAUAAUUGAGAAGAGAGAUGUGAACAGAGAGAUGUGGACCACAGUAACAUCUGCCUCAACCAAGACCACAUGCAAGAUUCCAAAGCUAACUGAAGGCAGGGAGUACAUCAUGAGAAUAUUUGCAGAGAACAUGUAUGGUAUCAGCGAUGCUCUGGAGUCUGAAGAGAUGAAGGCUAAAGAUCUGUUCAGAGUCCCUGAAGCCCCUGACAUGCCAACAGUCAGAGAGGUAUAUGCUACCAAUGCUUUGGUUCUGUGGAACCGGCCCCGAGAUGGAGGUAAACCCAUCACCAACUACAUCCUGGAAAAGAAGGAGCCAGGAGCCAAGAGGUGGUCAAGAGUCACCAGAGACCCACUUUACCCAGCCACUCAGUACCGUGUCCAGGACUUGGUAGAGGGCUUCGAGUAUGAAUUCAGGGUAAUGGCUGAGAAUGAGUUGGGAACUGGAGAUCCUAGUCCCCCAUCCAAACCAAUCCUUGCCAAGGAUCCCAUUGUACGUCCCAGUCCUCCAGUUACCCCUGAAGCUUAUGACAAAACCAAAGACUCAGUCAGUCUGAAGUGGCAGAUGCCGCGCCACGAUGGAAAAGGGCGAAUCUUUGGCUACCUUGUGGAGUAUCAGAAGCCUGGUGGUGUAGAGUGGACUCAGGCCAACAAGACUCCAGAGGAGUGUCCUGACCUCCAUUAUGUGGUGACAGGUCUGACUGAUGGAGAGGAGUAUUCCUUCAGGAUCUUUACAGUAAAUGCAGCAGGCAAAUCCGACCCUGCUUUUGUCAAACAGACCAUCAAAGUCCAUGACAGGCUAGAGGAGCCAGAGUUACUCUUGGAUGCCAACAUGGCUCGUGACCACUUAGCCAUGCUGGGCACUGAUAUCACACUUAGUGCCACAAUUAAGGGUGUGCCCACACCGACAGUCUCCUGGAAGAAAAAUGAUGGAGAUGUUCCUUCUCACAUCAAUGUUGCAGUUACAGCCACUGGUAGCAAAGUCUUCAUUCCCAAGUGUGUCCGUGCAGAUUCUGGAAACUACACUAUUACAGUUGAGAAUGCUGGUGGAAAGAAAUCUGCAACAGUUGCUGUGCUUGUGCUGAAUAAGCCUUCUCCACCAAGAGAUCUUGUGGUGUCUGAGGUGACCAGCGAGUCUGCCUAUCUGACAUGGAAGGCUCCAGAGGACAAUGGCGGUGCAGUCAUCUCCCAUUAUGUCGUGCAAAAGAAGGAUGUGGCUGCAGAUCAAUGGGUACCAGUUGCUCCAGCCAAUAAGAAGCUUAGUCUUAUGGCAAUGUACCUGAUGGAGGGAAUCCAGUACUUAUUUAGGGUGGCUGCAGAAAACCAGUUUGGCAGGAGUGACUUUGUCGUGACCAAGACACCUAUCAAGGCUCUUGAUCCUUUAUAUCCACCUGGCCCACCCAAAAACCUCCACCAUACUGAUGCAGACAAGACAGAGGUGUGGUUGGCCUGGGAGUGGCCCGAUCGCACUGGUGGAAGUGAAAUUACUGGGUUCAUUGUAGAACACCAAGAAGAGGGCCAAACUGACUGGGUUACCUUCAAAACUGUGAGCAACAACCACAGUCAUGUAACAGGUCUGGUUGAAGGCAAGACAUACCGCUUCAGGGUCAAAGCUCAGAAUGCUAUUGGUGUUAGCCGCCCUGACACCAGUAUCCCUGUUACUUGUCAGGAGAAGACAUUACCACCUACUAUUGAAGUUGAUGUGAAGCUUAUUGAGGGUCUUGUAGUCAAAGCUGGCAGUACUAUCACUCUACCAGCUAAGAUGACAGGAAUCCCUCUUCCCACUGCCAAAUGGAUCAGUGAUGGCAAGGAGAUCACUCCUGAGGGCCGAGUUAAAAUUGAGUCUGCUGGACCUUCAACCACCUUAACUAUCACAGAGUGCCAGAGAGGAGAUACUGGAGAGUACAUAGUCACUGUGUCAAAUCCUGCAGGUAGUAAGACCGCUGCCCUACAUGUUACAGUAUUGGAUCUACCAGGACCACCAAUCGGACCCAUCAAUAUCUUGGAGGUCACCCCAGAUCACAUGAUGAUACAGUGGAGGGCGCCUAAAGAUGAUGGUGGCACACCUAUAACUAACUAUGUGGUAGAAAAGAAGGAUGUCAAGAAGCCAUGGGAGCCCUGGUCAGUGGUUAGCUCUAGUGGCACCAGUACAAAGGCCAAGGUGACAAGGUUGGAGAAAGGCCGUGAGUACAUUGUCAGGGUUCGAGCAGAGAACAAGAUUGGGAUUGGUGCUAGUCUUGAAAGUCCUCCUACUGUUGCUAAGCAUAUGUUCAACCCUCCUGGACCGCCGGGCUUUCCUGAGUGCUCUGAUAUCACAGAAAAUGCUGUAACAGUAGAAUGGGCCCUACCUGACCAUGAUGGAGGCAGCCCCAUUAGUGGCUAUGUUAUUGAACGCAGAGAGAUGACAGGAAAGUGGAUUCGUGUCAAUAAAACUCCUGUGCUAGAUCUAAGAUACAGAGUCUCCGGUCUGUUUGAAGGCAAUAGCUAUGAAUUCCGGGUGUUUGCUGAGAAUAUUGCUGGUACCAGUGAGCCUUCACUCACAUCUGACCCAAUCAAAGCCACCCGUGCCAUCACAAAACCUGGACCGCCUGGUAACCCCAAGCUUAAGGAUUGGAGUAAAUCUUAUGCAGACAUCUGCUGGACCAAACCCACAAGAGAUGGAGGAAGUCCAAUUCUGGGCUAUGUUGUUGAGGUUCAGAAGUCAGGAUCUGCCCAGUGGGACAGAAUCAACAAGGAUCUAAUCAAGAUCUGUGCUUACAGAGUGCCUGGGCUGAUUGAAGGAAUGGAGUACAGAAUACGUAUCAGAGCUACAAACAAGGUUGGAGACAGUGACCCCAGGGAGGUACCUGAGACUGUUUUGGCAAAAGACAUCCUGGUGCCUCCUGAAGUUGUGGUUGAUGUCUCCUGUCGUGACUCUGUGACGGUCAGAGCAGGUCAGAUAAUCAGUUUGAUUACUAGAGUAAAAGGCAGACCAGAUCCAGAGAUCACAUGGACCAAGGAUGCCAGAGUCUUGUCUCGAGAAAAACGCUUUGAAUUUAAUAACAACUACCCUGUUUGUGAACUAAUUAUUAGCGAUGCUGUCAGGUCAGAUUAUGGAAAAUAUAGUAUUGUUGCAAAGAACAGCAGUGGACAGGCUCAGGCUACCGUUUUGGUCAAUGUCUUGGACACACCAGGAGCUUGUCAAAAUUUGAAAGUGGCUUAUGUGACAAAGAAAUCUUGCAUGGUCUCCUGGGAAAACCCUGAGGACAAUGGAGGAACUGAGAUUACUCAGUAUAUAAUUGAAUGCCGUCAGCCAAGUCAAAGAGGGUGGACAGUGGUCUCCAAUGACUGGACCAAGCGCUUAAUAAAGGCUCCUCUUACUGAGGGCUGUGAAUAUUUCUUCCGUGUGAGUGCUGAAAAUAAGAUAGGAGCUGGUCCAUCCAUAGAGACAAAGUCACCUGUCUUGGCAGUUGAUCCUAUUGAGAAACCUGGGGAACCCAUAGAUUUCCAUAUAUCUGAAAUCGGAAAGACCUUCUGCUUCUUGAAGUGGAAGAAACCUGAUUACGAUGGUGGUAGUAAAAACAUAGCUUAUCAUAUUGAAAAGAAACCAAAAGAAGCUGAAGAGUGGGAGAGGCUUCACAAGGGUGCUAUCAAGGAGACCUACUUCAUGGCAGACAGGUGUAUUGAAAAUCAAAUCUAUCAGUUCAGAGUUCAGACUAAAAAUGAGGGAGGCGAAAGUAACUGGGUGACAACAGGAGAAGUACUAGUUAAGGAACAACUGGUAGUGCCUGAGGUUAAGAUUAAACUGGAUGGAACCCUUGUUGUUAGAGCAGGAGAUUCUAUUGCAGUAGAAGCAAUAGUCAAGGGCAAACCUGAGCCUGAUGUUAAAUGGACAAAGGAUGAGACCACAGAGGAGAUUAAGAAGGGCCCCAGACUGCAACUUGAAAGUGGUGUAGACUUUUCCAAACUAUUGAUUACUGGUGCUAGGCGCACAGACAGUGGCAAAUAUGUUGUCACAGCUUCCAACAGUGCAGGAACCAGCUCUGCUAAAUGCACAAUUAAUGUAUUAGACAGACCUGGUCCCAUCAGGGACCUCAAGGUGUCUGAUAUUACCACUGACAGGUGCAACCUAGCCUGGGAAGUUCCUGAAGAUGAUGGUGGCUGUGAUAUUUACAAUUACAUUAUCGAGAAAUGUGAGACAAAGAGAGGGGUUUGGUCUGUACAUUCUAAUGCUGUCAUCACCAAUAAAGCUAAAGUAACACGACUUAUUGAGGGUAAUGAGUACAUCUUCAGGGUCCGAGCUGAGAAUAAAAUGGGCCCUGGACCUGCAGUUCAGAGUGAGUCUAUUGUUGCUGGCACACAGUUCAGUGUACCUGAUGCCCCUGAAGCACCAGAGGUCAGCAAGAUCGGAAAGGAGGAGAUGACAGUACAAUGGUCAGAGCCUGACAGAGAUGGAGGAAAACCAAUCAUAGGCUAUCUUUUGGAGAAGAGAGAGGAGCAUGCAGUCAGGUGGUCACCUGUCAACAAGGAUCCAGUCCCUGGAACUCGUUUCACAGUCACUGGACUAUUGCCUCUCCAUGAUUACCAGUAUAGAGUUAAAGCUGUGAAUGAAAUUGGUGUUGGAACUCCAAGCAAGGCUUCUCGUGCAAUCACUGCAAAGGAUGCAGUUGAGCCUCCUGCACCACCUACCAACUUAAAGGUUGUGGACAGCACAAAAUCCACAGUGACCCUGAGCUGGACAAAGCCUGUCUCUGACGGGGGAGCCCCUCUCAUUGGCUAUGUUGUGGAAAUGAGGGCACAGGGGAGUGCAAAGAAAGGAGAUGAUGGCUGGAAGAGAUGCAAUGUGGCAGCACAACUUAUUGUGUGCGAGUUUACAGUCACAAGUCUAGAUGAGAAGCUAGUUUAUGAAUUCAGGGUGUCUGCUCAGAACCAAGUGGGCAUGAGCCUGCCAUGUAACCUGGAGGGUGCCGUGAUUCCAAGGGAAAUUUUAGAGGCACCAGAGAUUGACUUGGAUGCCAACCUGAAGCAGGGCCUCACAGUUCGUGCUGGUUGUCCCAUUAGACUUUGUGCCACCAUCAGAGGGCGACCUCAUCCAACAGUCACUUGGAGAAGAAUGGGUAUUGACAAUGUUAUUAGGAAGGGCAAAGUAGACAUCAUCGACACGAUGACCUUCCUGGUCAUUCCUGACAGCACACGUGAUGACUCUGGGAAGUACUGCCUGACUCUACAGAGCCCUGCAGGAGAAAAAGCUGUGUUUGUCACUGUUAAAGUUCUUGAUACUCCUGGACCAGUACUAAAUCUUGAAGGUACCGACAUUAAGCAGACCUCAGUCAUGUUGUCUUGGAAUCCUCCAGAGAUCACUGGUGGCAGUGAGGUGACACACUACAUAGUUGAAAAGCGAGAGAUUGACCGCAAGACAUGGGCAACUGUCAAGACUGAAGUUCAGCCAGAUAAGAUUCCUCUGAAAGUCAGUGGUCUGAUACCUGGCACUGAAUACUACUUUAGAGUCAUAGCUGUCAAUGAGUAUGGUUCUGGAGUUCCCAAAGUGACACCUACUUCCUACCUGGCUUCCGAUCCUGUCAGCAAACCAGACCCUUGCCAGAAGAUUGAAAUUCUGGAGAUAACUAAGAACAGUGCAAUGAUUGGAUGGGUGAAGCCUGAAAGAGAUGGUGGUGCCAAAAUUGAUGGCUAUGUCAUUGAAUACAUUGAAGUCAAACCUCCACCAGAGCCAGCAGCCCCUGUUGAGGCGGUUGAAGGAGAGGGAGUUCCUCCACCACCUCCACCUCCACCAGUAGUAGAGGAGGACGAAGAAGCUGAACCAGAAAAAGAAGUGUGGAAUGCCUACACAACAGUUAAAGGUUUAUCAGUCAGUAUCAGUGGCCUCAAGGAGGGGAAAAGGUACAAGUUCAGAGUGGCUGCCAAGAACAUCAUGGGGAUGAGUUCUUUCACUGAGACCAGAGAGCCGACCGAGAUCAAGGAACAGAUGAUUGAGCCAAAGAUUGUUAUGCCAGAGACCGCGAGUGCUAGAGCUGGAGCCAAGCUUAGAGUGGAGGCAUUGGUUUCAGGAAAACCUGUUCCAACAUGCAAGUGGAUACGUGGUGAGAAAGCAGUGGUCCCAUCCAGUCGCUUGGCUGUGCAUCAGUCGGGCAACUUGUGUGUCCUAAUCAUCAAAGAUGUGACAAGGAAUGACAGUGGAGAUUAUAGUCUUGUUGCUGAGAACAGCACUGGACAAAUUUCCCAGGCAAUAAAGAUCGUCAUUAGAGACAUCCCUGGUCCUCCCGAAGGCCCUGUGGAGAUCAGUGACAUUGAUUCUGAUGCUUGCUCCCUGUCUUGGAACAAACCUCUGGAGGAUGGCGGCAGCAAUAUCACAAACUAUGUUAUUGAAAAAUGUGAUGUGGGCAGAGGCGAUUGGGUAACAGCACUUUCCUCUUGCGCAAAAACCAGUUGUAGAUUGGGAAAACUUAUUCCUGGAAAAGAAUAUGCAUUCCGCAUCCGUGCUGAAAAUCGCUAUGGUGUGUCAGACCCCCUUCAAUCAGAAAGAAUGGUUGCAAAGUUCCCUUUUGAUGUUCCAAGUGAGCCCCUAAAUUGUCAUGUCAACAAGACCAACAAGGAUUGUAUGUUCAUUGGCUGGGAUAAACCAGAGAGUGAUGGGGGCAGUCCCAUCACAGGGUAUUACAUUGAGCGCAAGGAGAGAAACAGUCUUCUUUGGGUGAAAGCCAAUGAUACUGUGGUCCGCACAACUGAAUACCCUUGCGCUGGUCUUAUUGAAGGCUUGGAGUAUACUUUCAGAGUAUCAGCCAUUAACCGUGCUGGUCAGGGCAAACCAAGCAAGAAAACCGACUUUGUAACAGCAAGAACACCUGUCGACACUCCUGGUAAACCUGAAGUUCUGGACGUAACCAAAAACUCUGUCACUUUGGUUUGGGCUCGUCCUAAAAAUGAUGGAGGGAGCAAGAUCAUAGGUUAUUAUGUUGAGGCCGUGCGGGUUCCAGGAGACACUUGGAUUCGUUGCAACACCAGCAGUCAGAAUGUUCCUAGGGAGGAGUAUACAGUGACUGGACUUGAAAGAGACCUUCAGUACCAGUUCAGAGUUAUUGCUAAAACUGCAGUGAACAUGAGCAAGCCUUCAGAACCAACAGAUCCAAUCCUGGUCUGUGCUGAGAAUGUUCCUCCAAGGAUUGAACUUAAUGCCAAGAUGCAAAAAGCUUUAACAGUUAAGGCUGGAGCCACAGUCUUGCUGGAAGCAGAUGUGUUUGGUAAGCCUAUGCCCAGAGUCACUUGGAAGAGAGGUGAUGAUACUCUGAAGUCAGGGGAAGGCCAGGUCAUUACACAGCAAAGACAACAUUUCCAAUUAGAGAUACCAGCUGUGACCAAAGAACACACAGGAACCUACACUGUGUUGGCUGAGAAUGCAAGUGGCUCAAAGACUGCAGAAAUCCAGGUCAAUGUACUAGAUGUGCCUGGGCCCCCUGCAAGUGCCACAUAUGCAGAGGUGUUAGCCUCCAGUAUCAAGCUGACAUGGCAGCCUCCUCUGAAAGAUGGCGGUGCCCCUGUCAGUAACUACAUUGUGGACAAGCGUGAAACCAGCAGAACUAACUGGGCACAGGUGUCAGCAAAGAUAAAGAGUGACAUAUUAGAAUUUAAUGUGGAAAAACUAAUCGAAGGUCAUGAAUACCAGUUCCGAAUUCGUGCUGAAAAUGGAUGGGGAGUUGGAGACCCAUUUAUCACAAACCCAGUCAUCGCUAAAAACCCUUUCACUGUCCCUGGUCCUUGUGAAGCCCCUGUAAUCACCAAUGUGACCAAAGACAAAAUGACUGUGAGCUGGAAGGAGCCUGUUGAUGAUGGAAAGUCUACCAUUCUGGGCUACAUGGUGGAAAAGAAAGAGACCAAGGAGAUGAAGUGGACCAAGAUUAAUAAAAAACCCCUAACAGAAAGGUCUCUUGAAGUAACAGGUCUAACAGAGGGAAUUGAGUAUGAGUUCCGAGUCAUUGCUGUCAACAUGGCUGGGCCGGGAAACCCCAGCGAACCCUCCGAAGGCACCACUGCACAGGAUCCUAUCACUCCUCCUGGACCCGUUAUAAACCCGACUGUGACAGAUACCACCAACAGCACAAUCAGCCUCACUUGGACGGUACCAGCUAACAAUGGUGGAAGCCCCAUUAUUGGUUACUUAGUGGAAUGCAAGAGAACCAACACAACAGACUGGAUCCGCUGCAAUGUCCCCAGGAACCUACAGGACACUAACUAUGUCAUUCAGAACUUAAUUGACAAAGCAGAGUACCAGUGUCGCAUCACUGCUGUCAAUAAAGUAGGCUUCGGUGAGCCAGCUGAAGUCCCAGGCAAACAUGUCGCCAAAGAUAUCAUAGUUUCUCCUGAGGCAGAGCUAAGUGCUGAACUGAAAGAGCUCCUGGAACUUAAUGCUGGCAGCAAUAUGAAGUUGUAUGCAACCAUCAAGGGUCGUCCCACUCCCAAGGUCACAUGGGCAAAGAUGAACACCAACAUUAAGGACCGUCAAGGCAUUGUCAUCAAAUCUAGCAACAUUGACACCAUGGUCAUGGUGGAGAAAGUCAACAGAUAUGAUGCUGGCAAAUACAUUCUGUCUCUGGACAGCUCAGCUGGCAUGAAGAUGUAUACCAUUGUUGUCAAAGUUCUUGAUACACCUGGACCACCAGUAAACCUGAUGGUGAAAGAGACAUCCAAAGACAGCGCAGACAUCCUCUGGGAUGCUCCUCUGAUUGAUGGUGGUUUUGAAGUCACCCACUACAUAGUAGAAAAACGUGACACUGAAAGAAAGGCCUGGUCUAUUGUUUCAAACAACUGCACUAAGACUUCUUUUAAGGUUCCAGACCUAGAUGCUGGGCGGUCCUACUGCUUUAGAGUGUCAGCAGUCAACAAGCUUGGUACUGGAGAGUCUUGUGAAACAGCUGAUUCUGUCAGAGCAACAGAGGAGCCUGGGCCUGUGAUGGACUUCAAAACCUUGCUGGUGACCAAAGACUCAUGCACUCUAAGCUGGAAGAAACCCCUCACUGAUGGAGGCAGUCGCAUUAUCUGCUAUGUGCUAGAGGUUCUCAAUGGUGAAGACAAAUACAAGGAACUUAUGAGGUCCAAGAACAUGCAGUAUAGUGCCAAGGACCUUGUGGAGGGUAGAGAGUACAAGUAUCGGGUCAAAGCUAUAAAUGAUUCGGGAGAAAGCUCUCCUAAGGAGCUGACUGUGAUUGCUAAGGACCAAAUUAUUCUUCCAAGCUGUGACUUAAGAGAGCUGCCCAACAUGUGCUACAUUGCCAAAGAGGGCACCACCGUUCGUUUAAAGAUUCCAAUUGUUGGGAAACCUACACCCAAGGUCACCUGGAAAAAGGGAGACGAUGAAGAUUUGACAGAUACUGGCAGGGUUUGUGCUGAGUCAUCUGCAGUCAACACCACCCUCCUAAUCCGGGACUGUCAGAGAACUGAUGCUUCCAAGUACACCAUCACCUUAAGAAAUAGUGCUAGCACCAAAGAAUCUACCAUCUUCAUCAGGGUGGUAGGCAAACCCGGCAUCCCUGUUGGACCAAUAAAAUUCAAGGAUGUUACUGCUGAUGGUGCUACAUUAAAGUGGGGUGUUCCUAAGGAUGAUGGCGGCUCUGAAAUCACAAACUACAUCCUGGAAAAAAGGGACUCCAUCACCAACAUGUGGGUGAAUGUUUCAACCACUGUGGAGACAAAUACAAUGAGGGUGACGGGUCUCCAUGAGGGCACAGAAUAUAUCUUCAGAGUCAGUGCAGAGAACAAAUACGGUGUUGGGGAGGGACUGAAGUCUGACCCUGUUGUUGCAAAACAUCCAUUUAAUGUACCUGAUGCACCACCUCCUCCUCAGAUCAUGAGUAUGCGCCAUGAUUCUGCAUAUCUUGCCUGGUCUGACCCCAGAAAGACUGGAGGAUCUCCUAUUACAGGAUACCAUGUUGAAUUUAAGGAGAGGAACAGUAUGUUGUGGAAAAGGGCCAGUCCAUCUGCCUUAAAGAUGAAGGAACACAAAGUCACUGGACUAACUGAAGGCUUGGAGUAUGAGUUCAGAGUAAUAGCCAUUAACUUGGCUGGAAUUGGCAGACCGAGUGCUCCAACUGAUCCACAGGUAGCUCUAGAUCCCAUCGAUGCACCUGGUAAACCGGAUGUAAUCAGCAUUACGAGAAGCAGUGUGACCCUCCAGUGGACUGAACCUCAAUUUGACGGCGGCCACAGGUUGACGGGAUAUAUUGUAGAAAAGCGUGAUUUGCCUUCCAAGAUCUGGGUGAAAGCCAACAAUGUGAAUGUUGUGGAACCUGCAUUUACUGUUGCUGAUCUGCAAGAGGGCUGCAAAUAUGAGUUCAGGAUCAGGGCAAAGAAUGCUGCAGGUGCCCUCAGCCCACCCUCUGAGCAGACAGAUACCAUUAUGUGUACAGAUGAAUAUGCUGCACCAACCAUUAUCAUUGAUGCUCAAGUAAAGGAAGGUCUGACCGUCAGAGCUGGUGAUACGAUUGUGGUGACUGCAACAAGCAUUUUAGGAAAACCUGCACCAACCUCAUGCUGGUCAAAGGGAGGAAAAUACUUCAAACCCUCUGACCUUGUUCAAAUUGAAACCACUCCAACAUCAUCCACUUUAUCUGUAAAAUAUGCUAGCAGAAAGGACUCUGGAGAAUAUGUCAUCACAGCCACCAAUCCCUUUGGUGUAAAGGAGGAAACUGUCAAGGUCAAAGUUCUGGAUGUUCCUAGUGCUCCUGGACCCAUUGAAUGCAGUGGUGUAUCCUCUGAAAAGGUGGUUCUUACUUGGACAGCCCCAACAGAGGAUGGAGGCUCUCCUAUCAAAUAUUACACCCUGGAAAAGAGGGAAACUAGCCGUCUGCUCUGGACCAUCCUGGAAGAGAACGUCAUUGACUGUCACUAUGUGGCCAACAAACUCAUUCAGGGCAAUGAAUAUUUCUUCAGAGUCUCUGCUGUGAACCAUUAUGGAGCUAGUGAGCCAUCUCAUUCUGAAGCUGUCAAGAUGGUUGACAGAUUUGGUCCCCCUGGUCCACCAUCUAAACCUGAAGUUGAGAAAGUUGAUGGACAUUCAGUAACUUUGACUUGGAGAAGACCUGCUGAAGAUGGAGGAACUGACAUUAUUGGCUAUAGUAUUGAGAAAAAGGAAAAGAAAGCGAUGCGCUGGGUUAGGGCAUCCAAGAAAACCAUUGCUGAGCUCAGUUUUGAAGUCACUGGACUCACUGAGGAUGUUGAAUAUGAGUUCCGUGUUCUUGCUGAGAACAGAGCUGGUUUUGGAGAGCCAAGUGAGCCAUCUAUGCCUGUCAAAACAAUAGUUGCUGCCUAUGUUCCAGGACCUCCUGUCAAUCCAAGAGUAACAGACACAACCAAAACUACUGCUACACUGAACUGGGGGAAACCUCUGGAUAAUGGUGGGCUUGAAGUCACUGGAUAUGUAAUUGAGCACAAAAAAGAAGGAACAGAAGAAUGGAUUAAGGAUACCCCUUCGUCACCACUCAGAAUCACAGAGUUUGUUGUCCCUGGCUUGGAAACUGGUGCUAAGUACCAUUUCAGGAUUAGUGCUGUAAAUGCCAAAGGAGCUGGUGAACCUGGUGAAACUCAGGAAUUAGUUCAAAUUGUAGAACAUGCUGCCGAGCCUGAUUUAGAGUUGGAUAUUGAGCUGAGGAGAACCCUUGUUGUUAGAGCUGGUUGCUCCAUCCGUCUCUUUGUGCCAAUCAAAGGUCGUCCUGCUCCCAAAGUCACUUGGAGUAAAGAGGGUGGCCCUGUUCCACGUGCAGUCAUUGAUAGCACUGAAUCUUUCACAAUGUUACUUAUUCCGGAGAGCUCAAGGGUUGACGCUGGCAAAUAUGAGAUUACCCUUGAAAACUCUGCUGGAAAGAAAAGUGCUGACAUUCAUGUGAGAGUUUUGGAUUCACCUGGACCUCCUCUUAACCUCAAGCCAGUAAAGAUAGACAAAGAAAGUAUUACACUUCAGUGGGAUACUCCCUUAAUUGACGGAGGAGCCAAAAUCACAAAUUACAUAAUUGAGAAAAGAGAAUCAACACGCAAGGCUUUUGCUACUGCAAUUACAAAGUGCCCCACAACAUCAGUCAGAAUUGGUGACUUGGGAGAAGGCUGUGAGUACUACUUCAGAGUGUCUGCUGAGAAUGAGUUUGGCAUUGGAGAGGCAGUUGAAACUACUGAUCCAGUUCGUGCAUCUCAAGCACCUACGCCUCCAGAAAGCAUUAUUCCCACUGACAUCACGAAGAGCUCUGUGAGCCUUGCAUGGACCAAACCCAAACAUGAUGGUGGAAGCAGAAUUUCAGGAUAUGUUCUAGAAGCCAAGAAGAAGGGAACAGACCAGUGGGCACAUGUUACUACAGUGAAGACUCUAGACUUCACAGUGAAGAACCUUAAUGAGAAUGAGGAAUAUAUUUUCCAUGUCAUGGCUGUCAAUCAGUCUGGCAGAAGUGCUCCACGUGAGAGCAAGCCCAUUAUUGUCAAAGAUUCUACAUCACUUCCUGAGUUUGACUUACGUGGUGUAUGUCAGAAGACUGUUAUUGCCAAAGCAGGGGAUGACAUUAAGGUUGAAAUUCCAGUUAUGGGGCGUCCUAGACCAACAAUUUCUUGGCAGAAAGAUGGAGCAGCCCUAAAACUCACCCAAAGAAUCAAUGUAGAAACUACUCCAGCUACUGUUAUUAUCAGCAUCAGUGAAUGCACUAGAGCUGACAGUGGUGUUUACACCAUGACAGCCAAGAACAUUGUUGGAUCUGUGUCAGAAAACAUAAUCAUCAAAGUGCAUGAUAUACCUGGGCCACCAAAAGGACCAGUGAAGAUUGUGGAAAUAUCACGCACCUAUUGUAUCUUUUCUUGGGAAGCUCCUGAGAAUGACGGAGGUAUUCCAAUUAAUAACUAUGCGGUUGAAAUUAGAGACACCACUUCCCAAACAUGGACUGAACUUUCAUCCACUGUUAUUCGCACAGUAUUUAAAGCUAUUAGACUAACCACUGGAUCAGAGUACCAGUUUAGAAUAAAAGCUAAAAAUAGAUAUGGUGUUGGACCUCCCAUCACUUCAGAGGCAGUGGUUGCUGCCUAUCCAUUCAAAGUGCCUGGGCCACCAGGAACUCCCAAUGUAGUUGCAUUCACCAAAGACUCAAUAACAAUUGGCUGGAAUGAACCUGUCACUGACGGUGGAAAUGAAGUUAUUGGUUAUCAUGUAGAGAGGAAGGAAAGAAGUGGCAUUGUAUGGCAUAGGAUCAGCAAUAGUCUUGUGAAAGGCAAUGUUUUUAAGUCAUCGGGACUUGAAGACGGAGUUGCCUAUGAAUUCCGUGUCAUGGCUGAAAACAUGGCUGGAAUUGGUAAACCAAGUAAAGCUUCAGAGCCAAUACUAGCCUUGGACCCUGUGGAUCCACCAGGUCAGCCUGUGCCAAUUUUUGUCAACAAGAACGCCAUCACAAUUCAAUGGACAAAGCCUGCCUAUGAUGGCGGUUUUAAGAUCACUGGUUACACAGUAGAAAAAAGAGAAUUGCCUGCUGGUCGUUGGAUGAGAGCUAACUUUACCAACAUUAUUGAAACGGCAUUCACUGUCAGUGGACUCACUCAGGACAUCUCAUAUGAGUUCCGUGUCAUAGCCAGAAACUCAGCAGGAGCUGUGAGCAUACCAUCUGAACCAUCUGACUCAAUUACAUGUAAAGAUAACAUAAUUGAGCCACGUAUCAUGGUCGAUGCCAUCUUCAAGGACACAGUUCUUUUGAAAGCAGGAGAGUCUUUUAAGCUUGAAGCUGAUAUUGCUGGUCAGCCAAUCCCAUCUAUGGCUUGGACAAAGGAUGGAAAGGAAGUUGAGAACACAAUGAAACUGGAGGUUAGGUUUACCGAACUGACAACUAUUCUGACUAACAAGGACUCUGUUAGAUCAGAUGGAGGUGAAUUUGUUUUGACUGCUACAAAUGUUGGUGGAUUUGCAAAACAUGUCUUCAACGUAAAAGUGCUUGACAGACCUGGACCACCGAUUGGCCCUCUGAAAGUGUCUGAUGUAACUGCUGACAACUGUGUACUUACAUGGGCUCCACCAGCGGAUGAUGGUGGUGCCAAAAUCGAAGGAUAUGUAGUUGAGAAACGCGAAUCAAGUCGACUGGUUUGGACCAACGUAAUUUCAGGUUUGCAAGUUACAAAUCACAAAGUGACUAAGCUACUCAAAGGAAAUGAAUAUAUAUUCAGAGUAAUGGCUGUGAACAAGUAUGGUCUUGGAGAAUCUCUUGAAUCGGAACCCACUAUUGCAGACAACCCGUAUGGGAAACCUGACCCCCCAGAAAACGCUGAGGUUACAGCUAUUACUAAAGACUCGAUGGUUGUCAUGUGGCAAGCGCCUAAGAGUGAUGGUGGAACUCCCAUCACCAACUACAAUAUUGAAAGGAAAGACAGAGGUGGCCUUCGAUGGGUUAAAUGCAAUUUAAGAAAAGUGAAGGACCUACAGUUCAAGGCAACGGGGCUUACUACAGGACAUGAAUAUGAAUUUAGAAUAUUUGCUGAGAAUGCUGCUGGAGUGAGUGUACCAAGUGUGCCCAGUCUGUUUUAUAGAGCCACUGAUGGGCUGUACAAGCCAGGAGCUCCAUGCAACCCCAGAAUCCUGGACACAACAAAAUCCUCAAUUACUAUUGCCUGGAACAAACCUGUAUACAAUGGUGGCUCUGAAAUCACUGGUUACAUUGUUGAGACAUGCAUCCCAUGUGAAAAAGAAGAAGAGGAGGAAUGGACCAUUGUUACUCCAAAGGAAGGUCUUCUUGCAACUUCAUUUACCCUCACUAAUCUUAAAGAAAACCAGGAGUAUAAGAUUAGUAUUUCCGCCAUGAAUAGCGAAGGAGUUGGAGAAGCGGCAUUUAUUCCUGGAAAUCCAAAAGCUGAGGACAGACUCCUUCCUCCUGAGAUGGACUUGGAUGCUGAGCUCCGUAAACUGGUCAGUCUAAGAGCUUGCUGCACACUUAGACUGUUUGUUCCAAUAAGAGGCAGACCAGCUCCUCAGGCUAAGUGGUCUAAAGGUGAUGGUGAGCCUUUGGAGAGAGCAACCAUUGACACCACGUCAUCAUACACAUCACUUGUAAUUGAAAAUGUAAACAGAUUUGACAGUGGAAAAUAUAACCUCACCAUUGAAAACUGCUCUGGUUCCAAAACUGUGACAGUUCAGGUAAGAGUUCUUGAUACACCAAGUGCGCCACAAAAUCUAAAAAUUACCUCUGUCACAAAUGAAGCUGUCACAUUAACAUGGGAUCCACCAGUGAACGAUGGAGGAGUCAAAAUUAAGAAUUAUAUAGUUGAAAAGCGUGAGUCAACACGGAAAGCAUAUGCCACAGUUAAAGCCAAUUGCCAUAGUACUUCCUUUACAGUUGACCAACUUCUGGAGGGCUGCAAUUAUUAUUUCAGAGUUUUAGCUGAAAAUGAAUAUGGCAUUGGCUUGCCCAUCGAAACACCUGAAUCAGUGAAAGUGUCUGAGAAGCCACAGCCACCUGGUAAAAUCACUCUUAAAGAUGUCACCAAAAACAGUGUAACACUAUCAUGGGAAAAACCAGAACAUGAUGGAGGCAGCAGAGUAGGCUGUUAUGUUGUUGAGAUUCAGCCUAAGGGUGCAGAUAAGUGGACCCAGGCUAUGAUUGUGAAAGACACAGAAGCUACUAUAAGUGGACUAAAUGCAGGGGAAGAGUAUAUGUUCCGUGUAGCAGCAAAGAAUGAGAAAGGAACUAGUGAUCCUCGUCAAAUUGGCGUCCCUGUGAUAGUCAAAGAUCUCAUCAUUGCUCCAGUUGCUAAAAUGUUGUUCAAUACAUUUAGUGUGUUGGCGGGAGAAGACUUGACAGUGGAUGUUCCAUAUGUGGCACGACCCAAAGCAACUGUUACCUGGGCAAAAGAUGGUCAGCCUCUGAAAAGAACUACCAGGGUCAACUUUGGUGCAUCAGACACAAAGUUGGACCUCAACAUUAAAGAGGCAGCUAAAGAUGACGUUGGCCAAUACACUAUUACUCUUGGCAAUACAGCUGGAGAGACAACAGUAAAUAUUGGUAUUGUUGUUCUAGACAAACCUGGCCAGCCCAAAGGGCCAGUUAAGGUAGAGGAGGUUACUUCUGAUAGUAUAACAAUCUCAUGGAAUCCACCUGAAUAUGAUGGUGGAUGCACCAUUAAAAACUACAUAGUGGAAAAAAGGGACACAUCCACAACGAACUGGAUGGUUGUAACUCACAAUCUAGCAAGAACAAAAAUUAAGGCAGGCAGACUUAAGACUGGCUCUGAAUAUCAGUUUAGGAUUGUGGCUGAAAACAGAUAUGGAAAAGGCCCAAUUCUUUCCUCAGAAUGUAUUGUUGCUCAGUACCCAUACAAGCUCCCAGGACCACCAGGAACACCAAACAUUGCAGCCUGUUCUAAGGACAGCAUGGUUGUAGCCUGGAAUGAGCCUGUGAAUGAUGGUGGAACUAAUAUCUUAGGCUAUCAUCUUGAACGUAAAGAGAGAAAUAGCAUCUUAUGGGUCAAACUUAACAAGUCUCUUAUUACUGACCAAACAUUUAAAACGACAGGUCUAGAACCAGGAAUGGAAUAUGAAUAUAGAGUUUAUGCAGAAAACAUUGUAGGAAUAGGCAAAGCAAGCAAAGUGUCUGAAGGGCAUAUUGCUAGAGAUCCUUGUGAUCCUCCUGGCACUCCAGAAGCAACAAAGAUUGCGAAAGACUCCAUAACAAUUGUUUGGACCAAGCCUGAAUAUGAUGGUGGUGCAAAGGUAACUGGUUAUGUUGUUGAAAAGAAGGAACUUCCUGAGGGUCGUUGGUUGAAGGCCAAUUUCACAAAUGUGAUUGAAACAGAAUAUGUUGCGACUGGACUUGUGCAAGAUAGCCAAUAUGAGUUUCGGGUUAUUGCUAGAAAUGCUGCUGGUGUUUUCAGUUUACCCUCAUACAGCACUGGCCCUAUAACCGCCAGAGAUGAGAUUGAACCACCACGUAUCAGCAUUGACCCUGAAUAUGCACAGACUCUUGUGGUCAAUGCUGGAGACAACUUCAAAAUUGACGCUGAUGUUCAUGGCAAACCAUUGCCCUCCAUUCACUGGCUGAAGGGAGAACAGGAGCUUGGCAAUACAAUUCAUAGAGAAAUCAAGAACACACCCACCAAAGCUUACAUAUCUGUAAAGGAAUCUAAACUUUCAGACGGAGGACAAUACACGCUGUUGCUGAAAAAUCCUGGAGGAGAAAAGGCUACACAAAUCAAUGUUGUUGUCCUUGAUAAACCUGGGGAACCACAAGGACCUUUUGUUGUUACAGGCAUCGCCAAAGAUCAUUGCUCUCUUGCAUGGAAACCACCACUUCAGGAUGGUGGCAGCAAAAUAUCUCACUAUAUUGUUGAGAGAAGAGAGACAAGUCGGCUUGUCUGGACUGUUGUUGAUCCAAAAGUAAAGAAUGUUUGUCUCAAAGUAAAUAAACUUCUUGAAGGAGAUGAAUAUAUCUUCAAAGUUCGUGCAGUCAACCAGUUUGGAGUGGGUGCACCACUUGAGUCUGCUCCUGUUAUAAUUAAAGAUCCAUAUGUCUUACCUGGAACACCAAAGAACGUCGAAGUUUCUGAUGUUAAAAAGGAUUCGAUGGUGCUCAGUUGGGAGUCUCCUUCUGAAGAUGGUGGUAGUCCCAUUACUGGAUACAUAAUAGAGAAACAUGACAAAGAAGGAGUGAGAUGGACAAGAUGCAAUAGGCAAACAGUUACAGAUCUGACCUUUAAAGUAACUGGAUUACUGGAAAGCCAUAUUUAUGAAUUUAGAGUUGCUGCUGAAAAUGCUGUGGGUGUUGGUGAGCCAAGCACCUCAACUGUUUUCUACAAAGCUCUUGAUCCCAUCUUCCGACCAGGCCCACCACAAAAUCCCAAGGUCACUGACACAACAAAAUCAUCAGUACUUUUGUCCUGGGGAAAGCCUGUAUGUGAUGGAGGCUGUGAGAUUCAGGGGUAUAUUGUUGAGUGUUGCAUUGCCACAGAACCAGUGGUGCAACCUGAAGCACCAGAUGCAUCAGCUUCUGCCACAGAUGCACCUACUGAGAAUUGGAUAAUAUGCACACCCCCGACAGGUGUAAAGACAACUAAAUUUGAAGUUGGAAAUCUGAAAGAAAAUCAAACGUACAAGUUUAGAGUGUGUGCUAUCAACAAGGUAGGAGUUGGUGAGCAUGCUGAUCUCUCUGGAGCUGUGGUUGUGCAGGACAAAACAGAAGAGCCAGACCUUGACAUUGACCCAGAACUUAGAAAGAUUGUGUCUAUCAAAGCUGGUGCUUCCCUUAGAUUGUUUAUUCCCAUUAAAGGAAGACCCAGUCCUACCAUUAAGUGGGACAAAGAUGAAGAGACUCUCAAAGAAACUGCUCAGGUUGAAAUAACCAGCAGUUAUACAUCCCUUGUAAUUGAUAAAAUGAGCAGAAAUGACAGUGGAAAAUAUACAAUUACUGCUCAGAACUCCAGUGGUACCAAGUCUGCAUUUGUUGUUGUCCGUGUUCUAGAUACACCCAGCGCCCCAGUUGCUCUUAAAGUGAAAGAAAUUACAAAUCAGUCAGUGACACUGGUGUGGGAGCCACCUCUUUUAGAUGGUGGAUCCAAGAUUAAGAACUACAUUAUUGAAAAGAGAGAAAGCACACGUAAAACUUAUGCUGCUGUUGUGACAAACUGUCAUGCUCUUUCAUGUAAGAUUGAACCCCUUCAAGAAGGCUGUAGUUACUAUUUCAGAGUCCUCGCUGAAAAUGCUUUUGGUGUUGGUUUGCCUGCAGCAACGGUAGACCCUCUUAAGGUUUCAGAAGUGCCUCAGUCUCCAAAAAGUUUGGUUGUUACAGAUCAGACAAAAACGAGCAUCUCUCUGGCAUGGGAGAGGCCAGAAUAUGAUGGUGGAAGCAGAGUUCAACAGUAUCUGCUUGAAGCACAGUUGAAGGGCCAGGACAAAUGGUCUGGUGUAAAUACAUUUAAGACCAUGGAGACUACAGUGUCCAAUCUUAAUCCAGGACAGGAAUAUUUGUUCAGAGUCACUGCGAUCAAUGACAAAGGAAAGAGUGACCCAAAAACCCUUGCUGGUCCAGUGAUGACCAAGGAUCUGGUCUUUGAGCCAGAUAUCCGGCCUGCAUUCAGCAGCUACAGUGUUCAUGUUGGCAAAGACAUAAAUGUUGAUAUUCCCAUCUUUGGUCGCCCUAAGCCAACAAUUGUAUGGACAAAGGAUGGAGCCCCAUUGAAGUUUACCACCAGAGUAAAUAUUCACAACACAACUACACAUACAACUCUAAGCAUUAAGGAGGCAGCAAGUGACGACCUUGGAAUGUAUACUAUAACUGCCACUAACUCAGCAGGAAAGAAAGAAAGUGCAAUCGAAAUAAUUGUUCUGGACAAACCUGGACCUCCAUCUGGUCCAGUGAAAUUUGAUGAAAUCACAACACAGAGUGUCACAAUUUCAUGGAACCCACCAAAACAUAUUGGUGGGUCCCAAAUCUCAAACUACAUUGUACAAAAAAGAGAUACUACCACAACAUCAUGGGAGAAUGUGACCACCAACUGUGCUAGAACAACCAUCAAGGUUACUAGACUAAAGACAGGAGCUGAGUACCAGUUUAGGAUCAUUGCCCAGAAUCGCUAUGGAAAAAGUCAAGGUCUAGAUUCAUCAGCUGUAGUGGCUCAAUAUCCUUACAGAGAGCCAGGCCCACCAGGCACUCCCUUUAUUUCUUCUCUCUCUAGAGACCACCAAAUUGUUGAGUGGCAUGAACCUAUAGUAGAUGGAGGAAGUCCUGUUCUUGGAUACCAUCUUGAAAGAAAGGAGAGGAAUAGUAUUCUCUGGGUCAAGAUCAAUAAGACACUUAUUCAUGAGACUAGUUUCAAGAGUCAUCCAUUGGAGGAGGGUAUAGAAUAUGAAUACAGGGUCUAUGCUGAAAAUAUUGUUGGAAUUGGAAGAAGCAGUAAGAUUUCAGAGGGUUGUGUUGCCCGUGACCCAUGCGAUCCCCCUGGCACACCAGAAGCUGUCCAUGUGACCAAGGAUACAAUUGUCAUUCAGUGGACUAAACCAGAAUAUGAUGGAGGCAGUAAUAUUACUGGCUACACAAUAGAAAAACGUGAUCUGCCAGAAGGCAGGUGGGUAAGAGCAAACUUCACAAAUGUGAUUGACACUCAGUUUACUGUUUCUGGACUCACAGAAAAUGCACAGUAUGACUUUAGAGUCAUUGCUAAAAAUUCAGUUGGAACAGUCAGCAAGCCAUCAUACAACAGUGGACCUAUAACAGCAAGUGACAAGGUCGAGUCUCCUAAAUACUCAAUUGACCCUGCUUUUACCAAGACUGUUAUCAUAAAUGCUGGAGAGACAUUCCGGUUGGAUGCAGAUGUCCAUGGCAAGCCACUGCCUUCAGUCCAGUGGUUCAAGGAUGAAAAGCCAGUUGAGAAUACAAUCAGACUAGAGAUCAAAAACACAGAAAACCAUGCAAUGAUUAUUGUUAAGGACUGUGUUAGAGUUGAUGGUGGAAUUUACACACUUCUGCUGACAAAUGAGGCUGGCAGUGAAACUGUUCCAUUUAAGGUUUUGGUAAUGGAUAAACCUAGUCCAUGUGAAGGGCCUCUCCAUGUCACUGGAGUAGCUGAGGAUAGAUGCACACUGGCAUGGCGGGCCCCACUACAUGAUGGAGGUAGUCCUAUUACACGUUACAUCAUUGAGAGGAGAGAGACAAGUCGCCUCGCUUGGACUGUUGUUUCUACUACCUGUAACACCACAUGCUACAAAGUUACUAAAUUACUGGAGGGCAAUGAGUAUAUGUUCCGUGUAAUGGCAGUUAACAGUCAUGGAGUCAGUGAGGCACUAGAGUCUGCUGCCGUUACUAUGAAGAAUCCUUUUGUUCCACCUAGUUCACCUCACAUUGAAGACAUACUCAACAUUACCCAUGAUGGCAUGACAGUAACUUGGUCCGCCCCUGAGUCUGAUGGUGGCACAGAGAUUAUAGGUUAUAUAAUUGAAAAGAAGGACAGGGCUGGAAUCAAGUGGACCAGAUGUAACAGACAAAAAGUAACUGAUUUAUCAUAUAGAGUUACAGGCCUAACCACAGGUCAUGAGUAUGAGUUCAGAGUAUCUGCAGAGAAUAUUGUUGGUCCAGGAGAACCAAGCCUUCCUAGUUCAUACUACAAGGCAUCUGAUCCCAAAUACAAACCUGGUCCCCCAGCAUAUGUCAAUGUAAUUGACUCUACAAAGUCCUCCAUCACAGUUUCUUGGGGAAAGCCUCUGUCUGAUGGUGGUAGUACCAUCCAAGGAUACAUUGUUGAAGUAUGCAAAGCUGAAGAGGAAGAAUGGAAGAUGGUUACACCCCCUACUGGUCUCCGUGUCAACAAAUAUGAAAUUCCUAAACUUACUGAGGGCCAGGAAUACAAAAUUCAAGUGUGUGCUUUGAACAAGAUGGGAGUUGGUGAACCAGUUGUUCUUUCUGGAAUGGCAAAACCAGAGGAAAGGAUGGAUCCACCACAAAUUCAUCUUGACUCCGAGCUGAGAAAAGGCAUCACUGUAAAAGCUGGUGGAUCUGUUAGAAUCUAUAUUCCUUUCAAGGGCAGGCCAACACCUGAGAUUAAAUGGACAAAGGACGAUGGAGACCUUUCUGAAAAAGCUGUGGUUGAGAAAGCUUUGAACUUCACACAGCUCUCUAUUGACAGUUCUGACAGACAUGACUCAGGAAAAUACACGCUAAGCCUGACAAAUAGCAGUGGCUCAGUCUCUGAGUUUGUUUCAGUAAAAGUCCUGGACACACCUGGGGCUCCACAGAACCUUGUGGUUAAAGAUAUCAAAAAGGAUUCUGUUACACUUGUAUGGGAUGCACCAGCAAUUGAUGGAGGUUCGAAAAUCAAGAACUAUGUCAUUGAUAAGCGUGAAUCAACAAGGAAGGCAUAUGCAAAUGUGUCCACAAAAUGCACCAAGACCACAUUUACAGUUGACAAUUUGAUUGAAGGAGCUAUGUACUACUUCAGAGUCAUGGCUGAGAAUGAUUAUGGAAUUGGUCAAUGUGUCGAGACAAAAACUGCUUCAAAAGCCUCUGAAGUGCCACUGCCUGUUGGGAAAGUGUUUCUUACAGAUGUCACAAAAAACAGUGCCACACUGGCCUGGGAGAAACCUGAACAUGACGGUGGCAGUAGGAUUGGUGGUUACCUGAUUGAGAUGCAGCCUAAGGGCACAGAUAAGUGGGGAGUUGCAGGAAACCCAAAGACUUGUGAAGGAACCGUUACAGGCCUGACAGCAGGCACAGAAUACUUAUUCCGGAUCAUUGCUUACAAUGAGAAAGGAAAGAGUGAACCAAAGGCACUUGCUGCACCAGUGAUUGCAAAUGACAUGACCAUAGAACCAAGCAUCAAGAUGCAAUUUAAUACCUACAAUGUGUUAGCUGGAAAAGAUCUUAGACUGGAAUUCCCUGUACUUGGAAGGCCCAAACCUAAAAUCAGCUGGGCAAAGGAUGGUCAGGGUUUAAAGGUGACCUCUAGAGUUAAUGUUUUCAACACUCCAUUAACAACUGGAAUUCAGAUUACUGAGGCAUGUAAGGAAGACUUUGGCAAAUAUUCUAUUACUGCAACAAGCACUGUUAGCACCAUCACAGAAGAUGUGACUAUUAUUAUCCUCGACAAGCCCAGCCCACCAAAAGGUCCAGUUAAAGUGGUGGAAGUAAGCAACACUUUUGUCCAUCUAUCUUGGGAGCCCCCAGCAUACACUGGUGGAUGUCAAGUUAAGAACUACAUAGUAGAAAAGAGAGAUACCACAACCACAACGUGGCAGCCAGUUGUUACACAGCUGGCUAGAACGGCUAUUAAGGUGACAAAACUGAAAACUGGUGCAGAAUAUCAGUUUAGAAUUAUAGCAGAAAACAGAUAUGGAAAGAGUGCACCUCUAGACUCCAAGAGCAUUGUAGUGCAGUAUCCCUACAAACCACCUGGGCCUCCUGGUACACCAUAUGUUAAAUCUGCAACUAAGGAAAUGAUGAUCAUUGAAUGGAACGAGCCAGUUACUGAUGGUGGGAGUGCAGUUAUUGGUUACCACCUUGAAAGUAAAGAGAGAAGCAGCAUCCUCUGGAACAAACUAAACAAAACCCGAAUUACAGACACUCAAUUCAAGAUCUGCAAUCUUGAGGAAGGCAUUGGUUAUGAAUUCAGAGUUUAUGCUGAAAAUAUUGUUGGCAUUGGACGAUGCAGUAAAGUAUCUGAGUCCUUUGUUGCUCGUGACCCAUGUGAUCCUCCAGGCACUCCAGAAGCUGUAUAUAUUUCUAAAAAUAUCAUUAAAAUUCAGUGGACCAGACCUCAGUAUGAUGGUGGUAGUAAAAUAAAUGGAUACAUCGUAGAAAGAAAAGACCUCUCCUCCCCUGAUGGUCGUUGGGUAAGAUCCAACUUUACUAAUAUAAUUGAGACAGAGUACACAGUGACUGGUCUGACAGAGAGUGAGCAGUAUGAAUUUAGAGUCAUUGCAAGAAAUGCUGCUGGAGUCUUCAGUGGGCCAUCAGAUAGCUCUGGACCUAUCACUGCCACAGAUGACAUUGAAGCACCAAGGGCCUCAAUGGACCCCAAAUACAAGGACAUAAUUGUGGUAGGUGCUGGAGAGAGUUUGCAUUUUGAUGCAGACAUUUAUGGAACUCCACAACCUGAGGUUGUGUGGCUUAAAGAGGGCAAAGAAAUGGAGAAAGCCUUGCGCAUUGAAGUUAAAACUACACACAAAUGUGCAGCUAUGACCAUAAAGGAUGUGACCAAACUAGAUAGUGGCCAUUAUGACCUUGUUCUCAAAAACAUUGGUGGUACAAAAACCUUCCCCAUCACUGUUAAAGUCCUUGACAAACCAGGCCCACCAAUUGGUCCCAUUAAAGUGUCUGAAAUCAUGGCUGACAGGUGCAUCCUUACCUGGUCUGAACCAGCUCUGGAUGGUGGUGCUAGCAUCAGUCACUAUGUUUUAGAGAAAAGAGAGACCAGCAGGUUGUCUUGGACUGUAGUUGCAUCAGAAGAAAAAAGCCUGUACCAUAAAGUAAAAAAUUUGCUUCCAGGAAAUGAGUACAUUUUCAGAGUCAGGGCAGUGAACAAAUAUGGGACUGGUGAUCACCUUCAAAGUGAACCUAUUAUUGCACGGAAUCCUUACAAACCACCAAGUGCUCCUGGAUCUCCUGAAGCAAGUCAAAUCACAAGGGACUCCAUGGUUCUCUCUUGGACAGCUCCAGAAAACACAGGUGGAGUUGACAUCCGGGGUUAUCAUCUUGAAAAGCGUGACAAAGAUAGUGUGAGGUGGACAAAAUGCAACAGGCAAAAAUUGACAGAAACAAACUUCAAGGUCACAGGUCUUAUGCCAGACCACUUUUAUGAGUUCCGCGUUGCUGCUGAAAAUGAGACUGGAAUAGGAGACCUCAGUGAAUUAUCCCUUUUCUAUAGAGCAUGUGACGCUACAACACCACCUGGACCUCCACGCCAUCCUAAGGUGACAGACUACUCAAAGUCUUCUGUGUCCCUUUCAUGGAGUAAACCUGACUUUGAUGGUGGAGCCUACAUCAAGGGAUACAUUGUUGAAAUGAGGGAAUACACACCACAACCUGAAUUAACUGAGGAAGCAGAAGUAGCACCAACAGUACAAGCACCAGUUGAAAAAGAAUGGACCAUGUGUACUCCACCCACAGGUAUUCAGGUUACUAAACUCACUAUCACAGACCUGAAGGAUGGUGGAGAGUAUCAGUUCCGUGUUUGUGCCAUUAACUCAGAAGGAGUUGGGGAAGCAGCUAAUUUCCAUGGCACAGUACUAACUUCUGACAGAGCAGAUCCACCAGAGAUGGAGUUGGAUGCAGACCUCAGAAAGGUGGUAUCUGUACGGGCUGGUGGAACUCUGCGCUUGUUUGUCCCUAUUAGAGGGAGACCUGAACCUUCUGUGAAAUGGGAGAAACUUGAGAGCACUUUAACAGAGCAUGCUGCAAUUGACACUACUACUUCAUACACCAUGCUUGUCAUUGACAAUGUUAACCGCUUUGACAGUGGAAAAUAUUCUUUAACACUGGAGAACAGCAGUGGUACAAAAUCUGCAGUUAUUUCAGUAAGAAUUUUGGACACACCAAGUGCACCACAAAACUUCACUGUUAAGGAGCUCAAGAAAGAUUCAGUAACUCUUGCUUGGGACACACCACUCAAUGAUGGUGGUGCAAAAAUUACAAACUAUAUUGUAGAGAAAAGGGAAUCUGUGAGAAAGGCCUAUACUACUAUCACAAGCAAUUGUACUGCUAACUCAUUCAAAAUUGAAGACCUCCCUGAAGGUGGGAUAUUCUAUUUCAGAGUGUGUGCUGUUAAUGCAUAUGGCCAGGGACAGACAGUUGAAACCAAAGAAAUCAAAGUGUCUGAGGUGCCUCAACCACCAAACAAGGUAACUCUUGUGGAUGUAACAAAAACCAGUGCAUCACUGACCUGGGAGAAGCCUGCUCAUGAUGGUGGCAGCAAAGUAAUGUGCUACAAUGUGGAAUUCAAACCUAAGGGUGGUGACAAGUGGGGCACAGCAUGUACAGUCAAAGUACCAGAAGCAACUGUUCCUAAUCUGAAUCCCAACGAAGCAUAUCUCUUCAGAGUUGUUGCUAUUAAUGAAAAGGGAAAGAGUGAGCCAAAAGAUCUUGGAUUGCCAGUGGUGGCAAAAGAUGUUGCAAUAGAACCAUCCAUAAGUUUACUGUUUACAACAUAUAGCGUCAAGGUUGGGGAUGAUCUCACUCUUGAAGUGCCUGUGAGAGGCAGACCAAAACCUGUUGUAUCAUGGAAGAAGGAUAGCCUUCCUUUGAAACAAACAUCAUCAAUAACAAUCAUAAAUACAGCAACAUCAUCUAAAAUUAUUAUUAAAGGAGCUAACAGAGAACAUGUUGGAAAAUAUGAGAUCACUUUGGCUAACACUGCUGGAACAGUAACAGCUAGUAUUGGAGUUGUUGUCCUGGACAAACCUGGUCCACCUAAAGGAAUUAAGGUGGAUGCUGUGACUUCAGACAGCAUUACACUGUCUUGGUCCCCACCAGAAUAUGAUGGUGGCUGCUCCAUCAGCAACUAUAUUGUGGAGAAGAGAGAUACAAACACACAGGAGUGGCAAAUAGCAGCAAGUAAUGUUGCCAGAACAUCUUUCAAAGCUGGCCGCCUUACACAUGGAGCAGAGUACCAGUUCCGCAUAUAUGCAGUUAACCGAUAUGGAAAGAGUAGUUCCCUUGAUUCUCCAGGAAUUACUGCUCAAUAUAACUUCAAACAACCUGGACCUCCAUCAACGCCUAUUGUCAAACUGGCUACUAAGUCAUACAUGUUGGUGACGUGGAAUGAGCCAGUCAGUGAUGGCGGUAGUCCUGUUCUGGGCUAUCAUUUAGAAAGGAAGGAACGUUCUAGCAUUCUUUGGACAAAAAUGAACAGAGGAAUGAUAAAAGACACAGAAUACAAAGUCACUGGUGUUGAAGAGGGAAUGCUCUAUGAAUACCGUGCCUAUGCAGAAAAUAUUGCUGGCAUUGGUAAAUGCAGUAAGGCUUGUGAACCUGUUGCAGCAAGAGAUCCAUGUGAUCCUCCAGGCACACCUGUGGUUACUGCUAUUACACGAACGUCUGUCUCCUUAUCUUGGGAUAAACCAGAGUAUGAUGGCGGAUCCAAGGUUUCUGGCUAUAUUAUUGAGCGGAGAGACCUUCCUGAGGGUAGAUGGACCAGGUGCAACUUCACCAAUGUGCCAGAAACUUACUAUGAUGCUACAGGGCUUACAGAGAACAGCCAGUAUGAUUUCCGUGUCAUUGCAAAGAAUGCUGCUGGACAGUUCAGUAUCCCAUCAUUCAAUACAGGCCCAAUAACUGUCAAGGAUGAUGUAGAUCCACCACGCAUCAUGAUGGAUGUCAAGUUUAGAGAAACUGUGUUUGUGAAAGCAGGAGAAACACUGAAGAUUAAUGCUGACCUUGCUGGACGUCCUGCCCCUGUCAUCUGCUGGACAAAGGAUGGCAAAGAGAUUGAGCUGAGAGCCAGAAUUCAGAUUAUUUCAACAGAUACAAGCACUUGUAUUGUUAUAAAGGACUGUGUCAAAAGAGAUUCUGGACAGUAUGUGCUAACUCUCCAGAAUAUUGGGGGAACAGUUACUAUGCCAAUUAAUUGUGUGAUCAUCGAUAAACCAGGGCCCCCCGCAGGCCCUCUCCAGAUCACUGGUCUUACAGCAGAGGACUGCACUCUGUCAUGGGGUCCUUCUCAGGAAACUGGUGGUGCUAAAAUAACACAUUAUGUUGUCGAGAAGCGUGAGACCAGUCGUUUGGCUUGGACAUUGGUAAAGGGUGAUGUAGAAAAGACCUACUUUAAAGUGACAGGUCUGCUUAAGGGUAAUGAAUAUAUCUUUAGAGUUCUAGCUGUUAACAAGCAUGGUGUUGGCGAGGCUCUGGAGAGUGAAGUUAUAAAAAUUACAGAUCCAUACACAAUUCCAACUGCUCCCGCAGGUGUUGAUGUCACUGAUAUAACUGGAGAUUCUAUGACCCUUACCUGGUGUAAGCCAGCCAAUGAUGGAGGUAGUCCCAUUGCUGGAUAUGUAAUUGAACGUCGUGAGAAAACAGGCAUGCGCUGGGUUCGUGUGAACAGAGAUCUAGUUAAAGAGGUUACCACAGUGGUGACGAAACUUCGCAAGGGUUGUGAGUAUGACUUCAGAGUCUAUGCUGAAAAUGCAGCUGGCCUGAGUCCUGUCAGUGAACCAUCUGCAACAUUCAGAGCACUAGAUCCCCUGAUUGUUCCUUGUCGCCCAAGCAAGCCAAAAAUUAUAAAUUCCACUAAAGACACUGUGUCUAUCCUCUGGAGGCCACCAACAAAUGAUGGUGGUGCUCCCAUCUUAGGAUAUAGUGUAGAAUACAGAGAAUUUAUUCCCAAACCAGAGCCAGACAUUGAGGAUGAAGAGGAAUAUGAGGAUGAAGAAAUACCUGAGUCACCUGAAGAACUAGCCAGAUGGGUUGAGGCAAUACCUCUUACCAAAAGCUUGGAGUUCACAGUCACUGGAUUGAAGACAGAUGUAGAGUAUGAAUUCUGUGUAAAGGCAAUAAAUAAAGUGGGCAGCAGUGUACGUAGCCCAUACUCAGAUCCAGGUGCAGCAGCAGACAGAACAGCAGAGCCAUCAUUUGAUGCUGAUAUUGAGAUGCGCAAGGUUCUCAUUGUAAAACAUGGUACAUCAUUCACUCUUAGUGCACCAUUCAAAGGAAAACCAGCACCAACAGUUCAAUGGAGCAAAGAAGGUGUUGAUCUAACAGUAAGAGGAACUAUUGAAGCAACAGAAUCCAGCACAUCACUGACUAUUGAGAAGUCAACUAGGAAUGACUCUGGAGAGUACUGUGUCACAAUUGAAUCACCUUUGGGUAAAGCAACUUUGCCCAUGGUAGUGAAAGUGCUUGACUCUCCUGGACCUCCAAUCAAUGUCAAAGUUUCAUCUGUGACAAGAGAUUCUGCAACACUGACAUGGGAGGCUCCAGAAAAUGAUGGUGGAGAUGUAGUAAAAGCCUACCAUGUUGAGAAACGUGAGGCAAGCAAGAAGGCCUGGGUGUCUGUGACAAGCAAUUGUCAUGCUUUGACCUAUAAGGUGGAAGACUUGCAGGAGGGUGCUGUCUAUUACUUCAGAAUUUUAGCAGAAAAUGAAAAUGGAGUGGGUGCACCUCAAGAGGCAAAGGGAGGAACAAAGAUCACAGAGGUACCAAGUCCACCACUGAAACUUGGAGUUGCAAAUGUCACUAAAGACAGUGUUACACUUGCCUGGACAAGACCAGAAUAUGAUGGUGGAAGCAGGGUCACUGGUUACCUCAUUGAUGCUGUGGAGAAGGGUCAGACCAAGUGGAUAAAAUGUGCAACUGUGAGGACCUUGACUCAUACCAUUAAGAGCCUAAGAGAAGGAGCUGAGUACUUCUUCAGAGUUCGUGCUGAAAAUCAUGCUGGACUCAGUGAACCUAAGGAGAUGAUAGUUCCAGUUAUCGUCAAGGAGAUAAGUGAGGCCCCAGAAUUUGACUUAAAGAACUACCCCAAGAAUACAGUAUAUGUAAAAGCAGGAUCUGACCUGACUUUUGAGAUUCCUCUUACUGGCAAACCCAUGCCAAAGGUGACAAUAUCCAAAAACAAUGUUGUCAUCAAAGGGUCCAAGAGACUUCUGACAGAAGUGACUCCUGAUAGCCUACUUAUAACUCUAAAUGAAAGCGUUUCAAGUGAUGCAGGAAAAUAUGAAGUCACUGCCUCAAAUGCAGGGGGGACAACCAAGAUCUCUCUUAUUUUCGUUGUGCUGGAUAAACCUGGACCUCCAGUUGGCCCAGUUCAGAUUGGAGAGGUUGGAGAGACCACAGUAUGUCUAAAAUGGGAUCCUCCAGAAUAUGAUGGUGGAAGUCCUGUUACCAACUAUGUUGUUCUGAAACGGGAAACAAGUACUCCUGCGUGGGUAGAGGUGUCAACUAACAUCGCCAGGAGUGCUAUCAAGGUGAAUAAGCUAACCAAGGGGGAGGAGUAUCAGUUCAGAAUCAAGGCUGAGAAUCGCUAUGGACUAAGCAGCCACAUUGACAGUAAACCAGUCAUGAUCCAACUACCUUACAUAAUCCCAGGUCCUCCAUCCACCCCGUGGGUUAGCUUUGUUUCCAGAGAGAGUUUGACAGUAUGCUGGAAUGAGCCAGUCACUGAUGGCGGAAGCCCUGUGAUUGGAUAUCAUCUUCAAAUGAAAGAGAGAAGCAGCAUCAUCUGGCAGAAGGUUAACAAAACAGCAAUACCAGGAAACCAGUGGCGAGUUACAAAUAUCUGUCCAGGCCUCAUCUAUGAAUUCAAGGUAGCAGCUGAAAAUGCUGCUGGUAUUGGAAAGUUGAGCAAGACAUCUGAAGAGGUGCUUGCGAUUGAUGCCUGUGAGCCCCCAGCAAAUGUCCGUGUCACAGAAGUCACAAAGAACUCUGUCAGCCUGACUUGGCAGAGACCACCAUUUGAUGGAGGCAGCAAGAUAACUGGCUACAGUGUGGAGAGAAGGGAAGCUCCUAAUGGCAGAUGGGUGAAAGCCAACUUUACAAACAUCAUUGAAUUGGGCUUCACUGCAUAUGGACUCACUCAAGAUGAAUCUUACGAGUUCAGAGUUUAUGCUAAGAAUGCUGUUGGAUCUGUCAGCAACCCUUCUCUUAUUGCUGGCCCCGUCACCUGUGUUGAUGCAUGUGGUGCCCCAGCUAUUGAUCUUCCUCCUGAGUAUCUGGAUGUGGUCCAGUAUAAAGCUGGGGCUUCAGUAAAACUGAGAGUAGGAAUUAUUGCCAAGCCUCUGCCAACUAUUGUGUGGCUCAAGGAUGGAAAAGAGCUGGUAACCUCUUCUACUGUAUCUGUUGAAAGCACAACAGACUCCUCCGCUGUUCUGGUUAAGGAUGCAACUCGCUUUGACACAGGCUCAUAUGAGAUUAAGAUCAAAAAUGUUUUGGGAUCAGCUUCUGCUACAAUCAGGGCUGAAAUCCUUGACAAACCUGGACCCCCCUCUGGCCUUAUCAAUUUCAACUCCAUAACAGCAGACCGGAUAAUCUUCAGCUGGGAACCAGUUCCAGAGUCUGACCAGGGAGGUUCCAAAGUUACCCACUAUAUUGUUGAGAAGCGUGAAACCAGCAGAGUGGUCUGGUCAACUGUUUCAGAUAGACAUGAGAAUACACACAUCACAGUCGGAAAAUUGGUGCGUGGAAAUGAAUAUGUUUUCAGAGUGAUGGGAGUUAACAAAUUUGGAGUUGGAGAGCCACUCGAGUCUGAACCUGUCAUCGCUAAGAAUGCCUUUGUAACUCCUGGCCAACCUCAUACUCCGGAAGUAAACACAACCACCAAGACCACGAUGCUAGUAGAAUGGGACAAACCCGGAGUGGAUGGUGGUAGCCCUGUGACUGGCUACUAUCUAGAGAGACGGGAUAAGAAGAGCUUGCGCUGGAUCAGAGUUUAUAAAGAUCCCAUUGCUGACAUCAAACAGAUGGUGUACCAUCUGACAGAAGGAAACGAGUAUCAAUAUCGUGUCUGUGCCAUUAACAAAGCUGGGGAGGGACCAUUCUCUGAUGUAUCAGACUAUUAUAAGGCUGCUGACCCAGUUGAUCCACCAGAUGAGCCUUGCAAGCUAAAGGUUGUGGACUCCACAAAGACAUCCAUCACCCUGGGUUGGUCUAAGCCUGAAUGGGAUGGAGGUAGCGAGGUUACCAGCUAUAUGGUGGAGAAGCUUGUUGAAGGAGAGAAAGACUGGGCCAUGGUUACUUCUAAGGGUGAGGUUAAGACUACAGAGUACACAGUUCACGAUCUAAAACCAGAUACAAACUACUUCUUCAGAGUGUCUGCUGUGAACUGUGCUGGCCGUGGAGAACCUUUAGAGAUGACUGAGCCUGUGCAGGCCAAAGAUAUCCUGGAGGAAGCACAGAUUGACUCAGAUGUUGCCAUGAGAACUCACUAUAUUGUCAAGGCUGGUAAAGAUGUGGAGUUGUCUGUUCCAUUGAAGGGCAGACCUGCUCCCACUGCUUCCUGGAGCAAAGGAGAAGAAUGCAUAGAUCGCGAUCCUAAAUAUGAGUUCCAUCACUCAGACACAACAACUGUGCUCAUCAUGCGUGAAGUGACCAGACUUGACACUGGAAAGUACACAGUCAAGAUAGAGAAUGGUGUCGGAGAACCAAAGACACUAUCUCUCUCUGUGAAGGUACAGGAUACCCCAGCUCAGUGCAGAAACUUGGUUAUGAAGGAUGUUACCCGUGGAAAAGUCACCCUCUGCUGGGACCCUCCACUCCUUGAUGGUGGUGCUGAGAUCACAAACUACAUUGUUGAGAAGAGGGACUCCUCUAAGAGAUCAUAUUCUGCAGUGACAAACAAAUGCACAAGUACUACAUACACUAUUGAAGAUCUCUCAGAAAAAACAACUUUCUUCUUCCGCGUCUUAGCAGAAAAUGAGAAUGGUAUCGGUGAUCCAUGUGAAACACAGGAACCUGUCAAGGCUACAGAAACUCCAGGACCAGUCAAAGAAAUUUCUAUGAAAGAUUCAUCUAAGACCUCUGUGACACUACAGUGGAUAAAGCCUGACUAUGAUGGAGGCAGCAUCAUCUCUGACUAUGUUAUUGAGAAAAAGCUGAAGGAUGAGGAAUGGUCAUUGGGAGGAGUCAGCAGACAAUGUGAAUUUGAGGUCAAGAAACUCAAGGAGCACUCUGAGGUGUUCUUCAGAGUUGCAGCCAGAAAUGAGAAGGGACAGGGUGAUUUUGUUGAGCAUGGCCCUAUCAAGGUCAUUGACUACAUCAUCACUCCUGAGGCAGACCUCAGAGAAUACCCAGGAGGCAGCUUCAAUGUCCGUUUGGGUCAUAAUGUGCAUAUUGAGUUGCCAUACAGAGGCAAGCCUAGACCUGCUGUGCAGUGGUUAAAGGACAGCCUGCCUCUGAAGGAAAGUGACCAAGUUCGAUUUAAGACAACUGAAAACAAAGCCACUCUAAUGAUUAAGAAUGUAAAGAAGGAGAAUGAAGGUAAAUACACCCUGAGUCUUGACAACAAGGUCAACAGGAAAUCCUUCCACAUCUUUGUUGUUACUCUUGGUCCACCAUCAAAGCCAAUUGGACCCAUUCGCCUGGAUGAAAUCAGAGCUGACAAUAUCAUGAUCUCCUGGGAUGAGCCUAAUGAUGAUGGUGGUGGAGAGAUUAGUUGUUACACAGUGGAAAAACGUGACACCUCCCAAUCUAACUGGAAGAUGGCUUCCUCCCAUGUUGAGAGUACUCAGUUUAGAGUCCCCAAUUUGAUCAAGGGUGUCCAAUACCAGUUCAGAGUGUGUGCUGAAAACCGAUAUGGUGUGAGUGAGCCUCUAAUCUCACAAAUGGUUAUUGCCAAGCACCAAUUCAGACCUCCAGGACCACCAGGAAAACCAGUUGUUUACAAUGUUACUAAUGAUGGCAUGACAAUCCAGUGGGAAAAACCCAUCUAUGAUGGUGGAACCCCCAUCCAGGGAUACCAUGUGGAGAAAAAAGAAAAGAAUAGCAUCAUGUGGCAAAAAGUGAACACUGUCCUUAUAAAAGAAACGGAUUACAGGAUUUUGGAACUCAUAGAAGGUCUUGAGUACUCUUUUAGAGUCUAUGCUCAAAAUGAUGCCGGCUUUAGCCGAAUGAGUGACGAAAGCAAGCCAACAAUGGCUGUGAGUCCUGUUGACCCACCUGGCCAACCUGAUUACAUCGAUGUAACCAGUGACUCAGUAACACUAAAAUGGGACGCCCCUAAACGUGAUGGUGGUAGCAAGAUAACAAGCUACAGCAUUGAGAAACGUCAAGGUCACGGGCGCUGGUUCAAGGCCAAUCUGACUGAAGUACAUGACUGUCAGUACACUGUCACAGGGUUGACAACAAAUGAGCGCUACGAGUUCAGAGUCAUUGCUAGAAAUGCGAUAGGGAUUGUCAGUCCCCCAUCCAACUCUUCUGGUUUUAUUGCUGUACGAAGUGAAAAUGCUCCUCCAAAUAUUGAGUUUGGCCCCGAGUACUUUGAGGGUUUGACAGUAAAGGCAGGAGAUAACAUCCGGGUGAAAGUGACCAUCACUGGACGCCCAGUUCCAAAAGUUGUCUGGUUCAAAGAUGAUGUGGAGAUUACCAAAAAGAUGAUGGACAUUAUUACUGUUCCUGGAUCCAGCACUCUGUUUGUCCGAGAUGCUGACCGCACACAUCGUGGCCAAUAUGCUGUAGAAGCUACCAAUGGAUCUGGAACUAAAAAAGAGACUAUUCUAAUUCAAGUGCAAGACACACCAGGGGAGCCAGUAGGACCAAUCACCUUCACAAAUAUUUCAGAGGGGAAGUGCACUCUCUCUUGGAACCCACCAGAAAAUGAUGGCUGCUCUGAGAUUACACAUUACACCAUUGAAAAACGGGAAACUGCCAAAAUUUCCUGGGCCUUAGUGUCUGAUGAAUGUAAGGAGUGUACUUUUAAUGCAACUAAGCUCAUCAAGUCCAAUGAGUACCAGUUCAGAGUGUCUGCAGUUAACAAGUUUGGUGUUGGUAGACCCCUGGAAUCCAGUCCUAUCAUUGCACAAUUGCAAUACACAACUCCUGAUGCCCCAGGAACUCCUGAUGCCACUGAGGUGACAGGAGAAAGCAUAACACUGUCUUGGACUUCUCCAACAUCUGAUGGAGGCAAUCCUAUUCAGUACUAUAUUCUAGAGAAAAGAGAAAAGAAAACUGUUCGGUUCUACAAGGUGAUUUCCAAAAAACCUAUCAUCGAAUGCGCUCACAAGGUGCUUAACCUGUCAGAAGAUAUGGAAUAUGAGUUCCGAGUCAUGGCUGUCAAUGACGCUGGCGUUGGGCCUCCUAGCAACAUCUCUUUGCCAAUCAAGGCUGCUGAACCGAAAGACAUCCCAUGUGCUCCAUCUGUGGUUUGUGUGUCAGACUCCACAAACACUUCCAUUAGCUUGGAAUGGACCAAACCAGUUGAUGAUGGAGGCAUGGAGAUCAUUGGCUACAUCAUUGAAAUGGUGAAGGGAGAAGGCACUGAAUGGAAGAGAGUAAACGAGGAACUUGUGCCAGAAACUAGUUAUGUGGUGACAGGUUUACAGACAGGAGCUGAGUACACAUUCCGUGUUGCAGCAGUUAAUCAUAUAGGUAGAGGUGAAGAAAAGGAGAUUCCAGAACCUGUUCAGUCUGUUGAUAGGUUAACACCACCACAGGUGGAUAUUGAUGCCACAUUUAAGCAGACACACAUAAUCAAGGCUGGAGGUUCUAUAUGUUUGGGCAUUCACUUCAGAGGAAAGCCCAUUCCUUCUUCUACUUGGGUGAAGGAGGAAGGAGACCUAAGCGGAAUGUCAGAGAUCACAACUGUUGAUGGUUACAGCUCUUUGAGCAUUGAAAACUGCUCUAGAUAUGACACAGGCAAAUACACAGUCAACCUGGAGAAUUCCAGUGGUAGCAAGGCUGUUACCUUUGUGGUAAAAGUAAUGGAUACACCUGGACCGCCACAGGCCGUAGCUUUCAAGGAAGUCUCCAGAGGCUCAGUCACUCUUGUCUGGAAGCCACCUGUCAAUGAUGGUGGAGCUCGUAUUCAUCACUAUAUUGUUGAGAGGCGUGAGGCUAGUCGACGGACAUGGCAGGAAUCUGGUGGCAAAUGCACACAGUGUAUUCUGAAGAUCCAGGACCUGCUGGAGGGAGUUCCUUAUUUCUUCAGAGUCUCAGCUGAAAACCACCAUGGUUUGGGUGAGGCCUUUGAGCUAACUGAACCAGUAAUUGCCACAGCAGAACCAUCAUCUCCAAAGAGACUGGAUAUCCUCGAUACCACAGAUAGUUCUGUGUUACUAGGCUGGUUGAAGCCAGAACAUGAUGGUGGCAGCCGCAUUCAGGGUUAUGUUAUUGAGGCUAGACCAAAGGGUGGAGACAAAUGGGUAGUGGUUGGAAACACCAAGAAUCUUACCUUUGCUGUUGAAAAGCUCAAUAAGGGUGAUGAGUAUGACUUCCGUGUGAAGGCUAAAAAUGAAGCUGGUUAUAGUUUACCAAAGAAAACUCUGGUCCCUGCGCUGGUAAAGGAGCCUCACAUUGAACCUGCUGCUGACCUUAGUGAGAUACCCAACCAGCUUAUCACAUGCAGGUCGGGCAGCACAUUCACCAUCGAUGUUCCUAUUAGUGGUAGGCCUGCUCCUAAGGUCUCAUGGAAGUUGGAAGAAAUGAGACUAAAGAACUCUGACAGAGUCACCAUCAAAGUAACUAAAGACAGGGCUAGUAUCUCAGUCAAAGACGCCAUGAGAGGAGAUGGAGGAAAAUACUAUCUUACGCUGGAGAAUGUAACAGGAACCAAGACAUUUACGGUUGAAGUUAACGUUACAGGUAGACCGAGUCCUCCAUCUGGACCAAUCGAAAUUUCUUCCAUCACCUCUGAGUCCUGCGUUGUUAAUUGGCAACCACCUGAGGAUGAUGGUGGCACUGACAUCACCAACUACAUUGUGGAGAAGCGUGAAUCUGGCUCCACAGCUUGGCAGUUGAUCAACUCUAGUGUGAAGCGCACAUCUCUUCAUGUUAGUCACCUGACCAAAUAUAUGCAGUACACAUUCAGAAUCUCAGCUGAGAACCGAUUUGGGGUCAGCAAGCCCACUGAGUCUGAGACGAUCGUUGCAGAACAUCCCUUCUCACCUCCAGGACCCCCAACAAAACCUUCAGUCUUUAAUGUCACAGCAAACACAAUGACCUUAAGAUGGGAGGAACCCUACCAUGAUGGUGGAAGCAAGGUGACGGGCUACUGGGUUGAAAAGAAGGAGAGGAACAAUAUAUUGUGGGUUAGAGAAAAUAAGAUCCCAUGCUUUGAAUGCUACUACAAAGUGGAAGACCUAGUUGAAGGCCUGGAAUACCAGUUCAGGGUCUAUGCCAUGAACAGUGCAGGACUCAGCAAAGCCAGUGAGGCCUCUAAGGGAGCAGUUGCUCAAAAUCCAGUUGAUCCACCAAGUAAACCUGAAGUCACCAAAGUUACAAGAACCACUGUGUCCUUGAAAUGGUCAGCUCCAUUGAAUGAUGGCGGUAGUCCAAUUGUUGGCUACAUCAUCGAACGAAAGCCCUACACUUUGACAGGCGAGGGCCGCUGGCUCAAGUGUAACUACACCAAUGUAACAGAUCAUUUCUUCACUGUUACUGCCCUGGGAGAGGGAGAGGCCUAUGAAUUUAGGGUGAUUGCAAAGAACGCCAACCAAGUCUUCAGCACACCAUCUGAAUCCACAGGAUCUGUGCAGUGCAAGACUGAUUUUGAACCACCAAAGGCCAAUUUGGACAGCAAACUUCUCUCUGAAACUGUAAUGGUCAGAGCUGGUUCAGACCUGGUUCUGGAUGCUGCAGUGGGAGGUAGACCUGAUCCAAAGGCUUUCUGGUCCAAGGGCAACAGGGAAUUGGAGAUGUGUGAAAAAUAUCACCUCCAGUAUACCCCUACCAGAGCUAUGGCCAUUAUUAAAUUUUGUGACAGAGAUGAUACUGGAAAAUACAUCCUAACAGCCAGAAACGUGAGUGGAACCAAGACUGCAGAGGUCAAUGUCAAAGUGCUUGACACACCUGGAGUGUGUGAAGGCAACAUUGAAAUCAGCAAGAUAACAGAAGAGUCAUGCACUCUAAGCUGGAAGCCUCCUCUUGAGGAUGGCGGCGAUGACAUUUCACACUACAUUGUAGAGAGGCGUGAUACCAACAGGCUGACCUGGGUGAUCAUGAAUGCCGAGUGCAAGGAGCUGACAUGCAACAUCACUGGUCUGUUCAAGAACACAGAGUACUUGUUCAGAGUUCGUGGAGUCAACAAGUAUGGUUCCGGCGUUUACCUCCAGUCACAGCCGAUGGUGGCCAAAAACACAUUCACUGUGCCCACUCCUCCUGGAGCCCCAGAGAUCCUAGUUUCAGGAAAGGAUUUUGCCACUAUAGAGUGGCUAAAACCAGAAAAUGAUGGUGGUAGCCCAAUAACUCAUUACCUGGUUGAAAGACAUGAGAGAAAGAGUGCCCGCUGGGUAAAGGUGAAUAAGGAUGGUGCUCAACUGGAUACCACUCUAAAGGUGUCUGGUUUGACUGAAGGCAACAUCUAUCAGUUCAGAGUAACAGCCAUUAACAAGGCCGGCGAGAGUGAACCCAGUGAGGUUUCUCUGUAUGUCGUCUGCAGAGUCCCAACGAGCACUCCUGCACCUCCUUCUAUUCCUCGAAUUGUCGACACCCAUGCUGACAGCAUUAGCCUCGCUUGGUCUCGACCUGUGGACGAUGGAGGUGCUGAUGUGAUUGGCUACAUUCUGGAGAUGCAGGAAGUUGGGGCAGAGGAAUGGAAGAAGGCCCAUGAAAAGACCUUGCGUGCUGCAGAGUAUGUGGUGACUGGACUUUCUGCAGGCAAGAAGUAUUGUUUCAGAGUGGCUGGUAUCAACGUCAAUGGAACAGGAGACUUUAGUGAACCAUGUGCUGAGACUGAGCCAGUGGAAAGAAUUGAACCUCCUGAUUUUGAGCUCCACGAUGACCUCAAAAAGACAAUCUGCUUGCGCGCUGGUGGCUCCCUCCGCCUUUUUGUCAGUGUCACAGGCCGUCCUGCCCCUACCAUAACAUGGAGCAAACCUGGUGUUGACCUCCAAAAUAGAGGCUUUAUAGAGGUCACAAACAAAUCCACCACUCUCAUAAUUGACAAGGUUCAUCGCUAUGAUGCUGGCAAGUACACGCUGUUGGCUGAGAACACUGCUGGAAAGCAGGAAGUCAGUAUUCUUGUCAAGGUUUACGACACACCUGGACCAACUGGACCAAUCAAGAUGAAAGAGCUCACUAAGGACUGUGCCACCAUUUCCUGGGAAGCCCCAGCUGUGGACGGUGGUGCUCCUGUCAAUAACUACAUCAUUGAAAGACGAGAGGCCUCAAUGAGAGCCUACAAGACAGUAACUUCCAAGUGCAGUAAAACUUCCUAUAAGAUUGAUAAUCUGAUGGAGGGAAUGCUGUAUUACUUCCGUGUCCUCCCUGAAAACAUUUAUGGAAUUGGAGAGCCCUGUGAGACUCCAGAUGUCAUCCUGGUUUGUGAAGUUCCUCUUCCACCACAUAAGUUUGAGGUGACAGAUGUCACCAAGAGCACAGUCACUCUGUCUUGGGAAAAGCCAGAGCAUGAUGGUGGCAGUAGGUUGACAGGUUACAUCAUUGAAGCUUGCAAGUUUGGUACUGACAAGUGGAUGAAGGUGGCAACACUGAAGCUAACAGACUUUGAGCACACCGUAGAGAAAUUGAAUGAGAAAGAACAAUAUUUGUUCAGAAUUAAAGCUGUCAACAGCAGAGGAGCCAGUGAGCCAAAGGAACUUGUUGCUGCUGUCACUGUCCAGGAACAGAGAGUGAUGCCUGCGGUAGAUUUGUCCAGCAUUCCCCAGAAGGUUGUUAAUGUUUUGGCUGGUAAGACAUUGGAGCUGGACCUGCCAAUCAUUGGCAGGCCUCCUCCUGUUUCAUCCUGGUAUUUUGCGGACAACAAGAUAAAGAUAACAGAUCGGGUGAAGGUCAAGAGCACUGGCAAGUUCUCCAAGCUAUCUGUGUCUGACACAACCAUUAAUGACAGCGGUGACUACACACUGGAAGUCAAGAAUAUUGUUGGAGUCAUCACUGAGGUCAUCAAGGUCAUCAUUCUCUCUAAACCUGAUGAACCCAAAGGGCCCAUACGAUUUGAUGAGAUUGAUGCCACUACAGUCACCUGCAGCUGGGAUCCCCCAGUCAGAGAUGGUGGAGCUCCCAUUAGUGGUUAUUUAGUAGAACAGCGUGAUGCUCACAGGCCUGGCUGGGUGACUGUUUCUGACUCUGUGAGCAGACCGUUGUUCAGGUUUGAGAACCUCAUUGAGGGAGAUGAAUAUGUAUUCCGUGCAGCUGCUGUGAAUCGCUAUGGCACCGGCGAGUUCCUCCAGUCUGAGAUUGUCACUUGUAGGAGCUUGAAAAAUGUGCCUGGACCUCCUGGUCGUCCAAUUACAUUUGAUGUGUCUCGUGAUGGAAUGACUGUUGCUUGGGAGCAACCAGAUGAAGACGGUGGUCUUGAGGUUUCUGGAUACAUCAUUGAGCGCAAAGAAGUAAGGGCUGAGCGAUGGGUGCGUGCAAACAAGAACCCUGUCACUAUGACCAGGUACAGGUCAACUGGGUUGAUUGAAGGCCUGGAAUAUGAACACAGAAUCACAGCCAUUAAUGCAAGAGGCCUGAGCAAGCCAAGUUUGCCAUCCAAACCAGCAGUAGCAACAGAUCCAAUUGAUCCACCCGGCUGUCCUCAAAACCCAAGAAUCACAGAUACUACCAAGUCAUCUGUGUCGCUUGCUUGGAGUCCACCUGAUGAUGAGGGAGAUGCUAGAGUAGAUGGUUAUUUGAUUGAAAUGCAGAAGGUGGGCUCUGUGGCCUGGAUCAAGUGCAACACCACUCCAUCUCUCAUAUGCGAGUACACGCUGACCAACAUGCCACAAGGAGAGGAGUUCAAAUUCCGUGUAAUGGCUUGUAAUGCUGGUGGUUCUGGAGAACCUGCAGAAGUACCAGGAACGGUCAAAGUAACAGAAAUGCUUGAAUCUCCUGAUUAUGAGCUGGAGUUGAAAUACAAAGAUGUGUACAUUGUCCGUCAUGGAGGAGUGGUUAGACUGUCUGUACCUAUUAAAGGCAAACCCCUUCCAACUUGUAAAUGGUCAAAGGAUACUGGCACUAUUGCUGCGAAGGCUAUGAUUGCCUCCACCGAGGACUCCAGUGAAUUGGUGAUAAAGGGAGCAGAGAGGAGUGACUCUGGUCUGUAUGAACUCCUGCUGGAAAAUAAGGUUGGAAAGAAGAAAGUCCAGAUUAAGGUCAGAGUCAUCGGCCGCCCAAGUGCUCCAGAGGGACCAAUGGUCUUUGAGGAAAUCCAAGCCAACUCUGUGAAGGUCUCUUGGAAGACACCCAAGGAUGAUGGUGGCUCAGAGAUUCUUGGCUACAUUGUAGAAAGGCGUGAAGCAGCCAGAAAUGCCUGGUACACCGUGGACUCUAGAGUAACUGAGACCCAGCUUGUUGUUAAGGGCUUAAAAGAAGGAACAGAAUACCACUUCAAAGUUACUGCUGAAAACUCAUUUGGCAUCAGUGGAUCUCUGAAAUCUGAACAGCCAGUGGUACCAAAGACUCCUCUCUGUCCUCCUGAGCCUUCAACUGCUCCCCCUGAGAUAAUGGAUGUCACCAAAAGCUCAGUGGCACUUGCCUGGUCCAGACCAAAGGAUGAUGGAGGAUCUGCCAUCAGUGGUUAUUUUGUUGAGUACAAGGAGGUUUCUGCUGAGACAUGGAUCCGCCAUGAGACCAAGAUCACCUCUACUAUGUUUACUCUACAUGGACUUACUCCUGAUACAGACUACCAAUUCCGCAUUGUUGCUGUUAACAAUAUAGGUGAAAGUGAGGCUUGUCCAGCAUCUGAUCCUGUCACAUGCAAAGAUCCAUUUGACAAGCCCAGUCAACCAGGAGAGAUUGACACAGUGAAUGUGAGUAACAACUUUAUUACUAUUCGCUGGCAACCUCCUGAGUGUGAUGGCGGAAAGGAAGUCCUGGGCUACUGGGUUGAGUACAGAAAGUCUGUUGAGAGCACCUGGAAGAAGUGCAAUAAACAGAGGGUUAAGGAAAAGGAAUUCACCAUGGUUGGCUUGGCUGAGGCCACUGAAUAUGAGUUCAGAGUCUUUGCUGAGAAUGAAACGGGAAUGAGUAGACCCCGUAGGACUGCCACAUGCAUUAAGACGAAACUAAUAGCUGAAAGUAAACCAAGCCUUAGGAAAGAAAUGGAGGAAGCCACUGCCAAGCUUGGCCAGCCUGCGGUCAUGAAAUGCCAGAUUAUUGGCCGACCUGUUCCAGAAAUUAAGUGGUAUCAUGCUGGCAAGGAAAUCGUUGAGUCCCGCAAGUAUGAGAUGAGCUCUGAUGGCCGCAACCACUCCCUGUCUAUUAUGACAGACCAGCAGGAAGAUGAAGGAGAAUAUACUUGCAAGGCAGUGAAUGAAGCAGGAGAAGUUGAGACCACUGGCAUUCUAGUGUUGGAGGCUCCUCCAUCCUUCCACCCUGAUUACCCACUUAAGGAAACAUAUUAUGCUGGACUUGGAACAACUCUACGCAUCCAUGUUGUUUAUAUUGGUCGUCCUCAGCCAAAGAUCAUGUGGCUACAUGGAGCUAAGACACUGGAAAACACAGAGGAAAUUAGCAUUGAGACCACUGAGCACUACACACACCUAGUAGUAAAGAACGCCCAGCGCAGAGUGAAUGGAGGAAAAUAUAGGAUCCGACUCCAUAACCACUUUGGGAGGGCUGACACUGCAUUCAAUGUUGAAAUUUAUGACAAACCUGAUAUACCUCAGGGACCCAUUGUCCUGGAUGCCCUCCUUAAGAACUCUGUCAUUAUCAGCUGGAAACCUCCCAAGGAUGAUGGAGGCUGUAUGAUCACCAACUAUAUUGUAGAAAAAAGAGAAGACAAAGAGGGCACGGAGUGGGAACUUGUGUCAUCAUCCAUUAACAGCACAUCUUGCCGUGUGCCCAACCUCAUCGAUAGUGCUGGAUACUUUUUCCGUGUUUAUGCCCAGAAUAGAUAUGGCAACAGUGAGCCACUGGAGCUAACCUCCCCCAUCCUGAUCAAGAGCCAACUGGAGAGACCAUCACCACCUUUGUCACCAGUUGUUUCUGGUAUCACUAAGGAUUCCUGCGUGGUUUCCUGGAAGCCCCCAAUAAGUGAUGGGGGAUCUAAGAUCAAGAGCUAUUGCCUUGAAAAGAAACAUAAAAAAGAUAAGAAGGAAUGGACUGAAUGGACUCCAGUUACCACAGAUGAGAUCAAGCAAACUGUGUUCUCUGUCAAGCGCCUAACUGAAGGCAUUGAAUACAUCUUCCGUGUCAAAUGUGAAAACCUUGGAGGAGAAAGUGAUUACAGUGAGGAGACCCCUGCCAUCGUACCUGCAACUGCCAUAGACAUCCGCGCUCCUGCCUUCAAGGAGGAGCUGAGGAACAUGAGUGUCAAGUACAAGAGCAAUGCGACCCUUGUGUGCAAGAUUACAGGACAACCUAAGCCUGUGAUUAAAUGGUUUAGACGAGGAAAGGAAAUCCACUCAGAUGGAAAGAAGAUCAAGAUCCAGGAGUUUAAGGGAGGAUACCACCAGCUGGUCAUCACUGAGGCCGAUGAGGAAGACUCCACUGUUUAUCAGAUCAGAGCCACCAACCAAGGGGGCUCAAUAUGUGCUACAGUCUCUCUAGAUGUUGAAAUCCCUGCCAAGAUCAAUUUGCCAAAGAACCUGAAAGACAAGGAAGCCAUCCCAGCUUUACGUGGGGAGGUGGUCAAUAUCAAGAUUCCCUUCAGUGGUAAACCAGAUCCUGUUAUUACAUGGCAGAAGGGACAAGAUCUUAUUGACAGUAAUGGUCACUACCAGGUGAUCGUCACUAGAUCGUUCACUUCCCUGGUCUUUGCCAAUGGAGUGGAAAAGAAGGAUGCAGGUUUCUACAUUGUCUGUGCCAAGAACAGAUUUGGUAUUGAUCAACAAACCGUUGAAUUGGAUGUUGCUGAUGUGCCUGAUCCACCUCGUGGCAUCAAAGCCAGUGAUGUGUCCAGAGACUCAGUCACACUGAACUGGGUGGCUCCAGCCAAUGAUGGUGGCAGCAAGGUUGUAAGCUACAUCAUUGAAAAGUGUCCGACCACUGCUGAGAGGUGGGAACGUGUUGCACAGUCCCGUGACACCCACUACACCGUAAUUAAUUUGUUUGGAGGUACAAGCUAUCAGUUCAGAGUUAUUGCUGAAAACAAAUUUGGACAGAGUGCCCCAUCUGAAAGCAGUGGACCUGUCAUGACUAAAGAAGACAAAUCCAGAGUUUUGCUUUAUGACAGGGAGGUUGGUGAUACUGAACGAGUCCCCAAGGGCAAAGCUCAACACUCCGACACCAAGAAUCUGCACAACAAAUAUUCCAUUGCAGAAGAACUGGGCAGAGGCCAAUUUGGCAUUGUUCACCGCUGUGUUGAUAUUAGCUCUGAGAAGACCUACAUGGCCAAAUUUGUUAAAGUUAGAGGUGCUGAUCAGGCAAUAAUUAAAAAGGAAAUUGCAACACUCAAUUUGGCCAAACACGCUAACUUCUUGCUUCUUCAUGAGUCCUUUGAAAGCCCGGAGGAAUUGGUCAUGAUCUAUGACUUCAUUUCUGGCCAUGACAUCUUUGAGCGCCUUAAUACAGCAGAGUUUGAGCUCAAUGAACGGGAGAUUGUCAACUAUAUCAGGCAGAUCUGUUCAGCUCUGGAAUAUCUGCAUUCUAAGAGAUAUGGGCACUUUGAUAUCAGACCUGAAAACAUUGUAUACACAACUAGAAGCAGCUCAGUUGUGAAGAUUAUUGAACUGGGGCAAUCCAGACAUCUGACACCUGGAGAACAAAUAAAGAUUCAGUACACUACUGCAGAGUAUGCUGCCCCUGAAAUCCACCAUUGUGACAUGGUUAGUACAGUUACUGACAUGUGGUCUGUGGGUGUACUUACCUACGUGCUUCUCAGUGGUCUUAAUCCAUUCACAGCCGAAACCAACCAGCAAAUGAUUGAUAACAUUUCAAAUGCAGCCUAUGGCUAUGAUGAUGAGUCAUUUAAGCAGGUCAGUGUAGAAGCCUUAGACUUUACAGAUCGUUUAAUGACAAAAGAACGGAAGCACCGUAUGACUGCAGCUGAGGCUCUGCUGCAUCCUUGGCUAACAAAACCUGCAGAAGAGAUAAGUGCCAGGGCAAUCCCAGUCGGUAGACACAAGAGAUACUACCAGGCAAUGGUCAAGAAAGAAUGGAGCACUGUAAUUUCUGCUGCCCGUGUGGCCAGCGGUGGUUCAAUCAGGUCCCAGCGUGGUGUAUUUGUCUCUAAAGUAAAGAUUGCUCCAUUUGAACAUGGUCCUCUUGCAGGCCAAGUUAGCCAUGCAGUGGUCAAUGAAGGAGAUAAUGUGAAGUUCAUCUGCAACAUUGAAAAUUAUGACAGCACCACUGAAGUUACGUGGUAUUGUGGUGUCAGGCAACUUGAAGCUGGAGACAAGUAUGAAAUUGAAUAUGAAGAUGGUCUGGCUGUAAUUACCAUCAACAAGAUCACUAGAGCGGAUGAUGGCACUUACAGAUGCAAGGUUGUGAAUGAGUAUGGUGAAGAUAGUGCUUAUGCAGAGCUUUUUGUCAGUGGGGUUAGAUCUUACCGUGACUUCUUCACUACUCGUGUGGUGAGAAGAACAAAGCGAAGAGUUGACACUGCUAGAAUGCUUCAGAAGCCACCAGAAUUUACUCUUCCUCUGGUCAACCGCACAGCCUAUCUUGGUGAGGAUGUGCGCUUUGGAGUAACCAUCACCGUUCAUCCUGAGCCUCGUGUUAUCUGGCAUAAAUCUGGACAAAAGCUUAUCCCUGGACACGAUGACAGGAAAUACACCUUCACUACUGACAAAGGCUUGUACCAGCUUAUAAUCCACAAUUUGGAAAAGGAGGAUGAUGCUGAGUACAGUGUUGUAGCCCGUAACAGGUAUGGCGAUGACAGCUGCAAGGCCCGCCUCACUGUUGUUCCUCGCCCUAAACCAGCAGACCUCACUUUGAGGCCCAUGUUCAAACGGUUGCUUGCAAACAUUGAGUGCAAGGAGGGUCAGAAUGUUCGUUUUGAGAUUAGAGUUUCUGGCCACCCAACACUGAAAUGGGAGAAAGAUGGAACACCUUUAGCCUUUGGACCAUCCAUAGAAGUUGUUCAUGAAGGCUUGGACUACUACAUCCUUCAUGUAAGAGACACUCUCCCUGAGGACUCUGGUGUGUACAGGGUUACAGCAACCAACUCUGCUGGAUCUGCCAGCUGCCAAGCAACUCUUAAAGUGGAGAGAGUAACUCAUGUAAAGAAGGAAUAUGAGCCCAGUGAAAAGGAGAAGCAAAAGAUAGCUGGACAAGAGGAAUUGGAUAAAAAGGUUAGACUGGCUCAGAUUUUGGCAGGCACUGUUGUUACACCUCUCCCACCUGCAGCAGUAGAAGCUGUCAGGGAGGCAGCCACUAUGUUUAAACCUGCUGUCACAACUAAGAAAGGUGAGAAAACUGAGGCUGAGAUCAAGAAAGAAAAAGAGGAAAGAAAGAAGAGAGCAGAGGAGAAAAGGCUUCGUAUGCCAUAUGUCGUUCCUGCACCUCGUGUCAUUAAUCCAGCUGUUCUCGAGGAAGAUGUGGAAAUUAAACACUUCCAGCCACUGUCUGACAUGAAAUGGUACAAGAAGCUGAGGGAUCAAUAUGAAUUCCCAGAGCCAAUGGAAAAAAUCAGACAAAAGAGAAUGAAACGUAUCCGUCUGUCACGAUGGGAACAGUUUUAUGAGGUGCCCAUAAGGAUCAAGGAACAGUAUAAGCCUAAGUGGCGCAUCUCUUCUUUGACUCAGGACGACUUGGAGACUGUGAGGCCCGCAAGACAUCGCUCUCCUUCUCCUGAAAUGGAGGCCUACCGCAGGCUCAGGAGGCGUUCUCUGGGAGAUCUCUCAGAUGAGGAGCUGCUGCUUCCUGUAGGUGAAUAUCUCUCUAUGAAGCGAACAGAAGAAGAAAGACUCCGUCUGGAAGAAGAGUUGGAGCUUGGUUACUCUGCUUCUCCACCUAGUCUCAGUCCUGUUCGCUUUGAGCUGUCUGCUUUGCGCCCAACAUCUCCAAGGAGAGUCUACAGUGAUGAGGAAGAAGGAGAAGAGAUCAAAAGAUAUGAUUCAUACAGAAUUCCUUCUAAAUAUGAGGCCGGCCCAAGUUUUGUUGAUCUCCGCCAACGUCAUGACAAGACAACAUACAAGCCUCCAAGACAGAAACAACGGGUGUAUGAAGAAAGAGAAGAUCUAGAGCUGCUACGUCCACAGGCAACCACUGGGAGAAUCUCUUCUUACAAGAGUCAACUCAAGCACAUGGAAUUUGAGGAGAAGACACGUACUUCUAAAAAGGAAGCCGUUACAGUUUCAACCUAUUCUGAGAGCACUGAAUCUGAGCAUCUAACAACUUUUGCAACAGAAUAUGUUCCUAAACCUAUAAAAAAGAUUCCAUUACAUGAACUACAGGUGGAAAAAUCAUAUGAAGCAGAAAAGGCUUUAAAGACAGAUGUCACACUUCCAAAAGUGGACUUUUUGUCCAGGUAUGAGGAGAGAAAACAGGCACUCAGAUCAGAGAGAAGAUCUGUAGAGAAGAAAGUUGAGGUUGUAACACAGGCUCCCUUCAGCUUGGACCAUGCCCCACGUAUCACCAUCAGGAUGCGAUCUCAUCGUGUACCCUACGGUUCCAACACAAAAUUUACCCUGAAUAUCCAAGCCAAACCUGAACCUGAGAUCAAAUGGUUCCACAAUGGAAAGGAGAUUCAUCAGAGCAGCAAAUACUACAUGACCAACAUCAGUGGAGUUUUAACUCUCCAGAUCAACAACUGUGUGACAGAAGAUUCAGGUACAUACCGGGUCGUCUGCAAGAAUGCUAAAGGAGAAACUUCAGAUUAUGCUACAUUAGAUGUAGCAGGGGAAGAGUAUGCUGCUUUUUCAUCACUCCGCAAAGAUGAGGAACCACCAUCAGCUCAUCUGCCAGAGAUGACUCGAACAGAGGUCUAUCAUGUUUCUUCAUCCAAAACAACUGUAGAGGAAACGGUCACUGAAGUUGUAAAAGAGACAACUACUGUUGUUGAGGAGCCAAGGGAGAAACCAGGAGUCCCUGCCACAAUCCUGACUAAACCUCAGUCCUUGACUGUGGAAGAAGGAGACAAUGCCCGAUUUGAGUGUGAUGUGGCUGGUGAACCAGCACCUUCUAUGUCCUGGCUUCGUGAAGGAACCAACGUUGCUCCUUCUGCCCGUCACCACAUUGUAUCCACUCAAUACAAUUCCACCUUUGAGAUUUCUGCAGUUGAGGUGUCAGAUGAAGGGAGUUACACCUUACUAGUAGAAAAUGCUAGUGGAAAGCAGGAAGCCCAUUUCACUUUAAAAAUAAAGAAGUCUGAGUCAAAGGAGAAAGUAGUUGCUACUCCCAGAAUUACUUCUCCUGAGGCUAAAUCACCAUUACCCAAGUCCCCUGAACCAGUCAAAUCCCCUCAGAGAGUCAAGUCACCUGAGCCAGUCAAAUCUCCCCAAAGAGUAAAGUCUCCAGUUUCCCCAAAAUCCCCAACACCAAAGUCCCCAACACCGAAGUCUCCUACUCCGAAGUCCCCAACUCCCAAAUCCCCAACUCCAUCUGAAAAGGAGCAAGUGAUCCCACCAAUCAAGUCACCCAAGAGGGUGAUGUCACCAACUAUUGAAAAGAAGCCCUUUUUUUCAACAGGACUCAAUGAUGUCACUGCAUCCUGUGACUCUAUUGUGAAACUGUCUGUGAAGGUGACAGGAGAGCCCAAACCUACUGUCUCUUGGUCAAAGGAUGGAAAGGCACUAUCUCAAGGUCGAAAGUAUGAAUUAUUUGAGGACCAAAGUUCAGCUCAUCUAGAGAUCUAUGAAUCAGAGGUGUCUGAUAGUGGUGUCUACAAGUGCACAGCCAUAAACUCCUCUGGAGCAGUAUCAACAACCUGCACAGUCUCUGUGAAAGAAUUAAAUAACCCUGUUCCAAUCUCUGAGGAAAUGUUGUCUUGCGUGAAGGAUGUGAAGUCCUCUGAAAUCCAGAAAUCCAUCAAAGAAGGUCAAUCUGAUGCACCCUACUUCCUGGUGCAACCAAGGUCUCAAAACGUGAACGAGGGACAAAAUGUUAUAUUUACCUGUGAAAUUGGCGGAGACCUUUCCCCUGAACUGGAGUGGUUGAAAGACAACACGGCUAUAUGCGUCACUCCAAACAUCAAACUGAGCCGUUCUAAGAACUUAUACACUCUGGAGAUUUGUGAAGCCACAAUUGCAGAUAGUGGGAAAUAUACAGUAAAAGCCUGGAAUAAGUUUGGACAGUGCUCUGCAACAUCAUCGCUCAACGUCUUUACUCUUGUUGAGGAACCAAUACAAAUGGCUAUUGUGGAGCAAAGAGCUUCUACUGAGGCUGCUAUGAGCAUGCAGAAAAGUUUCUUAGCCUCGUCAGUUCAUGUGGAAGCUUCCUCAAUGCAGGCCAGCAGUUACAGCAGCAGUUCCCACUCUGCAGUUGGCCAAUAUUCGUUUGAUAGCAUGUCUGCAACAAGCAUGUCUGCCAUGAUGGCUGAGUCGGUGGUUUCAAUGAGCUCCAGCAGCAAAACAAUUGGAAUGUCUGCCUGCUCGCAUGUAAAGGCGCUCUCCACCGGGGCUAAAACAGGCACUCCACCAAAGAUCGAAGCUCUUCCACAGGAUGUUAGUGCAGAGCCGGGGAAGUUUCUGACAGUGGCAGGCAUGUUCUCUGGAGAUCCUGCCCCUUCAGUUCAGUGGGUCCGCUCAGGCCGGACCCUUCCCAAUGGAGAUGAGCGAUUCCACGUGGAUAACACAGCAGAUCUCUCCACCCUAAUGAUCUCUGGGGUGAAGGAGGACGAUGCCGGAGCAUACACACUCAGACUGUCCAACGAUCUUGGCUCUGUCUCUGCAACUGUCAACGUGCACAUCCGGUCCAUGUAAAAAAUGAGAUAAAAAUCAUAUCCCCUAUUCCCUUAGUCCUCAACUUUUUAUUUACAAUAAUCUUACUUGAUAAAGAUCUGGAAUAUUCUUGUAAAUAGGAACUAUUUUUGUACCAAACGUGACGUUAAUUUAUGCCAAACUAGACUAAAGUCUAAAGUUGUAAAAUGUGCCAUAUUGGAUAACUAUGACUCAAUUUUUCUGUGACAUGUACAUAAUGUAUAUAGCCGAGUUUACCGGUUAUGGGAAAUGUAUGCAUUGUUAUUUAUGACAAUAAUAUUAACUGAAACUAAAAGAAAGUAAAAGUAGCUAACAGGAGAAAGUUUCCGCUGGAACGAAUACCCUGUUAAACUAAGAAACUAAACUCUGUGCCUCAACGAUAAGUUGAAGUCUGAAGAUUGCCUCAACAGGUAGAGAGGCUCCCUGUUGAUGUUACAAAGCAGAAACAAAAAGACAAACUUCUUGUUUGGACACGCGUCUGUGCGUGUGAUAUUACAGUUUAAUAUGAGUUGUACCAUGAGCAUAAGACCCUGAGUGCUGUUUGCAUCACCCUCAUGUAAGCAGCAGGAACCGGUCUUGUGCUCAGACUGACUGUGUCAUACCACCAUGAUUUGAUGACCAGCAAAGAGGGCGAGCGGCCUGCUCUCUUUGGGUUGAGAUCAAUUUUGAUAUAGAGCGCUGUUUCUGGCACAGGAUGACUGGAUUGGCUUCACUAUAGCAACAUCUCCUGGCCAUAAGAAAAGAGGGAGUCAAACCCAGUUCUGCUGUGCAGAAGCAGCGCUAUCUCUUGGAGGAUUGUAGCUGAUGUGUUAUUGUUUUUGAGUGCGAGUGUCUGUAGUUUGUAGAUGUUUCACCUUGUCAGUAGUCAGGGUUUUUUUUCUUUAUUCACAUCACUGAGCCCAUCUGUGGUGAGAAGAGAAGCAGUUAUGGUUUUACCCUGCACUUUGACUUUAUUGAUCUGCUGAUGUAGAACUUAUAUAUCAUCCUCCUUGAGUUUUACUGAUUUAAUAAAGCAUGAUUUCAGCACUACUAAA